AUGACGACACAGGCGCCAACGUUCACGCAGCCGCUUCAGAGCGUGGUGGCACUUGAGGGUAGUGCCGCCACCUUCGAAGCGCAAGUGAAUGGUUCUCCAGUUCCUGAGGUGAGCUGGUUCCGUGACGGCCAGGUUCUCUCCGCUGCUGCUUUGCCCGGCGUUCAGAUCUCGUUCAGCGACGGCCACGCUGUUCUGAGGAUCCCCGCCGUGACCGCCACGCACAGCGGGAGAUUUUCCGUCCGAGCGACCAACGGAGCUGGACAAGCCACCAGCACCGCCGAACUGGUAGUGACAGCGGAGACAGCGCCUCCCAGUUUCCUGCAGAGACUUCAGAGCGCCACAGUGAGACAGGGGAGUCAGGUGAGACUCAGUGUCCGAGUCACCGGCAUCCCGGCACCGACGGUGAAGUUCUACCGAGAGGGAGCUGAGAUCCAGAGCUCGGCCGACUUCCAGAUCCUCCAGGAAGGAGACCAGUACAGUCUGAUCAUUGCUGAGGCUUUCCCGGAGGAUUCUGGGACGUAUUCCGUGACCACGAGCAACAGCAGCGGUCGAGCCACGUCUACGGCUGAGCUGCUGGUUCAAGGCGAGGAAGCUGUGCCAGCCAAGAAAACAAAGAUGGUGGUUUCCAGCUCACAGACUCAUCAGACAAGAACAGAACAGGUAGACACGAUGAUCCAAUCUGGCAUGAUGGAGGAUGAUUUCCACACCAUGGAGAUGCAAGUGGAGGCUGCCGAGCUGACAGACUUACUGUCUCACAAAACCCCACCCAGAGUAGCUCCCAGACCCGCGUCCUUGUCCCCGACCCAGUCGUCGUUGGUCACCCGGGUGACCGGAGGGCGGCAGCAGUCGCCGUCACCAGUGAGACACGUGAAAGCGCCGUUGACCGCGCCUGUCGGGUAAGUCGGUGGUGAGGGGUGAAGUCGUCAGAAACUACCUCUCACGUCACAUCCUUUCUUCAGGGCCAGCACGUCUCCGGUCAGCACACGCAAGCAGGCUGGCUCCGGUUCUGAUGUCCUCCCGCCCUGGAAGCAAAUGGGCUACCUGAGUGAGGAGCAGCAGAUCAUCUGCAUGACACAGGCUGGGGGAGAGAAAAGGUCUGGGGCGGUGGCCACGGUGCUGGCUGCCGUAGAUCUGGCUCGUGUUCGUCAACCCGUGCAUGAAGAGGGCGGGCCAGGGCAGGGAAGCGACUGGGCUUCCGAAGAAGAGUUGACGUCGCAGGCCGAAACUGGCUGGACAACAACUCAGGAAGUUCUUCUUGACAACACCGUUGCUCAGGUCAGACUGCCCUUCCGCCACAAAGACCUGGUCCAGAUCAGGUUCUCGGACGUGGUGGAAGAAGCUGCUGCAACUCCUGCCAACGACGGCGUAGUUCCGGCCACUUUUGUUUUUGAUUUGAAGGACACAAAUGUGACCGAAGGCGAGGCAGUGACCCUGGAGUGCCAGAUCUAUGGUCAGCCAGUUCCUGUCAUCUCCUGGUUCAGAGAAGACUACAAGAUCGACAGCUCCAUCGAUUUCCAGAUCACCUGUGAGAAUGGAUUCGCCCGCUUGAUGAUUCGUGAGGCAUUUGCCGAGGACAGCGGGCGCUUCACCUGCACCGCCACUAAUGAGGCUGGAACCAGCAGCUCUUCCUGCUACCUUCUUGUCCAGGUGUCUGAGGACAUCGAGAGCCGAGAGGAGGUUGCAGAGGAACUUGAAGAGAAACUGUGAGUUGAUCGUCAGAACUCAGAGUCCUCCACUGUUGCUGCCCCUUUCUUUGUUAGGACUCCCAGCUCACAGAAGCUGGUAGAGGGCGAAAGUGUAAUCUUUGAAUGCCAAAUCGGGGGAAACCCCACACCACACAUUAUCUGGAAGAAGAAUGGCAUUCCACUCACGACCGGAUACAGAUACAAAGCUGCCUACCAGAAGGAGACCGGACAGUGUCUACUAGAGAUCUCUAUGGCUUUUUCUGAUGAUGCUGGAGAAUACUCAGUCUUUGCCAGAAACCAGCUGGGAGAGGUGUCUGCCACCACCAGCCUGCUGGAAGAAGAUGAAUAUGAAGUCUAUGUGAAGAAACAGGAGGCGAUGUUCAAGACAGACGUAGAAGUCACAGUGGAGGAACCCAGAGUUGGAGACGUUCCUCCCACCAUGAUGACAUCUGAGAAGAUGACCACCACUUUUAUCUCUGGACAGGAUUUUCACCUCUCUAUCUUGGAGCAGCGUCUUAUCCAGGAGAUUGAGCUCCACAUCCAGAGAAUCAGCUACAGAGAACUGGUUACAGAAGACGGAGAACUGAUGGGGACAGCCACAGACGAGGAAGCAAUGCAUCCUACCUUUGACACGGCAGUUAAAAAUUACCGAAUCAUGGAAGGAAUGGGUGUCACUUUCCAUUGCAAGAUGGCUGGAAUGCCACUACCAAAGAUUGCUUGGUACAAAGAUGGUCAGCGUAUCCACCCUGGUGGACGAUACCAGGUGGAGGUUCUUCAGGACGGACGUUCCAGCCUGCGUCUGCCAGUGGUUUUACCAGAGGACGAGGGUGUGUACACCGUCUGUGGUGCCAAUAUGAAGGGAAAUGCGGUCAGCUCUGGGAAGCUGUAUGUGGAGCCUUCAAGAACAGUGUCACCUCAGAGAUACACGCCACAGCCAGCCAUGCAGAGGAUCCGGUCUACAUCUCCACGCUCUCUGAGCCGCUCACCAAGCCGUUCUCCCGGACGCUCUCCUGCCCGACGGCUUGACGACACAAACGAAGCUCAACUGGAGAGGCUCUACAAGCCUGUCUUUGUUGUCAAGCCAGUCUCAAAUAAAUGCUCCGAGGGGCAAACUGCCAGAUUUGACCUGAAGGUUGUAGGCAGACCCAUGCCUGAAACAUACUGGUUCCGCAAUGGACAACAAGUUCUCAGUGACUUCACUCACAAGAUUGUGAUUAAAGAGGACGGUACUCAGUCUUUGAUCAUCGUCCCAACUAUGCCACAGGACUCCGGCGAGUGGACAGUAGUGGCUCAGAACAGAGCUGGACGCUCAUCAAUUUCUAUCACUCUCACCGUUGAUGCAAAAGAAAACCUGAUACGUCCACAGUUCACGGACAAACUACGGAACAUCAGUGUGAAACAGGGCACACUGGUUGAACUGGCAGUCAAAGCUAUUGGGAACCCAUUGCCUGACAUUGUUUGGCUUAAAAAUAGUGACAUUAUCACACCUCAAAAGCACCCACAUAUUAGGAUUGAAGGAGCCAGAGGAGAAGUAACGUUCCAGAUCCCUUCUGCAUCGGGUUCAGACAGUGCUUGGUACACAGCUACAGCCAUCAACAAAGCUGGCAGGGACACUACCCGCUGCAGAGUUAAUGUGGAGAUGGACUAUGUUGAUCCAGUCCCGGAGAGAAAGCUAAUUAUUCCUAGAGGAACGUACAAGGCCAAGGAGAUCGCCCCUCCAGAGCUGGAGCCUCUUCAUCUCCGCUAUGGCCAAGAGCAGUGGGAGGAGGGAGACCUGUAUGACAAGGAGAUGCAACAGAAACCACAAUUUAAAAAGAAACUGACCUCCAUACGAAUGAAGAAGUUUGGCCCCACUCAUUUCGAUUGCAGACUGACUCCUAUUGGUGACCCCACCAUGGUGGUGGAGUGGCUUCAUGACAGCAAACCCCUGCAGGCUGCUAACAGGUUGCGCAUGGUCAGUGAAUUUGGCUAUUGCAGUCUUGACUAUGAAGUAGCUUAUGCGAGAGACAGCGGCAUAAUCACCUGCAGAGCCACCAACAGGUUUGGAGUGGACCAGACCUCGGCCACCUUGAUUGUCAAGGACGAAAAGGGUCUUGUUGAGGAAAGCCAGCUUCCUGAAGGAAGGAAGGGAGCUCACAGAAUCGAUGAAAUUGAACGAAUGGCUCAUGAGGGAGGGCCUGCAGGAGUCACUGCAGAUGAGGAGACUGACAAAAUGAAACCUGAGAUUGUCCUAUUACCUGAACCUGUCAGGGUCCUGGAGGGUGACAUAGCCAGAUUUCGCUGCAGAGUGACCGGUUAUCCUACACCCAAAGUUAAUUGGUACCUCAAUGGACAACUCAUCCGCAAGAGCAAGCGAUACCGACUUCGUUAUGAUGGUAUUUACUACCUGGAGAUUGUUGACAUCAAGUCCUAUGAUUCGGGAGAAGUCAGGGUUGUUGGGGACAAUAACUUGGGCUCGGCUGAACACACUGUUAAGAUGGAGGUUCAGCAGAAAGAGGACUUCAGGAUGCAUCUUCGCAGGGUUCCUGAGGCCAAAGCACCUGAGACUGUACCUGAACCUGGAAAAACUACCUUUGAAGUGAUAAAGGUGGAUAGACCCUCGGAAGAGAGUCUGUCGAAAGAGGUGAUCACACUCAAGAAAGCCCAAAGGAUUGUCCAUGAAAAAUCCACUGAGGAGUCUGAAGAGUUGAGAGGCAAAUUCAAGCGCAGGACAGAGGAGGGCUAUUAUGAGUCUAUUACUGCAGUGGAACUCAAGUCCCGAAAGAGGGAUGAGUCCUAUGAGGAUCUGCUAAGGAAGACAAAAGAAGAGCUCCUUCAUCGUGCUAAGGAAAAGGAAGAGGCAGAGAAGAAAAAAGAAGAAGAGCGACGUAAAGAAACCGCCAAAACAGUCAAACCGGAGAGGGUAAAGCUGUCAGCUAGCAUGGAAGCUCCCAAAAUCUUGGAACGUAUCUCAAGCCAGACGGUGGCACAAGGGGAUGAAGUUAAGUUCAGAGUCCGAGUUGUUGGCAGACCAGAACCCGAGUGCCAGUGGUAUAAGAAUGGUGUUCAAAUGGAAAAGACUGAGCGGGUUUAUUGGUUCUGGCCUGAAGACCAUAUUUGUGAGUUGGUAAUAAGAGAUGUCAUAGCCGAGGAUUCCUCAAGUAUCAUGGUCAAAGCCAUCAACUCUGCUGGAGAGACCUCAAGUCAUGCUUUCCUUUUGGUGCAAGCAAAGCAAGUCAUCACCUUCACAGAAAAGCUGGAAGACGUUAGCGCCAAAGAGAAGGACACCGUGGCCACCUUUGAGUGCGAAACCAACGAACCCUUUGUCAAAGUCAAAUGGUUAAAAAACAACUCGAACAUCUUCUCUGGCGACAAGUAUAGGAUGCACUCGGACAGGAAAGUCCACUUCCUAUCUGUGCUGAUGCUUACAAUGAGGGACGAAGCUGAAUAUACCUGCGUUGUUGUAGACGACAACCAGGUCAGGACAAGUGCCAAACUAAAUGUUGAAGGAGCCCCACUGGAGAUCCUGAAACCCCUGGAGGGCGCUGAGGUGCCAGAGACCUACUCUGGGGAGUUUGAGGUCGAGUUGUCUCGUGAGGAUGUUGAGGGCAUGUGGUUCUUUGGAGAGAAGCAACUUUCUCCUAGCAGAAAGCAUGUCAUCUCUUCACGACGCGGACGACAUAGCCUGUCCGUCAAGGACGUCAGGAAAGAAGACCAGGGCCAGUACUCCUUCAGAGUGGGUGAAAUGAAGACAACUGCCUACCUCAAGAUGAAAUUCCGCUCAGUGACCUUGAUGCAGCCUCUAGCUGAUAUGACCCUCUGUGAGGGUGACAUUGCUCAGAUGGAGGUCAAGUUCUCUCAGGAGAACAUUGAAGGAACUUGGAUGAAGGAUGGAAAAGGGAUAACUGUGUCGGAGCGGGUACACGUUGUUAUCGACAAACAGAUCCACAAACUCCUAAUUGAGGACACCAGGAAGGACGACUUUGGCAUCUAUUCAUUUGUGGUCCCUGAUCAGGAGAUCACCACUGCUGCAAAGCUGACUAUUCAAACUAUCGCCAUCCUGACCCCGUUGAGGGACACGAGCACGGUUGAAGGCACCAAGACCGUUCUGGAGGCCAAGAUAUCUGUUCAAGACAUCAGCUCAGUCAAGUGGUACCACAACGACAAACCGAUGACCUCAAACGAUCGAAUCCAGAUGGUGGCAAAGGGAGCCAAGCAGCGCCUGGUCUUCACCAGGACCUUUGCCUCAGAUGAAGGACAGUAUAAACUACUGGUUGGCAGAGCCAACACCAGCUGCACAUUGUCUGUGCAGACCGUCCAACUCGUGGUUCCAAUGGUGGACAAGGAGUGCGCUGAGUCAGAAAACGUCAUUUUUGAAGUGGAAGUUUCUCACCCGGGCAUCGAUGCCUUCUGGACUUUUAAGAGGCAGCCGCUCAAAGCCGGAAGCAAAUACAAGAUGGAAUCUAAGAACAAGAGGCACAGUCUGACAGUUUUAAAUGCCAUGAAGAAUGAGGAGGGCGAAUACGUGUUUGCUGCUGGGGAAAAAACAUGCAGCGCUUCACUCACCGUCUCAGGUGGCGCUAUCAAAAAGCCGCUGCAGGACUUGGUGGUAGCGGACUCCCAGACCUCUGAGCUGGUGUGUGAGGUUGCCAACCCAUCUGUGGAAGGCAAAUGGCUGAAAGAUGGGCAGCCCGUGGACUUCAAUGAGAAUGUGCUGAACGAGGUGAACGGCACCGUCAGGCGCCUCGUCAUACUCAUCACUAAAGCCACCGACAUCGGAGAGUACACCUACCAGAUUGCCAGCUCCAAGACCUCGGCCAAUCUGAAAGUUGAAGCUGUGAAGGUGAAGAAAACAAUGAAGAACGUGAACAUGGUGGAGACACAAGACGCUGUGUUCAGUCUGGAGCUGACUCACGAGAACGUGAGGGGAGCACAGUGGAUCAAGAAUGGAGUUGAGAUCAAGAAAAGUGACAAAUACGAACUGACUGUCCUUGGCACCGUGCACACCUUGAAGAUAAGGAACUGCAGCACACACGACGAAUCCGUCUAUUCUUUCAAGUUGGGGAAACUGUCGGCCAAUGCCCGCUUGAAUGUCGAAACCAUCAAGAUCCUGAAGAAACCCAAGAAUCUGACGUCGCUACUGGGAGCGACGGCCGUGUUUGAAUUGGAAAUCUCGGAGGAAAACAUUCCUGUAAAGUGGACGUUCAACAACAAAGAGCUGAAGGCCAACGAGCAUUUCAGGAUGACCUCAGAGAAAAAGACGCACAAACUGCUAGUGCAGGAUGUGAAUGCCACCAAGGAGGGAGAGUACACGGCCGUCGUGGGUCAUCUACGCUGCAGUGCUCGCCUCACCGUAGAAUCUCUUCGUGUGACCAGACCCUUUAAGAGUGUGGAGGUGGCUGAGACACAGACAGCCACCUUUGAGUGUGAAGUGUCUCACUUCAAUGUCCACUCCACCUGGCUGAAGGACGGUGUGGAGAUCGAGAUGAGCGAGAAGUUCCGGACGGCGGUGCAGGGUAAAGUCCACCAGCUGAAGAUUAUGAACACCAGCAGGGACGACUCCGCUGAGUACACGUUUUCUUGUGGGAACGACCGAGUGUCUGGCACACUCACUGUCAGCCCCAUCGUCCUCACAGCCAUGCUGCAAGACAUAAAUGCUCAGGAGAAGGACACGGUCACCUUCGAGUUGAACGUCAACCACAAGGGAAUCUGCUACAAAUGGUUGAAGAAUGGCGUAGAGAUCCGCUCAACAGACAGAUGCCAGGCUCGCUGCAAACAGCUCACCCACACCUUGACCAUCAGGAAUGUUCAUUUUGGAGACAGCGCCGACUAUACCUUUAUGGCGGGAUCUUCUGUGGCCACAGCCCAGCUUUAUGUGGAGGCUCGUGUUGUUGAAUUUACCAAACAAUUAAAGGACAUAAAGAUCACAGAGAAGAAGAGAGCCACUUUUGAGUGUGAAGUUUCAGAACCCAACAUCCAGGUGAUGUGGAUGAAGGACGGUCAGGAGCUGGAGGCGUCUGACAGAUUUAAGAUGACCUCAGAGCAGCUUGUUCACCGCCUAAUUUUGCCCUCUGUCCGACUGUCUGACGCGGGAGAAUACACCGCCGUGGCGGGAUCCAGCAUGUCCAAGGGGAUGCUUGCAGUCGAGGGACGGGACAUCAAGAUCUCAGAGCCCACCAACAAGAAUCCUACUGUUGUUGAGAGACAAAGAGCGACUUUUGAGUUUGAAGUAAACGAGGACGAUGUAGAAGGCCACUGGAUGAGGAACGAAGUGGAAAUCCAGUUCUCUGUCGAGGAGCGUUUCAGCUACGUCACUAUCAGGAAGCUCCACCGCCUCACCAUCUCCGAAACCUACAGAAGUGAUGCCGGCGAGUACACCUUUGUCGCCGGAAAGAACAAGAGCACCGUGAAACUUCACGUGAGACUUCCCGAACCUCCUCAGGUAGCCCGCCGAAUGCAGCCCCAGACUGCGAUGUCAGGCAAAUCGGUUCGCUUCUCAGUGCUAGUUAGCGGCCUCCCGCAACCUCAGGUGACCUGGUACAAGGACUCCCAGGCUCUAUACACCAGUGACACAUGCAAGUUCCUUCACGACGAUGGCGAACACACAUUACUGCUACUGAAAGUCCUCCCCGAGGAUGCUGCUGUCUAUAGCUGUGAGGUCAAGAAUGACUUUGGAGAGGCGUCAAGCUCUGCCUCACUCACUGUGGAAGUUCCUGAAGAAAGUCUGGUUCGGGUCUCUGCCCCAGUCCUCGUUUCUCCCAUGCAAAACAUCCUGGUGAAAUCGGGCCAUUCUGCCCAGUUGGAGUGCAUUAUCUCUGGGGAAGAUCUACAGAUAGACUGGUUCUGGAACGACAGAGAGAUCAGGCAGUCCGCCAACAUUAAGAUGUCUCGCUUUGGCAACAUCUGCCAAUUGAACAUUUCCAAAGUGGUCUUCGACAAUGAAGGAGAAUACUCGUGUGUUGCAAGGAAUGCGUCAGGAAUGGUCACAUGUACUGCAAGUCUGAAUAUCGAUGAUGAUAAAACCUUAGCUAGCAUGACAAGAACUGGGGCUCAGGCUAAGCUAAGUCAGACACUCGAGGCUCAGACAUUGACUGAGUUUACCGAGUGCUUCUCUGAGAGCUCGUCCAUGUCUUGGCGGACAGUGACCGUUGAAAUGGAGAGCACAGAAAACAAUGUUCAAAUCGGAUUGUACCCAAAGCCCAAACUGCUGAUGGAACUGCGGGAUGUCCGGGUCAAAAGCGGUGAGAUGGCUGAGUUCAGCUGCGUAUUUGACGGGCAGCCGUUCAUCAGGGUGGUAUGGGAUCAUAACGGCCAGAACCUGGUCAGGGAGCGAGUGAGGAGCUCUCAGAAUGGCGGACAUUUGUCCCUGGUCAUUCAGUGUGUUGGUCUAGCCGACCAAGGCCUGUACCGCUGCACCGCCACCAACCUACACGGUCAAAACAGCUCUUCUGCUCGGCUCACUGUGGAAGCUAAAGAGGCAAAUGUCAAAGCCGAGUGCGCCAUCGUGACUGAUUCGGUGCAUGCGGUGUCACGGGCGAACAUGGAGAACGCAAAAGAUUCUCCUGAGAUUCCAGACCAGGACAAAACAGUGGAGAAGCCGGGGUCUCUGCCUUACUGCUCUAAGAGACUCUACAACCUUGUCAGCCAACUUUAUUUCCUGGACACAUAUCCCGAUGCUGAUCCCUGCGGCCGCCCCAACUUUCUGAUCCAGCUCCCCCGAGAGCUGUUGGUCCAGAACUGCAGCCCUGGGCUGUGUUGUGUCAUGAAGGAACUUUCUCUGUCUGCCAUAUGGCUUUACGGCUGCUUGAAUAUUGUGGACUCUGUAUCAUACUCUCUCAAACAUGAUGGCCCCCUGUGCUGUAUGAAUGUUAAGAAAGGGGGACCUGGACAAGGGGGUGCUUUCUCUUGCAAAACCUCAGCCGAGGAUGCUAAGUGCAGCCUGGUGACCAAAGUCACUGAAGACGAGAGGACACCUAGGAUCCACAUCGAGGAGGAAGUCUCAGCCUUCUCUAGCUCAACAAUCACAGUGGAAGAAGAAACCCAUCAGUCCUACUACUCUGAUGCUACGGCACCAGACCAAACACACACAUUUAAACUCGAGCCAGAGUCCAAAUUAUACUCCAGCACUUUGGAGAAAACAAAACAAAAGCCAGUUUUCCUCAGAAAACUUUCUCCAGCAGUAGUGACUGUUGGAGAAAAUGCUUCGUUUACCGUCACAGUAUCUGGUUUACCUGAACCCACUGUUCAGUGGGCCCACAAUGGGCAGACCAUAAGCAUGUCAUCAAUCUACACAUUUGUCCAUGAACAAAAUAAGUACAGUCUGAUAAUUAACAGCGUUGGAGAAGAAUUAGAGGGAGAGUACUCUUGCACUGUCAGCAAUCGGUUUGGACAGGAAACAUGCACUUCUUAUUUGAACAUUCAGGUGAAGGAACCACAGAAGGCAGAUAGCCUGGAGAGAAUGUUUGUGCCAAUGGGCAACCCUCCAGUGUUUUCCAAAGCUAUUGAGUCCGUUCAGCUGUGCGAGGGAGGUCAUGCGUCGUUUUGGUACAUUGUGACCGGGGAUCCUGGGCCUGAGGUACACUGGCUCAAGGGCAGUCUUCACAUUAAACCUAGCAGCUGUUGCAUCAUUGUGAACAGCUCAGAUGGCUCAGGAUCCCUCACACUUAAAAGUGUCAAGCAGGAUGAUGGAGCCGUCUACACGUGUAAGGCUUCAAACUCAUUUGGGGAAGCCACUUGUACUGCUGAACUAUUGGUAUUUAGUGAGAAAGUUCAAGAGGAAUUGGUUAGAAAAACAAACUCUUUGACCUUGUCCAUGACAGAAGAAACUACAGAAUCCGGAUUUUACAAGAAAAGUAGUCGGUCUGAUCAGAUGAUUUACAGCAUUAGUAAUGAAAACAUGCAGGUUAUUCCUAGCGAGGAAGUGGGAACCUUUGAACUGCCGGUCAUUUCUGUAGCCACCCGCCAUUGCGAGCAGGUCACCCACAAAGCAGCAGUGCUACAGUCUCACGAGAUCCAAGAGAGCCUUUCUUUGGUUCCCAUUCAUCCACCACAUGCUUCAACUGUUCCCGUGAAAACAUUACACUUGGCAGCUUCCCUAUCAUCAGUCCAGGAGAGACAAAAGAUCACUGAGCAGCACUCUGAACAUAUUCUUUGCCCUCAGGUGGUUGAGCUUGACUUUGCCAGACAGCAGCGCUCAGAGCUACAAUCAGCUACAACAGAGGAAGUCCUCCCACUUACCACAGUGAAAGCUCAGACAAUGGCAGACCACAUUCCAGAGCAAGUACAGACUUUGGCUGAGCCCAGGCAGCUUGUUAGCAGCCAUUCAGUCGAGCCUGCUCGUUUAGCCUUUGAUGAAACUUUACCUGUAAAUCACAGACCAGAGGAAGAGAAAACUUUAAAUAUCAUUGAGGGGCUUAACAUGCUAUACUGUGCUCAGUCAGCAGGGCAGCUGCCAAUCACAGAAAACCAUUGUGUGCCAUUGCUAGUAGAUACAGCAACCAAACCAUUGAUAGAGAAAGAGCCACGAAAGGCAGUGGUUGCACCAGUAAUUGAAUCAAUGCUGUCUUUGAGCAAAGAGCAUUCAUUCAUAAAGAAUGUACCAGUACAAGACAUAGUCAAUCCAGACAAAGGUCAAGUCUACAGGUCAGCUGUUACCGCUGAAGAGAAAUAUUUACUUCAAAGUGAUCAGUUAGGAGAGAUAUCAGGUAUUGUGUCGUCUCAGAGUCUGCAGCCUCUGCCACAAGGAGAAGUACUUCUGAACCUUCAGCUUUUCAACAAUCAGUCUGUUUUGCAGUCAGAAGGUAGAUUCAGCAGUGACACGCCUUCAACAGACCAGGCAUGUGUGAUAAAAAGUCCUAUUUUGCUUCGCACUUUAACUCAAGAAGAGCAGAUGACUGUUGUUUGUGACGUCACCUCAGAGGUCUCAUCCAAGAUGAACACUGAGUCUCUCAAGCUCAAGACAGAGCUUCCACCAACACAGUACCUCCAGUCAAUUGAUUCUGCAUCAGUUCUACAAAAGGAAGGUAGACUUACCACUAGCAAACCAACACAACAGGUGGUGGCACUAAAACAGGAAAAGGCUCGAAAAUAUGCGGCACUCUCACAAGAGAGUAGGGAGCUCAAAGGGGACUUCCACAAAGAUCUGGAGGUGUCUUCAGCAGGGAUUCAAUCCCAACCUGGUACACAGCCUGGGAUUUUAAGCAUCCUGGCCGUCUCCUCCCAGUCUGUGCAGCUGCCAAAGGAGACACCAUUCCCAACAGAUAUAAAACAGCAAAGAGCAUUGGUUCAGAAAGAGGAUUGCUGGAAUACUGUUAAUUCUGUAAAUGUUACAGACAUUCACAAUCUGGAAGAGGGCCAUACUACUUAUCUUCAAACUGAAAACAAAGUCCAGACUGAGAUAAAGACUGAGUCUAAGAUUCCCCAAAUGUCUGUUUCAGUUGAAGAAAAGGCAGUUGCAAAUGAGAGCUGUGCUGUUUUAGAAGCUGCUGAGCAAGACUUUGCAAUCUCCAUCCAGGAAGGUCAAUCAGUGCGACAGUCAGUUUUGCUACAGGAAAAAAUAAUUCUCACUGGGGAAAAGUCAAGUGAGAUUCUAACUCGUGAGGGCUUAACUUCAAGACUUUUGACCCAACCUAAAAAAGUUGUGUUUGUCUCUGAAAGUCAAGAAUCCCAAGCUCUACCUAAAGAACUUAACUUCAUUAUUCAGAUGCCCAAAGAGUCACAUUUGAAUAUUCAACAUCAGCUCAGAGAUGCUCUUCAGUCUGCUGUAGCCUGCCAGCAUCCAGUGCUGUUCGCUGAUAUUAUUGGCCACUUUGACGCACUCAACAUUGAAGAAAUAAAUGUACAAAAGGAGCCCAAAGGGAUUGUGCACACAUACCUGAUUACAUCACCUGGUGCUCUCAUGGAGCUCACACUGCUUUUUGAGGGUGAAUACCCCCACAGGGCCAAUCUGAGAUCAGAACUCCAGGUCGCUCUUCAUGCUUUGGUUUUGCAAGAGCAACAAAGUCUAGUUUCGGAGAGACCAGGUUUUAUGCAAAUCAACAAGCCUCAGAAGGCAAUGAUCUGCUCACAACAUUUCAAGCAAAAGUUCUCAUCAGUGGUUGACAAUGUGAUUGUGGCAGAGAGUACUGUUGGGGUUCCUCCAGUUGCUUCUCAGUCUGCCUCCAUCAUCAUGGAAACACUCUUCCAAAAUGCAACAAUUCAGAGUCAGAUGGAAGUCCACGAAUUAAACCAGGAGAGUGAAGCCAAGGCUGCUUCAGUCAAUGGGUCAGUCCAAGAGCCAGUCAUUCAGACUCCUCACCAACAGUAUGAAGACUUUGUUCACAAUGAAAAGUCUUCUUCAGGGGCCAUUGUUAUCAGUGAGUCUUUAGAUAGUGAGGCUAGCUCUCCACUUGUCAUUGCUUCAAUGGACAAGGUUUGUGCUGAGGAAAACAGCAAGAUUGUCAUUGCUUCCACCAUCAAAUAUGCCACUAUUACUAAUUGGUUUGUCAAUGGACAAUUGGUCAAAUCUGGCAAAGAGUUUGAAUGUUCUAGAGAUCAGGACACGUACAAACUGACUAUCAACAGAGUUGUGAAGGAGAAACAUGAAGGUGAAUAUGCCUGUGAGGUGGAGAAUCAAGCUGGGAAGACCACGACAUGGACAACGCUCAGAGUGGUCCCAAGAGCAAUACCUGUGUUUAAGCACACAAUGGUUCCACUGGAGAUCAAUGCUGGCAACAUUGUCAGGUUUGAGUGUGAAACUGAGGAUGCUCCUGAAGUCAUCUUCAAGUGGUUCAAAGAUGGACAUCGCAUCAAAGAAGGUGACAGGUUUCGGAUUAUCAGCCGUGUUACCACUUCCUCUCUGGAGCUCCUGAGCGCCACCAAGGAUGACGCUGGUGAAUACAGCUGCAAGGCGUCCAACAAGCACGGCAGUGAAGAAUGCUCCGCCACACUAAGUGUGACAGACAAACAGUUCCCUCCCAUUUUCAUAACUAAACCCAACGUGCAUACCGCUUAUGUUGGGAGGAGCAUGAUGACUGAGUGUGUAAUAUCAGGAUCUGCUCCUCUGAAUGUCGUGUGGUUUAAAGACCAGCGAGCCUUACUCCACAUGCCCGAGCACUACAGAAACUUUGCGGAUAAGAAUAAGAUUGGGCUUGAGAUAUCCACAGUUCAGCCAGCUGACCAGGGACUUUACCUGUGCCAUGUAUCUAAUAAUGUUGGCACGGCUGAGUGCGGCUUUGAGCUACAGGUUUUUGAUAAGCCUAACUUUGUGAAGCUCCUGAAUCAAGUGGCUGCUGUGGUUGGGAACCCUCUGCACCUGGAGUGCCAGGUGGAUGAAGUUACAGGAGUAACUGUGAGCUGGACCAGAGAUGGUAAAAAGGUCCACCAGUCUCCCGAAUGCAAAUUGUCCUUUGAGGACAAAACAGUUGCUCUUGACAUCCCAAAGACCGUGCUGAAAGACUGUGGCUCUUAUGUGUGCACGGUGACAAAUGAAGCAGGGAGUGCAACUUGCACCACCUUAGUGAAGGUUCAAGAGCCGCCGGUCUUUGUAAAGAGACUGGAAGCAGCCGCACUUUGGAGGAACGGUGUCACUGCACGCCUGCAAUGCAAUGUCAAAGGAUCUCCUGAACUUCAAAUUACAUGGUUUCUAAAUAACCACAAGCUGCCUGCUGGCAGUCGAUACAACAUCAGUUUGAAAAACAACGUGGCUUCUCUUGAGAUUCAGGACGUCACUUUGAGUGACAGUGGCAGCUACACCUGUGAAGUUCUAAAUGAGUUUGGGUGUGAAAGCUGCAGCACAAAAGUAAAAAUCAAAGAGCCGCCGUCUUUCAGAAGGGUUUUGCCAUCUGUAGAGGUUGUGAGAGGUGCUGUUGCUGUAUUGGACUGUGACAUUGAGGGAUCUGCACCAUUCGAGGUGUCCUGGAAAAAGAAUAGGAAACACUUGAAGACCGAUAAGAAAUAUAGAAUCAUGUCACAGGGUUCUUUUACCUCUCUGGAGAUUCUGUCCUUUGAAAGCAUUGACGCUGGCGAAUACGAAUGUGUUGUAUCCAACGAAGUCGGCUCUGUAAAUUCAAAAUCAGUGGCAAAAUUAAAAGAGUCUCCAGUGUUCUCAAAGAGGAUUGAGAGUGCUGUAGCAGUGCUGGGCAGCAGCGUUAGAAUGCAGGCAAUAAUAAAAGGCUCCCCUACAAUCACUGUCAAGUGGAUGAAAGACUCUGAAAUGCUCAGAGAUGAAGAUCCAAACGUGAAAAUUGUGCUUGAGAACAACGUUGCUAGCAUUUUAUUCUCAUCUGUUCAAAUAAAGCACAGUGGCAAGUACACUUGCCUGGUGGAAAACGAGGCGGGUCAACAAAAAUGCGAGGCAAACCUAACUGUUCAAGAACCUGCAAAGAUCUUAGAGAAAACAGAGUCCAUCAGUGUGACUGUUGGGGACCCAGUCACGCUUGAGUGUACCAUCUCUGGAAGCCCAGACCUCAAAGUCAAGUGGUUUAGGGACGACAAGGAAAUGAUCAGUGGACGCAAAUAUCGGAUGAGUGUGAAGGAAAACACUGCCAUCCUGAAAAUUCUGACUGCAGAAAAGGCCGACACCUCUGAGUACAAGAUGGAGGUGUCCAAUAAAGUUGGAAAAGACCAGUGCACAUGCUCAGUGACUGUUAUCGACCGGACAGUUCCCCCCUCCUUCAUCAAACCUCUAAAGAAAGUGAUGGCAAAUGUAGACAGUACCGUUACCCUAGAGUGCAGACUUGCUGGAUCGCAGCCAAUGGGAGUGUCUUGGUACAAAGACAAUAAAGAACUCCAAAACGAUGCUAAUUAUGAGAUUAAUUGGCAUGACAACAAAGCAUCUGUGCUAAUCAGCAAAGUUUGCCUAGCCCAUGCUGGAGUUUAUACUUGUCGGGCCUCAAAUGACGCCGGCAAUCGAGAGACCAGCGGUACUUUGUCGAUAAAAGAACCUCCAGUCUUCACAGAGGAACCAAAGGCUCAGGACUCGUCACCAGGGUCCAACAUUGUUUUCAAAGCAGACUUUACAGGAUCAACUCCUCUGGCUAUUAAAUGGUUCAGAGAGGAGAAAGAAAUGUUCACUGGGGGGAGAUGUUUUAUUAAGAGAGAAAGUUUGUCAAGCUCCUUGGAGCUUUACUCAGUCAAACCCAGUGAUUCUGCUCGGUACACGUGCCAAGUAUGCAACAAUGCCGGGAAGGUGGAUUGCACCGCAGUCCUCUUUGUCAAAGAACCGCCAAAAUUUGCAGUCAAGCUUGAGUCUUCGCUGCUGCUGAAAACUAAACAACCUCUAAAGUUGUCCUGCAAAGUGCAUGGCACGCCUCUUAUCACCAUCACAUGGUUUAAGAAUGGCAAAGAAAUACAAUCUGACGACAGAUGCAAGGCAUCCUUUGAUGGCUCCAUAGCAAACCUGCAGGUGGACAGGUGUUCUGCAGACGAUAGUGGUGAAUAUGUCUGUGUGGCAUCCAGUGACGCUGGAAAAGAUGAGUGCAGCAGCUCAGUUAACGUCAAAGAACCCCCCUCGUUUCUGAGACCUUUUGAAUCGAUCGAGCUUGUGAAAGGAUCUGACAUAGUCAUGGAAGGAACUGUUUCAGGCUCUGCCCCAUUUGAAAUCUGUUUCUUCCACAAUGACAAUUUGAUUAGGAACAAUAAACGACAUAAGAUCAGUGUUGAGGAUGAGACUGUCUCUCUUCAAAUCUCAAACUGUGAGGAUCAAGACUCUGGCACGUACCUGUGCACAGUGACUAAUAAUGUUGGUGAGACGUCGUGCUCCAGCAGCAUUUCCCUGACAGAACCACCAUCAUUUGUUCAGAAACUCGAAGACAUAUUGUGCAGGGCACACUCAGACGUGUCUAUGAGAUGUACCGUGUCUGGGUCACUUCCCAUGGCACUGUCAUGGUUCAAGGAUAAUCAGGAGCUCACAGAAAACGAGCACGUCAAGAUGUUCUUUGAAGCCAAAUGUGCAACGCUGACUCUAGAAAACACUCAUGUCCAUCAUGGUGGGAAGUACACGUGUCAGGCUCAGAAUGCAGCCGGUAGUAAAAGAUGCUCUGCCAUCGUCGUCGUGUCAGAACCACCAAGUAUUCUAGAACAUUCAAAAUCCGUCAGUGUGACACAGGGUGACCCGACCACGCUUGAAUGCCGAUUCUCAGGCACCAAACCACUCAAGUCCCAAUGGUUAAAGGCCGGAAAGGAACUAAACUCAGGCCUGAAAUACAAAGUGCUUGGUGCGGACUUCCGAUCUGUGCUGACCAUCUUGAAAACAGAUAAAAGUGAUGGCGGCGACUACGUAUGCCAAGUUGAAAACGAAGCUGGUGCAACUUCUUGUGUGGCUGCAGUCACAGUCUUAGAUGGCAUUCUUAAACCAACUUUUACAAGUAAACUGAAGGAGACCGAGGCCAUCAAAGGUUUUUCUGCUCAUCUGGAAACCCUGGUAUCAGGCUCGCUGCCAAUGAAUAUCCAAUGGUUCAAAGACAACGACAACAUCCAGACUGAUGACAAAUAUAAGUGCUCCUUCUCUGACAAUGUUGCAUUACUGGAAGUUAGUCUUCUUGAUAGUCAGGACAGUGGUCGUUACACCUGCGUGGCCACAAACAAAGCAGGGUCUUCUCAAUGUUCGGGCAUCUUGCAUGUCCAAGAACCACCGAGUAUUAUUGAAAGACCCGAAUCAAUGAAUGUUUUGCCUGGGUCAAAGGUGAAGUUACAUGUUCGGGUGUCUGGCACACCACCAGUGACCAUAAGAUGGUAUAAGGACAUGAUGGAGAUCCUCUCAAGUGCAGACUGUUCUGUAAUCAGACACAAUGGCUCAAGUUCUCUGGAGUUCUUCUCUGUGACAACAUCCGAUUCUGGUCUUUACAUCUGCAAAAUUAAUAACAACUUUGGCUCCACAUUCUGCAAAACCACAGUCUUUGUUCAAGAACCCCCUGUUUUUGUGGAGAAACCCGACAGCUUUUCAGUGGUAAAAGCAGGAGCAAAACAUGUCUUGGAAUGCAAGGUUUCUGGUUCUCCAGAGAUCUCUGUGCGAUGGUUUAAAGGCGGAGCCCCCAUUGAACCCAGUACAAAUCGCAAGAUGUUGUUCCUCAACUCCGUGGCCACAUUAGAGAUUCAGCAUGCCGCUGAAAGUGACGUGGGGAAAUACAUUUGCGAAGCGCACAAUGACGCAGGCACAGAGAGUUGCAGUUUCGAAUUGGAAGUGAAAGAGCCUCCCACAUUUGUUGUCCAGCUGGCAUCUCUUGAAGUCGUUGAAGGUUGCACUGCAAUGUUUACCUGCAAAGUGGCAGGAAGUGGUCCCUUUAAAGUCACAUGGUUCAAAGAUAGAGUGCCUAUCGAAUCUAACUACAAGUAUUUAAUUGUUAACGACGAGCACAUGACAUUAAAAGUCUUGGACUGCCAAGUCAGAGAUGUUGGUUCUUACGAGUGUGUGGUUGCUAACGAGGUGGGAAGUUGUUCCGGUGUUGCAGCUCUUUCGUUGAAAGUACCUCCACGAUUUAUUGAAAGGAUUCAAAAUAGCUCAACAAUCUUGGGGGAUACUGCCGUCUUUUGUUGCACCGUUAAAGGUUCUGAGCCUCUAUGCAUAAAUUGGCAAAAAGACGACAAAGGGAUUCCAGAGGAUUCCAAAAUCAAGAGAGCGUUUGAAAAUUUGGUGGCCACUCUAAAAAUUCCUUUGUGUGAGACAAGUCAUGGCGGGAAAUAUACAUGCCAAGUCGUAAACGAGGCUGGACAGGAAACAUGCUUCGCAGCCCUUGUUGUGAAAGAACCGCCUUCAAUCCAAGACAAGCCAGGAGCAGUCAAAGUCACUCGUGGAGAUCCAGUUAAACUUGAGUGCAGAAUAGUUGGAAGUCCUGACAUUGUUGUAAGUUGGAGCAAAGAUGGCAAAGAGCUCCACACCAGUAGGAAAUAUAAUUUAUUCCACGAAAAGGACCUCAGCAGUCUAAAUAUUCAGCACUGUGAGCUGCAAGACAGUGGAGAUUAUCUUUUGGAGGCCACAAAUUCUGUUGGAAAGUGUCACUGUAAAGUUUCACUGCUAGUUUUAGAGGAAGAAAUAGCUCCUGCCUUUACAAAAAAGUUGACAAACAUUCAAGUAGUUCUGGGUUCAGUGGUCACGAUGGAGUGUAAAAUGGCCGGUUCUCUUCCAAUUAUUGUUGGCUGGACUAAAGGCAAAGAACCCCUCAGUGAGGAUUCCAAGUAUAAAAUGUGGCAGGAUGACAACACGGUCCGGCUGCAAUUUAGGCUGACUGAGAGCUUUGACACAGGAGAGUACUCGUGUCAUCUUAGCAACAAGGCGGGCGGCUGCAUAUGCAGUGCAGCUGUCACUGCUAAAGUGCCGCCACGGUUCACAGUGGAACUUGAGUCCCAGGCUGUUGUUCCAAAGUCCACAGUGCUUUUCAAAAGCACAUUUGAAGGAACACCACCAUUUACAGUCAAAUGGCUCAAAGAUGACUUGGAACUGGUGGCUGGUCCAUCUUGUCGAAUCGGACAGGAUGAAUAUUUUUCUUCAUUGCAACUGGACUCUGUCGGAAACCUGCAGAGUGGGACUUAUUCUUGCCAAGUUAGCAACGAAGCGGGCGCAGUAAGAAGUGCAGCCCAAUUGCUGGUGAAAGAACCACCAAAGUUUGUCCAGAAACUUCUUCCCAAAACCUUUGUCAAGCUGCGCGAGGCCCACAGUUUGGAAUGCAAAUUCUCCACCACAAAGUCACUCAAUGUGAAGUGGUUCAAAAAUGAUGAAAAGAUCAUGGAUGGAGACGACUAUAAAACCGCUUUAGUGGACUCAACAGCGCUGCUCCAGCUUCGCUCUGCGGGGCUGGACCACAACGGUGUGUACACGUGCGAGGCUCAAAAUGAUGCCGGCAGUGUGAGCUGCAGCACCGAGCUCACAGUCCAAGAGGCACCCUCCUUUAUCAAAGUUCCUUCCCCAGUGGUGGGCGUUAAAGGGAAAGACGCAAGCCUGUACUGUGAAAUGUACGGCACACCACAUUUGCAGGUGAGCUGGUACAAAGACAACAGACCGUUGAAGGAAAGCAGGAAGUACAAGAUGGUGAGCGAAGGCAGCUCUGCCACACUUCACAUCAUGAGGCUGGAGCCAAAUGACACCGGACUCUAUGAGUGCAAAGUCUCAAACUGUGUGGGAAGUGAAUCCUGCCGCACUACCAUUAGCUUGAAAGAUCCCCCAGUGUUUACCACCAAGCUGGUCGACCAGUCUGUGAAAAUAGGCGAGCAACUUACACUGACAGCGGCAGUCAAAGGUUCUGAGCCAUUGAGCGUGUCGUGGGUUCAGGACGAAGAUCACAUCCUGAGAGACGGUGACAACAGGAAGAUUAGCUUUGAGCAUAAUGUGGUCACACUGGUGGUACCCAACGCAGAUUCCACCACAGCUGGCAAGUAUACCUGCCAGCUGAGGAAUGACUCUGGAGUUGUGGAGUGCAUUUCCCAUGUGACAGUUUUAGAACCCGCAUCUAUUGUGGAAAGCCCAGAGUCUUUGAAUGUGCAGGCAGGAGAAAAUGCAGUUCUCGAGGUCACUGUGUCCGGUUCACCUGAGCUAAAAAUCAAGUGGUUUAAGGACAACAAAGAACUAUUUUCCGGUGCCAAGUACCAGAUGUCCUUCUCAAAGAAGGUUGCACACCUAAAGUUCCGGUCUGCUGAGAAAGCCGACGCUGGAGAGUACAAACUUGAAGUUACAAACCCAAAUGGUUCUGCUUUGUGCAAAAUUAAACUCUCCAUUUCAGAUAAGUUGAUUCCUCCAAGUUUCAUAAGAAAGCUGAGAGACACCCACCUUGUUGUGGGCAAACCCGGUGAGAUGGAGUGUAAGGUCACUGGUUCAGCUCCUUUAACAACUUCCUGGUUCCACAAUGGCCAGGAGAUCACAAGUAGUUCCGACUACGAUUUUAGCAGAUCUGAUAAUAACUGCAAAUUGAGAGUUCCAACGAUCAAGGUGUCGGAUUCUGGCAAAUAUACUUGCAAAGCUGUAAAUGCUGUGGGAACCAGUGAAACAAGUGCUUCCAUGCAUGUUACAGAACACCCUUCCUUUGUCGAAACGCCCAAAGCGCAAGAUACACAGCUGGGCAAAAGUGUGUCCUUCUCUGCUAAGGUGAAAGGCAGCGCCCCCAUCAGAGUCAAAUGGUUCAGGGGCACCAAGGAAAUGCAGCAUGGGAGGGGGUGUGAGAUUUCCCUCAAGGAGGAUCUUGCUAAAUUAGUUCUUCACAGAGUAGAACCAUCCCAUGAGGGAGAGUACACCUGCCAGGUCAUAAACAAUGCAGGGAAAGAAAGUUGCACUGUUUACCUCUUUGUCAAAGAGCCAGUUCGCUUUGUGAAAAAGCUGAGGGAUGUUUUCUCUGAGAAGGGCAAGCCCCUGAGGCUUGAGGUCACGUUUGCUGGAACCCCCAAAGUAAAUGUGACAUGGAAGAAGGAUGACAUCCUCAUCUGGGCCUCAUAUCAAUACAACGUCAUCACCACUACCAGUUCCUGUAUUCUUGAGGUUCUUAACUCUGACAGGUUGGAAGCAGCAGGACAAUACUCUUGCGAAAUCAACAACGGAGUCGGAAGUGACAGAUGUGAUGCACAAGUGUCCAUUCUAGAGGGACCCUAUUUUGUUGAAAAGUUGGCGCCGGUUGAGGUUGCUCUGGGUUAUCCGGUCACCCUCCAGUGCCAGAUUGCAGGAACUCCUGACAUCUCCGUAGCUUGGUUCAAAGCAGACGGGAAGCUGCGCCUGUCCAACAAGUGUGUGAUGGACUUCACAAAUGGUGUCGCCACUUUGAAACUGCUUGAAACAACCAAGUUUGAACAAAGCGAGUUCACCUGCAAAGCUGAAAACCGGGUGGGCUCUGCCUCCACCAGCUGUAAUGUGACAGUGAAAGAGAGCACGCUUCCCCCAAGCUUCAGCAAGCGUCUGCCAGAGUCCUUGACGGAUUCGGUGGGUAAGACGGUCACCAUGGAGACUUGGCUUUCUGGCUCCCAGCCCCUGAAUGUCACCUGGUACAAGGACAACACAGAAGUCUGUGGGUCAGAAAAAUAUGAUGUCACCUUUAAGAACAACAUGGCCGUAUUGUGUGUCCGAGACUCCAACAUCUCCGACUGCGGUGUCUACACCUGUGAGGCUUCCAAUGAGGCUGGUAAAGCUUCCUGUCAGGCUUCUCUUACAAUUUCAGAAACGAGCAAGCCUCCUAAAUUUGACGUCCUUUUGCAACCGGUGACACUGUGCGAAGGCGAUAAUCUGAAGCUGAAAUGUCAUGUUGCCGGCUCUCCCCCGCUCAUCGUCCACUGGAUGAAGGACAGAAGGGAGAUCAAGUCCAGCGCAAGUACAAAGAUCACAUUUGUGAACGGGACAGCUUGUUUGGAACUCAGCCAGUUGACUAAACCGGCUGCAGGAGAUUACUUGUGCAAGGCCAGCAACGCCGCCGGCACCGACUUCUGCAAGGCCAGGGUCACCAUCAAAGAAAAAGAUGCCAAGUUGGCCCCCGCCACCAAGGCUCCUGGCCCCGCCGCCACAGCUCCCGGCCCCGCCGCCACGGCUCCUGCCCCUGUGAAACACCUUGACAACCUUUUCUUCAUUGAAGAACCAAAGAACGUUUCUGUCACAGAGAAGGGCACGGCCACCUUCAUCGCCAAGAUCGGAGGUGAGCCCAUCCCCAGCGUGAAGUGGAUGAAGGGCAAGUGGCGGCAGAUCACACCUGGUGGUCGCGUGACAACUGAGCACAAAGGCCAGAAUGCUAAACUGGAGAUAAGAGAAGUGACCAAGUCGGAUGCGGGUCACUACAGAUGUGUGGCCUCCAACAAACACGGCGAGAUCGAGUGCGGUGCUGAGAUGGCCGUCACCAAAAGGGAGGAAGCAGCAGGGCUUCAGGACAUACGGAUUAUGCUGAAGAAGACUCCCUCCAAGCAGAAGAGUCCCAAGAAAGAAGAGGAGAUCAACAUUGUAGAGUUGCUCCGAGGUGAAGAGCCAAAGGACUACGAGAAGGUUUUAAGGGAGCAUGAGAUCCACGACUACCGUGCAAUCCUCCAGGCCAUGGAUCUUCUGAAGAGAGAAAAAGAAACGGAGGCUGGAAAGGCGGAGGCGGAGCAUGGUGGUCGGGUAGAUGAAGAAGACAUGGCCCGACUCAUCCAGCAGCUUGAAGGACGCGUGGACACAGAGCCCAUCGCUGUCUUGGAAGACAUCAGUGACCAGGUGGUGACUGAAAACCAGAGCGCCACCUUUCAGUGCUGUAUCAAGAUCAACUACCCAGAGAUCACGCUGACCUGGUACAACGGAACCCAGAGACUGGAGAGCAACGACAAAUAUGCCAUCAGCAGCGAUGGUGAACACCACUGCUUGAACAUCCAGGACUGCCAGUCCAAAGACCAGGGAAACUACCGGGUGGUGUGUGGUCCUCACAUCUCCAAUGCCAAGCUGACCGUCUCAGUUCCCGAGGUUUACAGCACACCAGAAGAGGCGCCUUCUGCACCUGAAGCUGCGCCCCCUGCUCCACCUAAAGAAGCUGACACCGAGAAGCUGGAGAUGAUGGCUGCUGCGUUGCCUCAACAAGAGGAACACAGGGUCCCUGAAGAAUUGAAAACAUACCGCAGAGCAGAGCCAGUGACUGAAUCAGAACUGGAACAAGAACCAGAAGUUGAACCAGAACAAGAAGUUGAAUCAGAACAAGAACUACAAGCUGAACCACAAGAAAAAGCAGAACCUGAACCUGAACCAGGACAAGAACCGGAAGUAGAACCAGAACAAGAAGUUGAAUCAGAACAAGAACCAGAAGUUGAAUCAGAACAAGAACUACAAGCUGAACCACAAGUAAAAGCAGAACCUGAACCUGAAGCUGAACCAGAACAAGAACCGGAAGCUGAACCAGAACAAAAAACCGAAGCAGAACCAGAUCUACAACCAGGACCGGAACCAAACCAAGAACUAGAAGCUGCACCAAAAGCUGAAGAAGAAUCAGAACUAUAUUCCCAACCCAAAUCUAAACAAGAACCAGAUGCAAAACCAGAAGCUGCACCUAAAACAAAAAAGGCAGUAGCUACAAAGGCUGAUCCAGAUCUUUUUCAAGUGGAGUUGAAGUCUGAGCCGCAAGUAGAUCCAAAGGAGACUCUGGCUGCGUCCAAGGUGACUCCAGUGUCUAAGAAGACUUCAGUAGAGGCAGACAAGCUUAAGACUUCCAAGAAAAGAACGGAGACUUCUAAAGUGCGAGCUUCUCUUGCGGCUGAGAACAGAGAGACCAUCGCUGAAAAUGUUGUCGUACUAAAGGAUGCUCAAGAAGUAAAGAUCUUUAAGCUCCAUCACACAGAAGAGAAAGCUGGGACAGUUGAAAAAGAAAUUGGAGAGAGAAAGGAAGACCAGAGCCAACAGAACAUUCUUACAAAGGAAGAGAAAGUUGGGACAGUUGAAAAAGAAAUUGGAGAGAGAAAGGAAGACCAGAGCCAACAGAAAAUUCUUACUAAGGAAGAGAAAGUUGGGACAGUUGACAAAGAAAUUGGAGAGAGAAAGAAAGACCAGAGCCAACAAAACAUUCUUACACAGGAAAAGGGGAAUGUUCAUACAUGGUACGUUGAAGGCCGCCCAGUUAGCAGUCCUGAGCCCUUUGAGAAAACCGAAUUAUCUUGCAUAGACAACGAUGGUAACACAUUGGUGGAACAUUUUGACCCUGAACACAAAACCACACUAGCAGGAACUUUAGAUACUUACAAUGAAAACAAGAAAACCCCAGCAACAGAGGCUAUGACAAAGAAACAUACUCUGACUGACAAAAGUGAUUUGCAAAUACAACUCAAAGAGGUAGAAACUGAAGUGUCAAUACGUACACACAAAGCAUUACCCAAACCAAGUUGGCAAGCUGAUCCUGCUGAAGAGUCACAUCCUUCUCAAACUGCUGUUUCCCAUCUCAUAAGAGGCAGUCCUCCCACUGAAGAGCUGGUAACAUCUCCAGCUGACAAAGUCAAAGAUGUGUCUUGUGAGGACAGUGCAGAGAAAUCACCUUUAAAGAACAGAAUGUCCCCUCAAGAAGAAUCCGUCCCGUCUAAAACAGAACUCCGCCGUGUUCAAGUCCAUAAACCCUUGAAGGACACGGAUCCAUCAACAAGGAGUACAAUGUUUCCUUUAGGGGAAGCAUCUCCUCUUAAAGUAGAUCCUUCCUCAAACAAUGUGUCCUCACCCAAACUUGUUGGACCACAGCCGAAACCUCUUACAACUGAGAUGCAUCUCUCUUCACCACGAAAACAUGAAGAUUGUGCUGAAACACAUUUCACGGAAGAACGGACAAGAACUGAGCAGUCAGCAGGGAAAGAAGAUGGCGGAAAGCAGAGUCAAGUAAAGAAAUCACAGAUGGAAAAGUUGAUGCUUCAUAAAGGUAUUGAGGCCAUGAUCCACCCUCUUCCAAGACUUGCUCAUGCGUCUCCUCCAGAGACAAAACCAUCUAUGGCAGUACCUUCACCGCCCACAGAGAAACUUGCUCCACCUUCAGAGAAGAAAGAGUUGAAAGCCUUGGCUCCUUCUGGUCUAGACCACAAAGUAUCUCCCCCCUCAGUGCCUCCUCCAAAGGAGAAGAAAGUGCCUGCACCCGCACCAAAGCCUCCAGCUGAACUCAUUCCUUCUCCAGAGGAGAAACCUUUGGAACCAUCUUCUGUUGUGAAGGAUGUGUCUUCACCUACAGAUCAAGACCGUAAAGAGGUCGUUCUUCUGGAAGAAAAACAGGAACAAAUCAAUGAAAAACACAUAAUGGUCAAAGUGCCAACCACUGAUCAAAAAGACACUAAAGUGCUUAUUGCAGAUACGCAGAAUGAAUCAGUUAAACUAGGACUAUUUGAAAAAAUCAAAACAGAAUGCGAAGAAACACAUUAUAUCAAACAGAAAAGUGGUCCCACCAAGCCAAAAGAACAACAGGUUCGUAAAGAAGAUGUCACCAAAAUGACAGUUCUACUUUCUGAUAGCGAGCACAGAGAGUUAACACUCUCGACAACUGAACAAGUCUUUAUGUCAAAUAAAGAGGCAUCAACAACCAUGAGGCCACCUAAAGAUGUGCAGUAUGGACAUGGCAAAGAAGAGGUACGGAAGCCAGAUGUGUCUACAAAGACAAAAGAGGCAGACGAUCAAGAAACAACAGUGAAACAUUCUGAACCUGAUAGUGGACUCAGUCCGGAAAAGACAGUUCAACUCACCGCUAGUGCAAAAUUCACAAAAGUUGGAGACGCUGCUUCCAGGGGUCCUGAUUUAACACCUGGUGUUUGCAAAGAGUUGAAAAAGAAAGCUGAUCUUGAGCCUCCAAAGGAGGAACAUGUUAAAGCUCAACUAGUGUCUCCAUCAGACAAGUUGCAAGUGAAACUAGAGCCUAAAGUUGUGCAGUAUGGACAGGGCGAUGAAGAGGUACUUGAGCCAGAUGUGUCAGAAAAGACAAAAGAGGAAGAGGAUCAAGAAACAACAGUGAAAGACUCUGAACCUGAUAGUGGACCCAGUCCGAAAAAGACAGUUCAACUCACUGCUAGUGCAAAAUUCACAAAAUUUGGAGUCGGUGCUUCUAGGGGUCCUGAUUUAGCACUUGGUGUUUGCAAAGAGUUGAAAAAGAAAGCUCACAUUGAGCCUCCAAAGGAGGAAGAUGUUAAAGCUCAACUAGUGUCUCCAUCAGACAAGUUGCAAGUGAAACUAGAGCCUAAAGUUGUGCAGUAUGGACAGGGCGAUGAAGAGGUACUUGAGCCAGAUGUGUCCAAAAAGACAAAAGAGGAAAAGGAUCAAGAAACAACAGUGAAAGACUCUGAACCUGAUAGUGGACCCAGUCCGAAAAAGACAGUUCAACUCACCGCUAGUGCGAAAUCCACAAAAGUUGGAGGCACUGCUUCCAGGGGUCCUGAUUUUGCCCCUGGUGUUUGCAAAGAGUUGAAAAAGGAAGCUGACAUUGAGCCUCCGAAGGAGGAACAUGUUAAAGCUCAACUAUUGUCUCAUUUAGACACCGUGCAAAUGACUCUGAAGCCUGAAGUCCAAAUAGAAGCAAAAGUGUCAGAGAAAGACGACACGCUUGUGGAUACAAAAGUACUCAGUCACAAAAGAGAUGGACGCUCUAAAAAAUGUACGCAAGACGGACAAAAGCCUACAAGAGAGGAGCAGGGACCGGCUAUUGUUCCUAAGGAUGUCAGUGUCAGAAUAAUGACAGACAUAAUUCCACAAGCAGAAGAUGAACAUGAAGUCCCACAGAGAAAAACAGAUACCGUCAAAACAGUUGCCAAACUCCAGAGGACCUCAUCACCUCGACCAAGUACAGAAAAUGUUGAAGUUGAGCAGACUUUGAAAGACAUUGAAAACUUUGAAGGAAAAAGGAAGACAGUUGAACUAACAAACAAGGUUGAUGAGCCAAAACCCAAAGAACUCUUUGAUAAAACUGCUUCUCCGAAGGUAAAAACCUUUUCAAAAACCGUUUCACCAAAAAUGUCUGACGUUUCAAAGAAACCUUCCCCAGAGGAGGCCUCUCACCUGGAUGAAACUGACAGUGUGAGGGUUCCCCUAAUGAAAGAGGUCUCUCCAAGCGCAGUACAGGUGAAGAAAAUUCCCACCCAGGUAGAGGAGGAAGUAUUUGAAGAUGAAGUAGAAGACGAGGACACGCAAGCGGAUGAGGAGGCCUGGGGCUGGGAGCUGGUUCCCUUAGAGAGCUGGCAAGGUGAAGGGAUGGAUGGAUCGCUGCAGACUCCAGGCAUGCCUGACAGCCAACAAGAUGGCAAACCAGCAGAAGAACCUGCCAAAGGACUCGGACGAGGAUUUCGGGUGAGACAAACACCCUCUCCCGGUGACGGGGGCCGGGGGCGGGGCCUGAGGCCCGGUGGGAAAGGCCCUUCGCCACCGGAAGAACCUUUUGGCGGAUUCAAGCUCAAAGCCGUCCCACUUAAGUUUAUCAAGAAGAUUCAGGACAUCGUGCUGCAGGAAGCAGAAUCUAUCGGCUCGUCGGCCGUGUUCGAGUGUAUGGUGUCGCCGUCCACUGCUAUCACCACGUGGAUGAAAGAAGACAUUCCCCUGCGUGAGGGCCCCAAGUACCAUCUCACAUCUGACGGCAAAGAUCGUACGAUAACGGUCAAAGAUGUCCAGCUGUCGGACACUGGAGUGUACACCUGUGUCGCCAAGAACGCUGGCAAGGAAAUCACCUGCACCGCUAAACUGGUUGUUGAAGAGCUGCCGGUGAAGUGGAUCAAAGAGUUGGAAGUGGACACGUCGUGUACGAAAGGCCAGCCCAUGUACCUCACAUGUGAGCUCAACAAGGAGAGGGACACCGUCUGGAAGCGUGGUGGGGUGCAACUGAAGAGACAGUUGGGGAAGGUGGCCAUCAACGUGAUCGGCAUGCAGCACGCCGUGACUAUUCAGAAUUCCAUGGAGGAGGACGCUGGCGUUUACACAUGCGAGGUGGUGGGGCAGGAGGACAUCACCACCAGCACCAAUGUCAAAGUGAUCGAGGUCAUCAAAGACUGGCUGGUGAAGCCUCUGAGGGACCAGCACGUAAGACCCAAGUCCAAGGCAAUAUUCCGAUGUCAGCUUUUCAAGGAAACGCCCAACUGGAAGUGGUACAAAGGCGAAACCGAGCUGGCACCUUCUGAAAAGGUGGAGAUCGUCAAAGAUGGCAUCUUGAUGACUCUCACCAUCAAUAACUGCCAGCCGGACGACGUGGCGGAUUACACCGUGGAAGUGGAAGGCCGCAAGUACAUGGCCAAGCUGAGCCUUGGAGAGCGGGAAGCGGAGAUCCUGAAGCCACUUGUUAGCCUCGAAGUGGUUGAGAAAGAAGAAGCCAACUUUGACACGGAGAUUUCAGAGGACGACGUCAUUGGGGAAUGGAAACUUCAGGGACAAGUGCUGACGCGAUCUCCGACGUGUGACAUCAAAGCCGAAGGGACCAAACGUUUCCUGGCCUUAAAGAAUGUCCAGCUGGACCAGGCGGGCGAAGUGUCCUAUCAGGCUUUAAACGCCAUCACCAGCGCCAUGUUGACCGUCAAAGAGAUCGAAAUGGGCUUUGUUGAGCCUGUCAAGGACGUUUCUGUUCCUGAAAAGAAACAAGCUAAGUUUGAAUGCACCAUCACCAAGGACGUGUCAAAGGUCUUGUGGUUCAGAGGGGCAGAGAUUGUCGUCUCAGGCCCCAAAUAUGAAAUGAUCGACGAUGGAAAGAAACACAUGCUGAUCAUAAACAGCUGUGAGUUUGACGAUGAGUCUGAGUACACAAUAGAAGUUUUGGGUCAGAGAUCAACUGGUCGGCUGACUGUGGAAGGCACCAGACUUAAAAUUGUGAGGCAACUUGAAGACCAAACUGUCAAAGAAGGUAAAACGGCUCGCUUUGAGCUGGAGCUGACUCUUGACGACGUACCCGUGGUUUGGUACCGCAAUGAAGUCAAACUACACUUGAGCCGAACGGUGAUCACUCAUGUGGAAGGAAAGACGCAUGUUCUAGAAAUGAAGGAGGUGACACUUGAUGAUGUCUGCCAGAUUAAGGCAGAGGCUAAAGGAAUAGUCUCAAUGGCAAAACUGACAGUCAUAGAGGGUGAUGCUGUGUUUGUGGUGAAACUCCAAGACUACACGGCCACUGAAAAAGACCCGGUCUCUCUGGACUGUGAGCUCAGCAAAGAUGUGCCUGUUGUUUGGUAUUACGAGGAGAAGGAGAUUAUUGCCUCCAAGACGGUGGUAAUAAAGACAGAGACCACUCGAAGGUCUUUGGUCCUGAGGAAAGUGGAGCUGAGCAGUAAGGGGAAGUACACCUGUGACUGUGGAACCGACAAGACGGUGGCUAACCUCAAUAUUGAAGCUCGCAAGGUCAAAUUGAUUCGACCGAUUUACGGUGUAGAGCUUUUUGAUGGAGAAACGGCUCGUUUUGAGGUGGAGAUCUCUGUGGACGAUGUGCACGGGCAGUGGCAACUGAAUGGCGUAGUCCUGAGUCCUUCUUCUGAUGUGGACAUCAUCGAAGAGGGAGGCAAACACACGCUGAUCCUGUACAACUGUAAAGUGCCCAUGACGGGCGAAGUGGUUUAUACGGCUGCCAACGCAAAGUGUGCUGCCAACUUGCAUAUCAAAGAACUUCCUCUCAACUUCCUGACGCCGCUGAGUGACGUGCAUGUGUACGAGACAGACCCAGCCAGGUUUGAGGUGGAAGUGUCGAGAGCCCCGAAGAGCUUCCGCUGGCUGAAGGGUUCACAGGAGCUGCAGACUGACGACAAGUAUGAAAUAAUCCAGGACGGGAACACGUACGCCCUGCUGAUCCCAUCGGCUGCCUAUGAAGACGAAGCCACGUACAUGUUUGAAGCAGAUGACAAGAGAACGACCGGCAAGCUGGUCAUCCAAGGUAUCCGCCUGAAGUUUGUUAAACCCAUCAAGGACGUGACGGUGAAGGAACGUGAAACGGCAGAGUUCAGCGUGCAACUCUCUCACGAAAAGAUACCGGUGGUCUGGUACAAGAACGACGUGCGCCUUCACCCAAGCAAGGUGGUGCACAUGUCGGAACAGGGAACCGUCCACACGCUGACCCUCAAGGAGGUCGUUAUGGACGACACGUCCAUGAUCAAGGUGGAGGCCAUGGACAAGAGUGUCAGCGCCAUGCUCACCGUCAUCGAGGGCGACUUGUACUUCACCACCAAACUACAGAAUUGCUCGGCUGUGGAAAAGGACCAAGUGAAGCUCGUGUGCGAGCUGAGCAGAGCCGCCGCAGACGUCAAAUGGUACAUGGGCGACAAAGAGCUCACACCCUCCAAAAACAUCGCUCUGACCAGGGACGGCAAGAAACGUAUCCUGACUAUCCGCAAGGCUGAGAAGAGCGACAUGGGCGAGUACUCCUGUGACUGCGGCUCGGACCAAACUACCGCUAAUCUCAACAUUGAAGCGCGUGACAUCAAGGUGGUUCGUCCACUCUACAGCGUCGAGGUGACCGAAACGGAGACGGCCAGAUUUGAGAUAGAGAUUUCUGAGGACGAUGUCCAAGGAAACUGGAAGAUGAAAGGAGAAGAUUUGCGCCCGUCAACGGACGUGGAGAUAAAGGAGGAGGGAAGCAAACAUCUUCUGAUCCUCUACAACGUGCGCAUGGACAUGGCGGGAGGCGUGGACUUCUCGGCGGAAAACGCCACGUCGAGCGCUCAGCUGCGGGUGAAAGCGCGGCCCAUCCGCCUCCUGCAGCCGCUGAAGGACGUGACGGUGACGGCCGGGCAGACCGCCUCCUUUGAGUGCGAGCUGUCCUACGAAGGCAUCGCCGUCAGUUGGUUCCUGGCUGCACAAAAGAUGGAGGCCAGCGAGCGGGUGAAGACUCGAGUGGCUGGGCGAAUUCACGGUCUGACGGUGCGGGACGUAAAACUGUCUGAAGCAGGACAGGUCAGAUUGACCGCCAAGGACUUCCAAACUCAGGCUCAGCUCAUAGUUCUAGAACCGCCAGUACAGUUCACCAAGCCUCUGGAGGACAUGACGGUGGAAGAGGAAGCCACCGCCACGCUGGAGUGCGAGGUUUCCAGGGAGAACGCACGUGUGCGAUGGUUUAAGGACGGACAGACGGAGAUCCGCAAGACUAAGAAAUAUGACAUGAUCGUUGACGGCACAAAGAGGGCACUGGUCAUUCAUGACUGCAACCUGGACGACAUCAAGACAUACACGUGUGACGCCAAGGACUUUAAGACAUCCGGCUUCCUUGAUGUCAUACCGCCUCUUGUGGAGUUCAUCAAGCCUCUGCAUGACGUCGAGGUCAGAGAGAAAGAAUCUGCCAAGUUUGAAUGCAUAGUAUCCCGCGAGUCUGCAAAGGUUCGCUGGUUCAAGGAUGGCGGAGAGCUAAGAAAAGGAAAGAAGUACGAGAUAAUGGCAGAGGGACUUAAGAGGAUCCUGAUUAUACACAAGUCUACAUUGGACGAUGAGGCGGAAUACGAGUGUGAUGCCGUGACGUCCAAGAGCUCCGGCAUGCUGACUGUCAUUGAGGAAGCUGCCAGGUUUACCAAGAACCUCUCUAAUGUGGAAGGCACAGAGACAGACAGCGUGAAGCUGAUCUGUGAGGUGUCAAAGCCAGGGGCAGAGGUAACCUGGUACCAAGGAGUCAGGGAGCUGCCAGAGGGUGGCCGAUACGAGCAGAUCAUGGAUGGUCGCAAGAGGAUCCUGAUCAUCCAAGAUUUGAGGAUGGAGGAUGCUGGCGAAUAUAACUGCAGACUCAGCCCUGACGUCAAAACAUUUGCCAUCCUGAAACUGAACGAACUUGCAGCUGAGUUCAUCGCCAGACCUCAAAACCUUGAAGUUGUGGAAGGUGAAAAGGCCGUGUUCGUCUGCUCAGUCUCCAAGGAAACCUACGAGGUGAAAUGGUUCCGAGGGAACAAGGAAGUGGAAACUGGGGACAAGUACACAAUUGUCAGUGACGGAAAGAGACGGGCUCUUACUGUGAAAAACUGUGUCCUUGAGGAUGAGGGAGGCUAUUUGGCCCAAAUCGGCAGCGUUAAAGCCUCCGCUGAUCUCUUCGUAAUUGAAAAACUGAAGAUCAUAACACCCAUCAGAGACACAGAGGUGAAAGAGGGAAGCGAGAUCGUCUUCAACUGUGAGACGAACGAGGAGGGAGCAAAGGCUAAGUGGCUAAAGAACCUGGACACUAUAUUUGAUAGCAGCAAGUAUAUGAUGGCUCAGAGGGACAACGUCUUCUCCCUGAGGAUCCGGAAUGCCUCCAAGGCUGACCAGGACGAUUACACAAUCUGCCUGACCAAUCAUAGAGGAGAACAGGCCAAGUGCUCGGCCCACGCUAAAGUCGCAGAGGAGAAGCUGAAGUUCCUGGAGCCUAUUGAGGACACUGAGACUCAGGAAAAGAAGACCAUUAUUUUUAGGUGCAAGGUGAACCGACCCAAGGCGACCGUGCGGUGGAUGAAGGCUGGCGAGGAGGUGCCUCUCAGCAAACGCGUUGUCUACAAAACGGACGGCCUUACCCACACACUGACCAUUAAGGACUGCACCAUGGAUGAUGAGGGAGACUAUAGCGCUGUGGUCGGCGAAGACAAGUGCGCUGCUGAACUGAUCAUCAACGAGGCGCCGACAGACUUCACAACACAGCUCAAAGACGAGACUGUCACCGAAUUUGAGGAUGCAGAGUUCACCUGCGAACUGUCCAAAGAGAAGGCCGAUGUCAAGUGGUACAGGAACGGUCGAGAGAUCAGAGAAGGACCAAGGUAUCGCAUGGAGAGAGAAGGUAAGACAUGCAGGCUGGUCAUCACGGAGUGCAGACCAGACGAUGAAUGUGAAUACGCCUGUGGCGUGGAAGAGACGAGGACCAGAGCAAGACUGUUUGUUGAAGAAAUCCCAGUGGAAAUAAUCCGACCGCCUCAGGACAUUACUGAGCCUCCAGACUCAGACGUGAUAUUUGAGGCGGAGUUAAACAAAGACAGGGUGGAGGUGAAGUGGAUGAGAAACAACAUGUUAAUAGUGCAGGGAGACAAGUACCAAAUGAUCACAGAGGGUAAAGUCCACAGACUGCAGGUGUGUGAGAUACGCCCUCGAGAUCAGGGCGAGUACAGAAUUGUGGCCAAGGACAAAGAUGCUCGAGCGAAGUUGGAGCUAGCGGCUGCUCCCAAGAUUAAAACCACAGACCAGAACCUGGUAACGGACGCUGGCAAGCCAUUUGUCAUAACAGUUCCCUACGACUCUUACCCUCGUGCAGAAGCCGAGUGGUUUUUCAGUGGCAUUAGUUUACCUCAUCAGAACAUAGACACUUCAGUUGACAAGACAAUAUACCGCCUUAAAAGCCCUAGCAAGGAGGACCGGGGCAGGUACAAGGUGGUCAUUAGGAACAAGCAUGGAGAGGGAGAGGCCUUCAUUAAUUUGGAUGUGAUUGAUGUUCCCGGACCGGUCAAGAACCUGAUGGUGACCGACACUGCUGAUGGUGAGGUCAGUUUGGCCUGGGAGGAACCAGAGAGUGAUGGUGGAAGCAAAAUCACGUCAUAUGUGGUAGAAAGGCGUGAUGUGAAGCGAAAUACAUGGACAGUGGCAACACAGCGUGCCGAUGCUCCAGAGUAUUGUGUCAGUGGCCUUCAGAAAGACUCAUGGUACCUGUUCAGAGUCUGUGCCACAAAUCGUGUUGGGAGUGGGCCUUUUGUUGUCACAGAGGACGCAGUUCAAGCCAAGAAUAAAUUCGAUGUCCCAGAUGCUCCGGAGAAUGUGGCUGUCAGUGAGGUGAACAGAUUUGGCGCCACCAUUGUCUGGGAGCCUCCAAAGUUUGACGGUGGCGCAGAGAUCACUGCCUAUGUGAUCGAACUCCGGGACAGGACUUCUGUGAAGUGGGAGCCGGCCAUGGUCUGCGGUGCCAGCGAUCGCCUGGCCAGUCUCAAUGACGUGGUAGAGAACAAGGAGUACAUCUUCAGAGUGCGGGCUGAGAACAAGGCUGGCCUCGGCAAACCAAGUGCUGCCACCAAACCCGUCAAGAUCAUGGAUCCCAUUGAGAGGCCGAGCCCACCACUCAACCUUAAUUUCAAUGACCAAACCAAGGAAGCUGUCACGCUCACCUGGGAGACACCUGCCAAAAAUGGCGGCAGCAUGAUCACUGGCUACAUCAUUCAGAAAUGUGAGGACGGCACAGACAAGUGGCUUCGCUGCAAUGCCAGACUGUGCCCGGACCUCUCCUAUAGGGUGUCUGCACUGAAAGCUGGUCAUAAGUACCUUUAUAGGGUUUGUGCUGAGAAUGCCGCAGGCGUCUCUGAUCCAGCCGAACAACUUGGCCCGCUGCUUGCUGAUGAUCCUCACGUUGGUCCGACCUUUGAUCUAAGUGCCUUUAGGAAGGGCUUGGAGGUCAUUGUCCCUCAGCCUGUCACCAUCAGAGUUCCCAUCACUGGAUACCCUACCCCCACCUCCAAAUGGACCUUUGAAGAGAAGGAGUUGACAUCAGCAGAUGAGCGUGUCUCUAUGGUUACAAAGCCCACAUACACUGAGCUAACAGUUAUGCCUAGUGUCCGUCCAGACAAAGGAAUCUACACAAUUGAGCUGGAAAACGAUGUCUCAUCCGUCUCUGGAGAGAUCGAAGUCAACGUUAUCGCAUGCCCCAGUGCUCCUAAAGACUUCAGGGUGUCAGAGGUGUCCAGACACCACGUCCACCUGAUGUGGGAGGCUCCUGAGCAUGAUGGAGGAAGUCCCGUCACACACUACCAAAUUGAGAAGAGAGAAGUUUCACGUAAGACAUGGGCCAAGGUGGCUACAGGAGUCCUAGACCUGGAGCAUACGGUGACCGACGUAAUUGAAGGGAAGGACUACCUUUUCAGUGUCAUGGCCUGCAAUAAAUGUGGACCAGGAGAGCCGGCUUAUAUUGACGAGCCCGUCAAUGUAUCCUCCCCAGCCACUUCACCCGAUGCUCCUGAAAACCUGAAGUGGCGUGAUAAGACCAGCAAAGGCAUUUUCUUGUCCUGGGAACCUCCAAAGUAUGAUGGUGGUGCCCCAAUCAAAGGUUACAUCGUGGAGAAAUGUCAACGGGGAAGCGACAAGUGGGAACCCUGCUCUGAUACAGUCCCUGAGCCAAAGUUUCAGGUGACUGGUCUGAUUGAGGGACAGUGGUAUGCCUACAGAGUCAAAGCUGUCAACAAGCUCGGACCCAGUCGACCUUGCAGGGCUACUGAUGAGAUCCAGGCCGUUGAUGCUAAAGAACCUCCAGAUAUUCAGCUGGAUGUGAAGCUGUUAGCUGGUUUGACUGCCAGAGCCGGCAGCAAUAUUGAACUCCCAGCCGAGGUCAAAGGCAAGCCAGAUCCCCGUGUUAAGUGGACCAAGGCCGACUUGGUCCUACGGACUAAUGAUCGGAUCAGCAUCGACACACAGCCAGGUUACUCCAAGGUGUCCAUUGCCAACACAAUCAGAAGCGACACUUCCACCUACAUCAUCGAAGCGGUCAACAUCUGUGGACGUGCAACUGCUACCGUUGAUGUCAACAUUCUUGACAAACCUGGUCCACCUGCCGCCUUGGACAUCUCUGAAAUCACCAGCGAGUCUUGCCUCCUGGCCUGGAACCCUCCAAGGGAUGAUGGUGGUUCACCUGUCACCAACUACAUCGUCGAGAGUCGGGAGACUGACAAGCCUGACUGGACAAAGCUUUCAGCCACAGUGAAACACACCACAUUCAAGGCUCACAAGCUCACCCCUCUGAAGGAGUAUGUCUUCAGGAUCAGUGCUGAAAACCAAUACGGUGUUGGAGAACCUGUGGAGCAUGUGCCAAUCAUUGCAAAGUAUCCAUUUGACCAGCCAGGCGCCCCCAGCAGAGUCACCCCGUCUGACAUCGCCAAGGACGCCGUGACCCUGAACUGGUUUGAACCAGACGAGGACGGCGGAAGUCCCAUCACGGGUUAUUGGGUGGAAAAGUACGACCCCGACACCGAUAAGUGGGUCAGGUGCAACAAGUUGCCCAUCAAAGACACAACGUUCAGAGUGAAAGGGCUAACCACUAAAAAGAAGUACCGGUUCAGGGUUCUGGCUGAGAAUUUGGCUGGAACUGGAAAACCCAGCUCAGAAACUGACCCAGUUCUCAUCAAAGACCCCAUCGAUCCUCCAUGGGCUCCUGGCAAGCCUGUAAUCCGUGACGUGGGCAAGACCUAUGCCGUGCUGGCCUGGACCAGACCCGAGCAUGAUGGCGGAGCUAAGAUCGAAGGCUAUAACAUCGAGUUCCAGAAAAGCGGAAGUGAUGAGUGGAUCCAAAUUGCCGAGGACGUCCCCCAGACUGAACAUAAGCUCCAGGGUUUGGUGGAGAAGCAGGAAUACAUUUUCCGGGUCAAGGCUGUCAACAAAGUUGGCGUGAGUGAGCCCAGCGAGCCCUGUGACGCCGUGGUCUGCAAGGAGAGGCUCUAUCCACCAUCUGCGCCUCAGUGGCUGGAAGUAGUUAACAUCACCAAGAUCAACGCUGACCUCAAAUGGCAGGUUCCCAGCAGUGACGGAGGCUCGCCCAUCACCAACUACGUGGUGGAGAAGAGGGACGUGCGACGGAAGACCUGGCAGACCGUCGACACGACGGUCAAGGAGCCCAAGUACACGGUGAGCCCUCUCAACGAAGGCUCGCUGUACGUGUUCCGCGUGGCUGCAGAAAACGCCGCCGGGAUGGGCGAGUACUGCGAGCUGGAGGACGCUGUGCUUGCCAAGGACACUUUUACUACUCCUGGACCUCCUUAUGCUCUGACCGUGGUGGAGGUCACCAAGAGACACGUGGAGCUGAAAUGGGAAGCUCCGAAGAGCAAUGGUGGAAGACCCAUCACCAAGUACGUGAUAGAGAAGAAGGAGAAAGUGGGAACUCGUUGGCUGAAGUGCUGCAAGACUCCAGACAAGCAGACGCAGUUCAAGGUGACUGACGUGGACGAGGGCUCAGAGGUGCAGUUCCAAGUACGGGCAGAGAAUGAGGCGGGAGUGGGAGAACCAAGUGAACCCACCGAAGUCCUUACCAUCGAGGAUCCAACCAGUGCACCAUCUCCUCCCUUGGACGUGACUGUGCCUGAUAGCAGCAGAGAGCACAUCAAUGUGUCGUGGAAGCCGCCAGUCAAGGACGGUGGCUCCCCGAUCACUGGCUACCACGUGGAGGUGGCUGAGGCCCGCCCUGAGCUAAAGUGGUUGCGGGUUAACAGCAGACCUAUCAAAGAGCCUAAGUUCAAGAUCGAAGACGGAAUCAAACCAGAGAAGAAGUAUGUCAUCAGGGUUCGUGCCAUUAACGCUAUCGGCGUUAGCGAACCCUCCGAGCUCUCUGACAAGGUGUUUACCAAGGAUCCAGACUGUGCCCCAAAAUUGGAACUGGACACACAGGAUGUGGUGGUGAUUGAGGGGGAGAAGCUGCACCUGAAUGUCCCCUACAAGGGCAUCCCGAUUCCAAAUAUGGUGUGGCAGAAGGACACGGCGGAAUGCAAAAAAGAUGAGCGUCUCUCCAUGACAGUGGAGAUGAACAGUGGUCAUCUGGAGCUACUCAGAUGCACACGUUCUGACGCUGGUGUCUAUAAUAUCACCCUGGAAAACAGUCUGGGCACCGCCAACGGGAGUAUUAAUGUCAAAGUCAUCGGGCUCCCUGGUCAGUGCAAAGACAUCAGCUCCAGUGAUGUCACAAAUAAUUCCUGCAAGAUCAGCUGGGAAGCCCCCGAGGAUGACGGCGGGACACCUAUCCUUAGUUACAUACUGGAGCGUCGUGAAGCGUCCAAGAAGACCUACAUGCCCGUCAUGUCAGGGGAGAAUGUUCUUUGUUGUAUGGUUAAAGACUUGUACGUCAACUGCGAGUACUACUUCCGGGUCAAGGCUGUCAACAAGGUCGGCCCAGGAGCAUUUCUGGAGCUGCGGAACCCUGUCAUUAUAGAGGAGGUUAAGCAGAAACCAGACCCACCGAUCCAAGUGGAGGCUCAUGACCCAACAUCCAAAUCUAUCACCAUCACCUGGAAAGCUCCCGAUUACGAUGGUGGCUGCCCCAUUCAAGGCUACGUCGUGGAGAAGAUUGAGAAGGACGGUGAUCGCUAUGAGAGGGUUACCCCAAGCUUGGUCCCCGGUUUCUCCUAUGUGGUGACAGGUCUGAAGGAAGACACUGAAUACCAGUUCAGGGUUCGAGCCGAGAACGCUGCUGGAGUCAGUGAGCCCUCGCGAAGCACACAACUCAUAAAGGCUGCUGACCCCGUUGAAAAACCGAGUGUCACCCUGCACGCCAAUGUGCAGUCUGGUUUGUGCAUUAAGAGAGGUGAGGAGAUCUGCAUCAAUGCAAACAUCUCCGGUUCGCCUUACCCCAAGAUCACUUGGCUGAGGAACAAUGAGGACGUCACCAAAGAGCCUACAAAGACUCUUGUCCCGCUGGUCAAGAAGAAGAAGACAAGAUCUAAGGUUCCCGAACCCACAGAAGAAUUUGUGACGCCAAUGCGUGAGCGCCUCGGUUUGGACCAGACUAAGAAGGGACACUCGGCACUAAUGAUCCGAGAGGCUAUAAGAAGUGACCAUGGCAACUUCACCAUCGAGGUGAAGAACAUUCAUGGCGUUGCCAGCGCCUCUUGCGUUGUUAAUGUUCUCGACAAACCUGGCCCACCCUUCAAUUUCACCUUUGAUGACAUCAAGAGCACCUCAGUAAUAUGUAACUGGGAGCCUCCUGAAGAUGACGGCGGCAGUGACAUACUGAACUAUAUCCUAGAGAAAAAGGAUAACAAGAACGAUGCCGUUGGCUGGAUCACCGUCACAUCCACCGUGAAGGGUACCAGCUUCCCCGUCACUAAGCUGAUCGAAGGAAAAGAGUACAUCUUUAGAGUUACUGCAGAAAACAAAUUUGGAUGUGGACCGUCAUGCAUCUCCGAACCAGUGGUUGCCAAGAACCAAUUUGAUCCUCCUGAUGCUCCGAACACCCCAAGAGUUCAUGAAGUGACAGCAAGCUCCGCCCACAUCUCCUGGCAUGAGCCAAAGGACAAUGGCAGUCCGAUUCUAGGCUACUGGAUUGAGAAGAAGGAGGUGAACAGCAAAUAUUGGACUCGUGUCAACCGUGCUCUCCUCAACUCUCUGGAGGUAAAGGCGAGCGGUCUGAUGGAGGGACUCAGCUAUAUCUUCAGGGUGUGUGCCGAAAACCUGGCUGGGCCCGGACCUUUCAGUGAGCCCACGGACCGUAUUGUUGCUAUGGAUGCUAUCUUGCCUCCUGGGCCCCCAACACCAUGGGUCGUGGACACUGGGAAGGACUCAAUCAUUGUGGCUUGGAAGCCACCUUUGUUCAACGGAGGAGGGGACAUCCUGGGAUAUCAUGUUGAGAAGGUGGUGGUUGGUGAAAAGGACUGGACACGCAGCACAGAGUUCAGGUGCAAAGAACUGACCUACAAGGUCACAGGUCUGACUGAAGGAGCUGAUUACUACAUCCGAGUCAUCGCCGUUAACGAAGCAGGUCCCGGAGCUCCUGGUGUCACAGAACCUGUCACCGUCAAAGAGCCUCAAGAACCUCCCGCUGUUGACUUUGAGCUCUCUGUGAGGAACGGUGUGAUGAUCAAGGCUGGAGAGCCCUUAAAGCUUCCCGCCAUAGUCAUUGGCCGGCCCCAGCCUGAGAUUAAGUGGGCUAAAGAUGAUGCUGAAAUUGACAAGGAGAGAAUGCUAGUGGAGACGGACGGCAAGAACAGCUGUCUGUUCAUCAAAAAGGCAGUGAGGGCGGAUCACGGAAAGUACCAGAUUUCUGGAACCAACAGCAGCGGGACUAAGGCCGCUGAAACCAGAGUGGAUGUCAUGGAUGUCCCAGGCCCUGUGAUUGACUUGAAGACUGUGACGGUGACCAAGAAGAACAUCACCCUCACCUGGUCCGAUCCACUAGACAAUGGUGGAAGUGACAUCUUUGGUUACGAGGUUCUGAGGAAAGAUGCCAAGAUGAAACUCUUCCGCCAGCCUAUUGAGGUGGCGUCCUGCAAGUGCGACAUCCAGGGCUUACUGGGUGGCGAAGAGUACAUUUUCAGGGUCAUUGCCCGAAACAAGUAUGGAGAUGGCGCUCCAACGGAUCUUGGGCCCAUCCUAGCUGAAGAUCCUAAAGCUACACCAUCUGCUCCGGAGAAGCUCCAUUACACUGACAGAAGCAAGAACACUAUCACACUGGCCUGGCAACCACCACGCAGCGACGGUGGUAGCCCUGUCAUAGGCUACUACGUAGAGAAGAUGAGAUCUGACGGCGGUGAAUUUGACGUGGCUAACCACAAGAUGUUUCCCAAGUGCUGUGGUACCAUUGAGAACUUGUCAGAGAACCAGGAGUACCAGUUCCGUGUCAAAGCUGUAAAUGAGGUCGGUGAUGGGCCACCAUCCAAGCCAAUCACAGCCAAUAUUCAGGAUGAUAAAAUUCCACCAGUUAUUACAAUUCUGAAGUACUUCAAAGGUAACGCCAUCAUUGUGAAGAAAGGCUCUGACGUUGACAUUCCAGCUGAGGUAAAGGGACUUCCUCUUCCAACACUCAAGUGGAUGAAGGAUGACGAGGAGCUGGACAAACCAAACAGAGAAAAGAUGACAAUUGAAACGGAAGAGGUGAAUCGUACCACACUGAGGACAAAACUAUCCAUGCCAGAAAGCACCAGACAAGACAAAGGCAAAUACAAACUGCUGGCUGAAAACUGCCACGGAAAAUCUCAGCACAUAAUCCGCGUGGAGAUCUUGGACCGCCCUCUUCCCCCGAGGAAUAUUGUUGUCUCUGACAUCAAGGCUGACUCGUGCUACCUGACCUGGGAUGCCCCGGAAGACAACGGGGGUAGUGAGAUCACAAACUACGUCAUUGAACGCAGAGAUGCCAGCAAGAAAAAAUCUGAUUUUGAGGCAAUGACCUCCAACCUCAUUGAUCGGCGAUAUGGGGUCUCCAAACUGACUAUGAAUGGUACCUAUCAGUUCAGAAUCAAGGCAGCGAAUAAGUACGGGCUCAGCGACGGCUGUGACUCAGAGAAAGUAGAACUGAAGGAUCCAUUUGGCCUACCUGGACCGCCACGCAACCCCAAGAUCAUUGCUGCCACAUCAAACACGAUGACUCUGACUUGGCUGCCUCCGCUCGACAACGGUGGUGCCACAAUUCAAGGCUAUUGGCUAGAGAAGAGGGAACGUGGAGCUGUGUACUGGGCAAAAGUUAAUCGUUGCUCUGUCACCAAACCGGCAAUUAGGGGUCUGCAGUACACUGUUUUUAAGCUCAUUGAAGGAACAGAGUACCAGUUUAGGGUGGCGGCAGGCAAUGCUGCAGGUAUCGGGCCUCCCAGCGAGGCUACAGAGUGCCGCUUUGCUGUGGAUCCAUGCAACACUCCAAGCUCACCUGGAUCCCCUGUGGUCAAAGACAAGACCAAGGACAGUAUCACACUCGCCUGGAGUCCCCCGGAAAGGGAUGGUGGCAGUCCUGUCAAGGGUUACAUCAUUGAGGUCCAUGAGGAAGGUUCUCCUGACUGGAGAAGGGUGACUCCUGCAGAAAAGCUCCAUCAAUCUACUGAGAUAACUAUUCCCGAUCUUAAGGAGGGCAAAAAGUGCAAGUUCAGGAUUUACGCUGUGAACGCUGUCGGCAACUCUGAGCCUGCCAAGACCGCUGAUAUCCUGGUUCAGGAUAUUUUGAUCGAGCCAACAGUUUCUCUGGAUGUGAGCGCUCAGGACCUGCUGAACUGUAGGGCUGGAACCACCAUCAGGAUACCCGCCACCAUCACCGGGCGUCCAGUGCCUAAAGUCACCUGGAACUUUGAUGGAACAGCCGAGACUGAGAAGAAAAAUGAACUUCACACACUUCCCAUUGACUCUGAGAUUCACUCCACUGACACAACCUCCCUGGUCGUCAUCCCCGACUGCAAACUGAACCACGGUGGCCGCUACAUCCUCAAUGUGGAGAACCCCGCCGGACACAAAGUGGUCAAAGUGCGAGUCAACGUGCUCGACAUACCAGGACCUCCUCGGGAUCUGAAGGUGAGCGACGUGACAAGAGGCACUUGCAGACUCACCUGGAAACCUCCAGAGAGUGACGGAGGAGAUAGGGUGAAGAGCUACUUCAUUGAGAAGAAGACAGUGGAGGGAAAAGCCUGGACCAAGGUGAAUACAUCCUGUGCUGCGCAGUCCUUUGUGGUUCCAGACCUGAUUGAGGGUCAGGAUUACUUGUUCCGAGUCCGUGCCGAAAAUCGAUUUGGUUUUGGGCCGCACGUGGAGACCACUGAGGGAACCAAAGCCAAAGAUCCCAUCCAUCCUCCAGAUCCUCCGACCAGACUAAAGAUCCAAAGUGUGAGAAAGGCCACAGUGGCCCUCACAUGGAAGGCUCCCAAAAAUGAUGGUGGAUCACCUGUCACACACUACAGCGUUGACUUACUCUGCUGGGAUGCCAGUGGCACUCAGAAGGAGUCUUGGAGGAGGUGUAACAGGAGAGACAUCGACGUCACAAGCUUUAAGGUGGAGGACCUGACCGAGCGGGAUGAAUAUGAGUUCAGAGUGAUUGCUUACAACAAGGCUGGACCUAGCCGACCAUCUUCCACUGCUGGGCCCAUUCUCAUUCAGGACCAGACCUGCGCUCCAUCCAUUGAGAUGAAGGAGUUUAUGGAGGCCGAGCAGGGCAGUGACAUCAGUGUCGUGGCCAAGAUUCGUGGCUGUCCAUUCCCAACACUCACCUGGUACAAGGCGCCGCCCCACAAGACCGAUAAAAAGGUGGAGGUCUGCUACGAUGAACACAUCAACAAGAUGGUGUCGGACGACAGCUGCACACUUCUGAUACAGCAAGGGAAACGUCCUGACACCGGCCUCUACACACUGGUGGCCUCCAACAGCGUUGGCAAAGCGUCCAAGGAAAUGAGGCUCAAUGUGCUUGGCCGCCCUGGUCCUCCCUCUGCUCCUAUUAAGUUUGAAGAGGUUGGUUCUGAGAGGAUCACUCUAUCCUGGCUGCCGCCAAAGGACGAUGGCGGUUCCAAAGUCACUAACUACGUCAUCUGGAGGCGGGUGGCCAACAGAAAGACCUGGGUCCCCGUCACCAGCGAACCCAAAGAACGCGUUUGGACGGUUGAAAACCUAAUGGAGGGCCACGAGUACGUGUUCCGCAUUAUGGCCCAGAACAAAUAUGGCGUGGGCGAACCACUAGACAGUGAUCCAGAGGUGGCCAGAAAUAUCUAUACUGUCCCUGGCCAGUGUGAGAAGCCAACCAUAUCCAAUGUCACCCUGGACUCCAUGACUGUGAACUGGGAGGAGCCUGAGAAUGAUGGUGGCACCCCAAUCACUGGUUAUUGGUUGGAACGCAAGGAGACCACGGGUAAACGAUGGAGCCGUGUCACCCGUGACCCCAUCCGCCCCAUGGGUCUGGGUGAAUCGUUUACAGUGAGUGGACUGGUUGAGGGCUCCGAGUAUCAGUUCAGAGUUAGUGCAAUAAACGCUGCGGGACCUGGACUCCCCAGUGCCCCGAGUGACCCCACGUUUGCCAGAGACCCCAUCUCCCCACCCUCUCCUCCAACACCAAAGGUUUCAGAUUGGACAAAGUCCACCGUGGAUCUGGAAUGGAUCCCCCCACUGAAGGAUGGAGGCUCCAAAAUUAUAGGCUACUGGGUGGAGUACAAGGAGGAGGGCGCUGAGGCCUGGAUCAAGGCUAAAGAUACUGAAAUCCGAGGUACCCGCUUUGUGAUUGCCGGAUUGAAGACUGGUGCACAGUACAGGUUCAGAGUCAUCGCUUUCAACCUUGCUGGUAAUAGUGAGCCAGGCGAAGUUCCAGAGGCACUUACGGUCAAUGACAGAAGCGUUGCCCCUGAGAUUGAUUUGGAUGCCUCAGUGAAGGAAAGAAUCGUGGUCCAUGCUGGUGGCGUUAUCCGGAUCAUCGCUUAUGUGUCAGGCCAGCCAUCACCAGAAAUCACCUGGAGCAGAGAUGGAGCAGCACUGCCCCCAGAGGCCAAGGUGGAAACAACAGCCAUUAGCUCAUCUCUGGUCAUCAAACCAUGUGCCAGAAGGCAUCUCGGCAUCUACACUCUGACUGCCAAGAACGCUGCAGGGGAGAAGAAGAAAAACAUUUCCGUGGAUGUGCUGGAUGUCCCUGGGCCCGUCGGCAUCCCCUUGACGACCGAGAACCUGAGCAGUGAUUCCUGCAAGCUCAACUGGUAUUUCCCAGAGAAUGACGGCGGCUCACCCAUCAGCAACUACGUGGUACAGAAGCGUGAAGCAGAGCGAAAGGCCUGGACGUCGCUAUCAUUCACCGCCAGCCGACAGAACGCUGUGGCUACUGGCCUCACCUCAGGCAAGGCCUACUUCUUCAGAGUAGCUGCUGAGAACGUCAUCGGCAUGGGACCCUUCAUGGAGACGUCAGCCGAGAUCAUUAUCAAGGAACCGAUGAGUGUGCCCGACCGACCUGAAGAGCUCGAAGUCACUAAGGUCACGAAAGAUUUGAUCAACAUCACUUGGAAAGCACCCAAGUUUGAUGGUGGCUCUGAGAUCAUUAUGUACGUCCUGGAGGCUCGUAUGAUUGGCAAAGACAAGUUUACCAGAUUGACAAAGGAGAAGCUGAUGGAGAGGAAGUACACUUUUGACGGACUGAGGGAGGGUGACACCUAUGAGUUCCGGGUUAUCGCCGUCAACGAGGUUGGACCGGGCAAGCCGUCAUUCUGCACCAAACCAAUCACCUGCAAGGAUGAACUAGAGCCACCAACCAUUGAACUGGACUUCCGUGACAAGAUCAUAGUCCGAGUUGGUGAAAGCGUCCUGCUCCAGGGCCGAUACACCGGCAAACCCUCCCCUUCCAUCGUGUGGUACCGAGACGAUGAGGAGCUCAAAGCUGACAAACACGUCAUGUUCAAGAACACGCUGACCUCCAUGUCGCUGGGUUUGAUGAAGGCCCAGCGCCAACACAGUGGCCGUUACAUGGUGGUGGUGGAGAACAGCAGCGGGUCCAGGAAGGGAGUCUGCAACGUCACAGUUGUCGACCGACCAAGUCCUCCAGUGGGACCGGUGGUCUUUGACGAGGUACAUCGCGAAUACAUGGUGAUCUCCUGGAAACCUCCUCUGGACAGUGGCGGAGUGGACGUCUCCAACUACAUCAUUGAGAAGAGAGACACCAACAGAGAAAUGUGGACCACGGUCACUUCAGCCUCCACCAAGACUACAUGCAAGAUCCCUAAACUGACAGAGGGCAGGGAGUACAUCAUGCGAAUUUUUGCUGAGAACAUGUACGGUAUCAGCGACCCACUGGAGUCCGAGGAAAUGAGAGCCAAAGAUCUCUUCAGAGUCCCAGAGGCCCCUGAGAUGCCGACUGUCAGAGAAGUGUACGCCACCAACGCUCUAGUGCUGUGGAACAGGCCUCGUGAUGGAGGCAAGCCCAUCACCAACUAUAUCCUGGAGAAGAAGGAGACGGCCGCCACAAGGUGGUCAAGGGCCACAAGAGAAACCAUAUAUCCUGCUACUCAGUACAGAGUCCAAGACUUGGUGGAGGGCUGUGAGUACGAGUUCCGUGUGAUGGCCGAAAAUGAGUUGGGAAUUGGAGACCCUAGUGUCCCCUCAAAGCCCAUUCUUGCCAAGGAUCCCAUUGUGCGGCCGAGUCCUCCGGUCACCCCCGAAGCCUACGAUAAGACAAAAGACUCAGUCAGUCUCAGGUGGAAGAUGCCUCGCCAUGACGGAAGAGGAAGGAUACUUGGCUAUCUUGUGGAGUACCAGAAGCCGGGAUUGGUGGACUGGAUUCCGGCUAAUAAGAGCCCGGAGGAGUGCCCUGACCUGCACUAUGUGGUGAAAGGGCUGGCUGAUGGCCAGGAGUACGCCUUCAGGAUCUACACCGUCAACGCAGCAGGGAAAUCGGACCCGGCCCACGUUAAAGAUACCGUGAAGGUCCAUGACAGACUGGAGGCGCCAGAGUUGCUGCUAGAUGCCAACAUGUCACGUGACCAUCUGGCCAUGCUGGGUACCGACAUCACCCUAAGUGCUACCAUCAAGGGUGUGCCGACACCCACCGUCAGCUGGAAGAAAAAUGACGGAGAAAUGCCGUCUCACAUCACGGUUGCUGUCACCUCCACCGGCAGCAAGGUCUUCAUCCCCAAGUGUGUCCGCCCCGACUCGGGCAAAUACACUCUCAUGGUGGAAAAUGCUGCCGGAAAGAAAACGGCGACUGUUGACGUUCUGGUUCUGAACAAGCCAUCGCCUCCAAGAGAUCUGCUAGUCUCUGAGGUGACCAGCGAGUCUGCAUACCUAACAUGGAAAGCGCCAGAGGACAACGGUGGCGCCGUUAUCUCCCAUUAUGUUGUGGAGAAGAAGGAUGUGGCUGCUGAGCAGUGGGUCCCAGUCUCCGCGUCCAAUAAGAAGCGGAGUUUGAUGGCCAUGUAUCUGAUGGAAGGAACCCAGUACCUGUUCAGAGUUGCAGCCGAAAACCAGUUUGGUAGGAGCGACUAUGUGACAACAAAGACGCCCAUCAAGGCUGUUGAUCCUCUCUAUCCACCUGGCCCACCAAAGAACUUACACCACACUGACGCAGACAAAACGGAGGUGUGGUUGGAGUGGGAGUGGCCUGAUCGCAACGGUGGAAGCGAAAUUACCGGCUUCAUAAUCGAGCACCAGGAAGAAAAUCAAGUGGAUUGGGCCCCUUUCAAGACAGUUAGCAAUAACCAUGCACAUGUCACAGGUCUGAAGGAAGGCAAGAACUACCGCUUCCGUGCGAUGGCUCAAAAUGCUAUUGGUAUUAGUCGACCUGACACCAGCAUCCCUGUCACCUGCCAGGAGAAAACAUUGCCACCCACUAUUGAAGUCGAUGUAAAGCUCAUUGAGGGUAUUGUUGUUAAGGCGGGAAGCAAUAUUGUCCUCCCUGCCAAAAUGACUGGAAUCCCUAUCCCCACUGCCAAGUGGAUGACAGAUGGUAAAGAAAUAACAUCUGAGGGCCGCUAUAAGAUUGAGUCCACUGGAAGUACCACCGUCAUGAGCAUCGCAGACUGCAAGAGAGGAGACACUGGGGAGUUCAUUCUCACUGUGUCCAACCCCGCGGGCAGCAAGAGUGCUGCUCUGCAUGUCACUGUGCUUGACCUUCCAGGUGCACCCAUCGGACCCAUUAACAUCUUAGAGGUAACCCCUGAUCACAUGAUGAUACAAUGGAGGCCACCUAAGGAUGAUGGCGGUACACCCAUUACCAAUUAUGUGGUUGAAAAGAAAGAUUUGAAGAAACCAUGGGAGCCCUGGUCAGUAGUGAGCUCCAGUGGCAUCAGCACCAAAGCCAAGGUAUCACGCCUGGAGCAGGGUCGUGAGUACAUUGUUCGUGUCCGCGCAGAAAACAAGAUUGGAAUUGGUGCCGGUCUUGAGAGUCCUCCGACUAUUGCGAAGCAUCUGUUCAACCCUCCUGGCCCACCAGGCUUCCCAAUGUGCUCGGAUAUCACAGAGAAUGCUGUGACAGUGGAAUGGUCCUUGCCUGACUAUGACGGAGGCAGUCCUAUCAGUGGCUAUGUGGUUGAACGCAGAGAAAUGACAGGGAAGUGGAUCCGUGUGAACAAAAUUUCUGUAUUGGACCUCAGAUACAGAGUCUCAGGUCUAUUUGAAGGCAACAGUUAUGAGUUCAGAGUGUUUGCCGAGAACAUCGCUGGUAUUAGUGAGCCAUCCCUCACCUCUGACCCCAUCAGAGCCACUCGAGCUAUCACUAAACCAGGACCUCCUUUAAAUCCUAAACUGAAGGACUGGAGUAAAUCCUAUGCUGAUGUCUGCUGGACCAAACCAACAAGGGAUGGAGGCAGUCCAAUUCUGGGCUAUUUUGUUGAGAUUCAAAAGUCAGGAUCUGCUCAGUGGGACAGGAUCAACAAGGAACUCGUAAAAAUAUGUGCCUACAGAGUUCAAGGCCUAAUCGAAGGUAUGGAAUACAGGGUCCGUAUCAGAGCUACAAACAAAGUUGGAGACAGUGAACCCCGGGAGCUGAGUGAGACCAUCUUGGCAAAGGACAUUCUUGUUCCUCCUGAGAUUGUUGUUGAUGUGUCGUGCCGGGACUCUCUGACUGUCAGGGCUGGUCAGAUCAUAAGUUUGAUGACUAGAGUUAAGGGCAGACCUGACCCAGAGAUCACAUGGACCAAGGAUGCCAGAACCUUGUCUCGGGAAAAGCGCACUGAGCUGAAUAACAACUAUCCUUUGUGUGAAUUGGUCAUCAACGAUGCAGUCAGAUCAGAUUAUGGCAAAUACUCCAUUGUUGCCAAGAACAGCAGUGGACAGGCACAAGCCACUAUUCUUGUCAAUGUCUUGGACACACCUGGAGCUUGCCAGAAUAUAAAGUUGGCCUAUGUGACCAAGAACUCUUGCAUGGUGUCAUGGGAGAAUCCAGAGGACAAUGGAGGCACAGAGAUCACCCAGUACAUUAUUGAGCACCGUCAGCCAAACCAGAGAGGAUGGACAGUUGUGUCCAAUGACUGUACAAAGCGCCAAAUGAAAGCCCCUCUCUCAGAGGGCUGUGAGUACUUUUUCCGUGUUAGUGCCGAAAACAAAAUCGGUGUCGGACCACCCAUUGAGACCAAAACAGCCGUGCUGGCAGUUGACCCAAUCGAAAAACCUGGCGAACCAAUCGACUUCCAUAUUGCUGAGAUUGGCAAAACCUUCUGCUUCCUCAAGUGGAAGAAGCCUGACUACGAUGGCGGCAGUCGAAACCUGGGUUACCAUGUGGAGAAGAAGCCAAAAGACGCUGAGGAGUGGGAGAGACUUCACAAGGGUGCAAUCAAAGAGACUUACUUCAUGGCUGACAGGUGCAUUGAAAACAAGGUCUACCAGUUCAGAGUUCAGACAAAGAAUGAUGGUGGUGAAAGCAACUGGGUGACCACAGCUGAAGUGCUGGUCAAGGAACAGCUUGUCAAACCAGAAAUUAAGAUACAAUUGGAUGGAACCCUUGUAGUUAGGGCAGGAGACUGUAUUCCGAUCGACUCAAUAGUUAAGGGUAAACCUCAGCCUGAUGUCAAAUGGACUAAGGAUGAUAGCACUGAGGAGAUAAGAAAGAGCCCCAGGCUUCAGAUAGAAACUGGUUCUGACUUCUCAAAGCUGCUUCUGACCUCUGCUCGGCGUACAGACAGUGGCAAAUACGUCGUCAGUGCUUCAAACAGUGCAGGGACAUGCUCUGCGCACGCUAAUGUCAAUGUAUUGGACCGACCUGGCCCCGUCAGUGAUCUCAAGGUUUCUGGCAUCACCGUCGACAGGUGCCGUUUAUCCUGGAAUAUCCCAGAAGAUGAUGGAGGUUGUGAGAUCUACAACUACAUAAUUGAAAAAUGUGAUACCAAGAGGGGUGUCUGGUCUGUCCACUCAAAUGCUGUCAUCACCAACAAGGCUAAUGUUACUCGUCUUAUCGAAGGAACCGAAUAUAUCUUCAGAGUUCGUGCGGAGAAUAAAAUGGGUCCUGGCCCUGCAGUGGAGAGUGAAGCCAUUAUAGCUGGCACUAAGUUUAGUGUCCCAGGAGCCCCUGAAACACCAGAGGUCACAAAGAUGUCAAAGGAGGAGAUGACUGUGCAGUGGUCAGAGCCUGAGAAAGAUGGUGGAAAGCCAAUCACCGGUUACCUGUUGGAAAAGAAGGAGGAACAUGCUGUAAGGUGGUCCCCUGUUAACAAAGAGGCCAUCCCUGCAACUCGCUUGACGGUGACAGGACUGCUACCCCUCCAUGAAUAUCAAUACAGAGUGAAAGCAGUCAACGAAAUUGGGGUCGGCAAUGCAAGCAAAGCCUCGCGUGCUAUCUCAGCUAAGGAUGCACUUGAACCACCUGCACCACCCACCAACUUGAAGGUCCUGGACAGCACAAAGUCAAGUGUAAUGCUCGGCUGGACCAAGCCUGUGUCAGAUGGCGGAGCUCCCAUCAUCGGCUACGUUGUUGAGAUGAGGUUGAAGGGAAGUGGCAAAAAAGGAGAUGACAGUUGGAAACGGUGCAAUGUGGCUGCUCAGCUUGUAUUUUGCGAGUUCACUGUCACAAGUCUGGAUGAAAAACUUCUGUACGAGUUUCGAGUUUCAGCUCAAAACCAGGUGGGCCUCAGCCUGCCUUGUGACCUGGGGGCAGCUGUGAAUCCCAAGGAGAUACUCGAGGCACCAGAGAUUGACUUGGAUGCCAAUCUAAAAACGGGGCUAACUGUAAGAGCUGGUUGUCCCAUCAGACUAUGUGCUACCAUAAGAGGUAGACCACCUCCCAAAGUCACUUGGAGGAGGAUGGGCAUUGAUAAUGUAGUCAGGAAGGGGCAUGUCGACAUCAUCGACACCAUGACCUUCCUGGUCAUACCUGAUAGCACCCGCGAUGACGCUGGAAAAUACUGUCUGACUGUGCGCAGUCCUGCUGGAGAAAAGGCUGUUUUUGUGACUGUUAAGGUUCUUGAUACCCCAGGACCUGUGAUUAACCUGGAAGCCAGUGACAUCAAACAGACAUCAGCCAUGCUGUCUUGGAGCCCUCCAGAGAUCGAUGGUGGCAGUGAAAUUACUCACUACAUUGUUCAGAAACGUGAAAUUGAUCGGAAGACGUGGGGAACGGUCAAAGCCGAAGUUGAGAAGGAUAAAAUCCCCUUUAAGGUCAGCGGUCUCAUGCCAGGCACAGAGUACUACUUCAGAGUGACUGCUGUCAAUGAGUAUGGUGCAGGAGUUCCCAAGGUGUCACCCACUUCCUACCUAGCCUCUGAUCCUGUCAGCAAACCUGAUCCCUGUGAGAAGAUUGAAGUUCUGGAAAUCACAAAAAACAGUGCCACAGUUGGCUGGGUAAAGCCUGCAAGGGAUGGCGGAGCAAAGAUUGAUGGUUAUGUAAUUGAGUACAUGGAGCUCAAGCCUCUUCCUAAAGCGAUAUGGAAUGCCUACACAACUGUUAAGGGGCUGAGCAUCAGCAUCAGUGGCCUAAAAGAGGGAAAGAGGUACAGGUUCAGAGUGGCUGCCAAAAACAUGAUGGGCUUAAGCCUGUUCACAGAAAGCAGAGAGCCGGUCGAGAUUAAGGAACAGAUGUUGGAGCCAAAGAUUGUAAUGGCAGAGACGGUCAGUGCCAAAGCCGGAGCAAAGCUAAGGGUAGAGGCGCUUGUUUCUGGAAAACCUUCUCCUACCUGCAAGUGGCUGUGCGGCGAAGUCCCACUAGUCUCGUCAAGUCGUCUGGCAGUGCACCGGUCUGGCAACAUGUGCGUCUUGAUCAUCAAGGACGUCUCAAGGACAGACAGUGGAGAGUACAGCCUUGUGGCCGAAAACAGCACUGGGAAAGUGGCUCAGGCCCUGAAAAUUAUCAUCAGAGAUAUUCCCGGACCUCCUGUGGGUCCUGUUGCAAUCAGUGACAUUGACUCGGAUGCUUGCUCUCUGUCCUGGAGCAGUCCAUUGGAGGACGGAGGCAGCAAAAUCACAAAUUAUGUGGUGGAGAAAUGUGAUGUUAGUAGAGGUGACUGGGUUACCGCUGUUUCCUCCGGCCAGAAGACGAGCUGUAGGCUGGGGAAACUCGUUCCAUGGAAAGAGUAUGUGUUCCGCAUCCGUGCUGAGAACCGCUACGGAGUGUCGGAUCCUCUGCAGUCUGACAGAAUGAUUGCCAAGUUUCCAUUUGAUGUUCCGAGCGAACCUCUUAACUGCCACGUCAACAAAACCAACAAGGACUGCAUGUUUGUGGCCUGGGACAAGCCAGAGACAGAUGGUGGCAGCCCCAUUACGGGUUACUACAUUGAGCGCAAAGAAAGAAACAGCCUUCUAUGGGUGAAGGCUAAUGACACUGUUGUCCGGAGCACCGAGUACCCAUGCGCUGGCCUGAUUGAAGGCCUGGAGUACACUUUUAGGGUGUCCGCCAUCAACCGUGCUGGUCAAGGAAAGCCAAGCAAGAAGACAGACUUUGUAACUGCUAGAACACCCAUUGAUACACCGGGGAAACCAGAAGUCCUGGACAUGACCAAGAACUCUGUAACUCUUGUAUGGGGCCGACCCAAGAACGACGGCGGUAGCAAGAUUAUUGGCUACUAUGUAGAGGCCAUGCGGUUGCCUGGAGACCUCUGGGUGCGCUGUAACACCAGCACCCAAAACGUCCCAAAGGAGGAGUACACCGUGACUGGUCUAGAGCGAGACCUGCGAUACCAGUUCAGAGUCAUUGCCAAAACAGCUGUCAACAUUAGCAAACCCUCAGAGCCCACAGAUGCUAUCCUGGUCUGUGCUGAGAAUGUUCCUCCAAGGAUAGAACUUAAUGCCAGGAUGCAGAAGGGUUUGAAGGUAAAGGCUGGGUCUACAAUUCUUCUGGAGGCUGAUGUGUCUGGUAAACCAAUGCCCAGAGUCUCCUGGAAAAGAGGCGAUGACACCCUGAGGUCAAGCGAAGGCCAGGUUAUCAGCCAGCAGAGACACCAUUUCCAAAUGGAAAUUACAUCUGUCACCAAGGAACACACUGGAAUCUUUACCAUACUUGCGGAAAACAACAGUGGAUCCAAGACUGCAGACAUUGAGGUUACAGUUUUAGAUGUGCCUGGACCACCUGCCAGUGCCAAGUACCUUGAAGUCUUUGCCAACAAAGUUAAGUUGUCUUGGGAGCCACCUUUAAAGGAUGGUGGCUCCCCUGUUCAGAACUAUAUUUUGGACAAGCGUGAGACCAGCAGAGCCAACUGGGCGCAGGUUUCCUCGAAGAUCAAGGGUGACAAUCUUGAGCUAAGUGUGGAGAAACUUAUUGAAGGUCAUGAAUACCAGUUCAGAAUCAGAGCUGAGAAUACCUGGGGAGUUGGAGACAGUCUCAUCACUAUACCUGUCAUUGCCAAGAACCCAUUCGAUAUCCCAGGCCCCUGCGAGGCCCCAGUAAUCACCAAUGUCACCAAGGAGGCGAUGACAGUGAGCUGGAAGGAGCCCAGUGAUGAUGGAAAGUCAGUCAUUCUGGGUUAUAUGCUUGAGAGAAAGGAAACCAAGGAGAUUAAAUGGACCAAGAUGAACAGGAAACCCUUAACAGAAAGGACAUUUGUUGCUUCAGGCCUUACUGAGGGUACUGAGUAUGAAUUCAGAGUCAUUGCUGUCAAUGUGGCAGGACCUGGAAAACCCAGUGACCCCUCGGCUAGUACAACCGCACAGGAUCCCAUCACUCCCCCUGGCCCUGUGGUGAAACCCAGUGUCACUGACACCACCCACAGCACUUUAAGCCUCACCUGGAAUGCCCCUGCUUACAAUGGUGGAAGCCCGGUCUUGGGAUACCUGGUGGAGUGCAGGAGGACAGAGACCACAGACUGGAUCCGCUGCAAUGUUCCAAGGAACUUGCAGGACACAAACUAUACGAUACAAAACCUCAUACACAAGGCCGAGUACCAGUGCCGUGUGACUGCUGUCAAUAAGGUUGGCUUCGGCGAGCCAGUCGAAGUACCCGGCAAGCAUAUCGUCCAGGACAUCAGUGUACCUCCAGAGGCGGAGCUGAGUGCUGAGCUAAAAGACGGCCUGGAACUGCGUGCCGGUGCCACAAUGAAACUUCAUGCCACAAUCAAGGGUCACCCCUUCCCCAAGAUUAUCUGGGCAAAAAUGAACAGUAACAUCAAAGACCGCCAAGGGAUUCUUAUUAAAUCCACCAAAAGUGACACCACCGUGACGGUGGAGAAUGCCAACAGAUACGAUGCAGGCAAAUACAUCCUCACCCUGGAGAGUGUUGCCGGCAUGAAGAUGUACACCAUCACUGUCAAAGUUCUUGACACUCCUGGGCCACCAGUCCAUCUGAUAGCAAAAGAGACCACAAGUGACAGCGCCUCCAUCUACUGGGAUGCACCUCUCAUAGACGGUGGCUCUACUAUCACCCACUAUAUUGUCGAGAAGCGUGACUCCGAGAGGAAAGCCUGGUCUGGUGUUUCUUCCAAUUGCGCCAAGACAUCUUUGAAGGUGGGAGACCUGAAUGCGGGACGGUCCUACUGCUUCAGAGUGUCGGCUGUUAAUCAGCUCGGUGCUGGAGAGUUCUGCGAGACCCCCGACUCUAUCAAGGCAUCUGAGGAACCUGGUCCUGUAAUAGACUUUAAGGCCUUGCUGGUUACCAAGGACUCAUGUACUCUAGGCUGGAAGAAACCGUUAACUGAUGGUGGCAGCCGCAUUAUUUGCUAUGUGCUUGAGGUCCUCAAUGAUGACAACAAUUACAAGGAGUUAAUGAGGUCCAAGAACAUGCAGUACAGCACUAAAGAUCUGGUGGAGGGCAGAGAGUACAAAUACAUUGUCAAAGCUGUAAAUGAGACUGGAGAGAGUGCUGCCAAGGAACUGAUCGUAGUUGCCAAGGAUCAGCUCAUUCAUCCAACCUGUGACUUGAGGGGGCUGCCAGACAUGUGUUACGUUGCCAAGGAGGGUAGCACGGUGCGUCUGAGGAUUCCAAUCAUUGGCAAACCAACCCCCAAAGUGUCCUGGAAGAAAGGAGAGGAGGAAGACUUGACAGACUCUGGACGUGUUUGUGCAGAGUCCUCUGCAGUUAACACCACCCUCUUGAUCAGGGACUGCCAGAGGAGUGACGCCUCCAAGUACACCAUCACCCUCAGGAACAGUGCUGGAAGCAAAGAAUCCACCAUAUUCAUCAGGGUGGUGGGCAAGCCUAGCAUACCAAGUGGUUCUAUAAAGUUCAGUGAUGUAACUGCUGAUGGUGCCACACUAAAAUGGGGAGUACCGAAAGAUGACGGUGGCUCAGAGAUCACAAACUACAUUCUUGAAAAGAGAGACUCUAUCACCAACAUGUGGGUGACGGUCUCUUCUAGUGUAGACACACACACCAUGAGGGUAACUGGUCUCCACGAGGGCACAGAAUAUAUUUUUAGAGUCAGUGCUGAGAACAAGUACGGAGUUGGAGAGGGACUCAAGUCAGAGCCUAUCAUUGCCAAGCAUCCAUUCAAUGUUCCUGAUGCUCCUCCUCCACCUCAGGUAAUGAGUAUGUGCCAUGACUCAGCUAACCUGGUCUGGUUGGACCCCAGGAAGACAGGAGGGUCUCCCAUCACAGGGUAUCACGUUGAGUUCAAGGAGAGAAAUAGUAUGUUGUGGAGGAGAUCAAGUCCAACUGCCUUGAGAAUGAAGGAACACAAGGUGACAGGGCUGACUGAAGGUCUUGAGUACGAGUUCAGGGUCAUGGCUGUUAACCUGGCUGGCAUUGGCAGACCGAGUUCUCCCACAGAUCCACAUGUUGCACUCAAUCCCAUAGAUGCACCUGGCAAACCUGACGUAAUUAGCAUCACCAGAAGCACCGUGACCCUCCAGUGGACUGAGCCACAGUUUGACGGUGGCCACAGGCUGACAGGCUACAUAAUUGAGAGACGUGACCUUCCGUCUAAAAUCUGGGUGAAGGCCAACAGUGUAAAUGUUGUGGACCCGGCAUACACUGUCACUGAUCUCCAGGAAGGCUGCAAAUAUGAGUUCAGAAUAAGAGCAAAGAAUGCAGCCGGUGCCCUUAGCCCGCCAUCUGACCAGACAGACACAAUUAUCUGCAGAGAUGAAUACGCUUCACCAACUAUUAUCAUCGACGCUCAAGUGAAGGAGGGUCUGACUGUCCGAGCUGGGGAAACAAUUUUUGUCACUGCCACAAGCAUUCUUGGCAAACCUGCCCCGACCUCUUGCUGGUCUAAAGGAGGAAAAUACUUGAAGCCUUCAGACAUUGUUAACAUCGAGUCCACUACAAGCUCAUCCACUAUAUCAAUAAAAUACGCCAGCAGAAAGGACACUGGGGAUUAUGUCAUAACUGCCAUCAACCCCUUUGGUGUAAAGGAGGAAACUGUUAAGGUGAAAGUUCUGGAUGUUCCUGCAGCUCCUGGUCCCAUUGAAUGCAGUGGUGUCUCAUCUGAGAAGGUCACCCUGACUUGGGCUGCUCCUGCAGAGGAUGGAGGCUCUCCUAUCAAGUACUACACUCUUGAAAAGAGGGAGACCAGUCGCCUUCUCUGGACAAUUCUGGAAGAGAAGGUUGUAGACUGUCACUAUGUGGCCAACAAACUCAUACAGGGCAAUGAGUACAUCUUUCGAGUCUCUGCCGUGAACCAGUACGGCACUGGUGAGCCGGCUCACUCUGAGUCUGUCAGGAUGGUUGAUAGAUUUGUACCUCCUGGCCCACCAUCGAAACCAGAAGUUGAAAAAGUUGAUGCGCACUCAGCUACUGUGACGUGGAGAAGACCAACUGAAGAUGGUGGGAGUGAUAUCAUUGGUUACUGUGUUGAGAAGAAGGAGAAAAGGGCCAUGAGAUGGACCAGGGCCUCAAAGAAAUCUAUAGUUGAGCUUAGCUAUGAAGUGACUGGACUGACUGAAGGCAUAGAGUAUGAGUUCCGUGUUCUUGCUGAGAACAGAGCUGGCUUUGGAGAGCCAAGUGAACCAUCUAUGCCGGUCAGAACAACAGUCGCUGCUUAUGUUCCAGGGCCUCCAGUAAACCCAAGGGUUACAGACACAACCAAAACCACUGCCACUCUUAAUUGGGGAAAACCCCUUGAUAAUGGUGGCCUUGAAGUCACUGGUUAUGUAAUCGAGCACAGAAAAGAAGGAACAGAGGAAUGGAUUAAGGACACGCCAUCAUCUCCACUGAGAAUUACAGAGUUUGUCGUUUCUGAGCUAGAAAAUGCAACCAAAUACCAUUUCAGAAUUAGCGCAGUAAAUGCUAAGGGCGCAGGGGAACCCGCUGAAACUCAGGAAUUGGUUGAGAUAGUAGAGCGUGCAGCUGCACCUGAUUUUGAGUUGGAUAUUGAGCUGAGGAAAACUCUAGUUGUCAGAGCUGGGUGUUCCAUUCGUCUUUUCGUGCCAAUCAAGGGACGUCCUACACCUGCAGUAACCUGGACAAAAGAGAGCAGCCCUGUGCCACGGGCUGUCAUAGACAGUACUGAGUCAUUUACCAUGCUAAUCAUCCCUGAAAGCUCAAGAAUUGAUGCGGGUAAAUAUGAGCUUGCCCUCGAAAACACAGCCGGAAAGAAGACUGCAAACAUUAAUGUGAGGGUGCUGGAUUCACCUGGACCUCCACUUAACUUAAAACCAGUAACUAUAGAUAAAGAAUCAAUUACCCUUCAGUGGGAGAUGCCUCUCAUUGAUGGUGGAGCCAAGAUCACAAAUUAUAUAAUUGAGAAAAGAGAAUCAACACGCAAGGCUUUUGCCACUGUCGUUACAAACUGUCCCGGAACUUCAGUCAAGAUUACUAACCUUGGAGAAGGCUGUGAAUACUACUUCAGAGUGUCGGCUGAGAAUGAGUUUGGUAUUGGUGAAGCAGUUGAAACUUCUGAUCCAAUUCGCGCGUCUCAGGCACCAACUCCUCCAGAAAGCAUAAUCCCAACUGAUAUUACUAAGAACUCUGUGAGCCUGGCUUGGACCAAACCCAAGCAUGAUGGUGGAAGUAGACUUACAGGGUAUGUCCUUGAAGCCCAGAAACGAGGAACUGGUCAGUGGGCCCAUGUAACAACUCUAAAGACCAUGGAUUUCACUGUAAAUAAUCUCAAUGAGAAUGAAGAAUAUGUUUUCCGUGUAAUGGCUGUCAACCAAUCUGGAAGAAGUGGUCCACGUGAGAGCAAGCCCAUUGUUAUCAAGGAUUCUACAUCUCUGCCAGAGUUUGAUCUGCGUGGUGUAUGUCAGUCAACAGUUAUUGCCAAGGCUGGGGAUGACAUCAAGGUUGAAAUUCCUGUAAUGGGGCGUCCCCGACCAGUGGUCUCCUGGCAGAAGGAUGGAACUGCCUUAAAGCUCACACAGAGGACUAAUGUGGAGGCGACUCCUGCGACUGUUAUCCUCACAAUCAAUGAAUGCACCAGAGCAGACAGUGGUGUAUACACCAUGACAGGAAAGAACAUUGUUGGAUCUGUGAGCAGCAGCAUAAUUGUCAGAGUGCACGAUGUUCCUGGGCCACCCAAAGGACCAAUUAAGAUUACAGAAAUCUCUCCUAACUACUGUAUCUUUGCAUGGGACACUCCUGAGAAUGACGGCGGUGUUCCUAUCAACAAUUAUGUGAUUGAGAUCAGAGACACCACCUCCCAGACUUGGACAGAGAUAUCUUCCACUGCCAUUCGCACAAUGUUUAAAGCCACACGUCUAACAACUGGGUCGGAAUACCAGUUCAGAGUUAAGGCUAAAAACCGGUAUGGUGUAGGACCUCCCAUUACCUCAGAGUCAGUAGUGGCUGCCUAUCCAUUUAAAGUUCCAGGACCACCUGGUACACCCCAUGUUGUGGCAUUCACUAAGAACUCCAUAACAAUUGGCUGGAAUGAACCCGUGUCUGACGGUGGAAGUGAAGUCAUUGGGUACCAUGUAGAGAGAAAAGAAAGAAGCAGCAUCAUGUGGCAAAAUAUCAGCAAGGGUCUUGUGAAAGGAAACAUACUGAAAUCAGCAGGGCUUGAAGAUGGAGUCGCCUACGAGUUCCGCGUUAUGGCAGAAAACAUGGCAGGUAUUGGCAAACCAAGCAAAGCAUCUGAACCAAUACUAGCCUUGGACCCUGUGGAUCCCCCAGGUCAGCCUGUGGCGACUUUUGUAAAUAAUAAUGCCAUCACUAUUCAGUGGAAAAAACCUGAGUAUGAUGGUGGAUUCAAAAUUACAGGCUACACGGUGGAGAAGAAAGAACUUCCGACUGGUCGCUGGAUUAAAGCCAACUUUACAAACAUAACUGAGACAACUUUCACAGUCAGUGGAUUGACUCAAGAUGUAUCUUAUGAGUUCCGUGUCAUAGCUAGAAAUUCAGCAGGAGCAGUAAGUGUGCCCUCUGAACCCUCAGAACCUAUUACAUGUAAAGAUAACAUAAUUGAGCCACGCAUCAUGGUGGAUGCUAUCUUCAAGGAUGUUGUUCUGCUGAAGGCAGGGGAGUCCUUCAAGCUUGAUGCUGAUGUUUCUGGCCAACCAAACCCAACUAUGGUUUGGACCAAGGAUGGAAAAGAGUUUGACAACACAUUGAAACUGGAAGUUAAGUUCUCUGAACUCACCACUACACUGAUUAACAAAGACGCUGUCAGAUCAGAUGGGGGGGAAUUUGUCUUAACUGCCACUAAUGUUGGUGGCUUUGCCAAACACAUUUUUAGGGUAAAAGUACUGGACAGACCUGGGCCACCAGUAGGACCUAUUAUAGUGUCAAAUGUCACAGCUGACAAUUGUUUACUGACAUGGGCCCCACCUAUAGAUGAUGGUGGUGCUAAGAUUGAAGGCUACAUCAUUGAGAAGCGGGAAUCAGGCAGGCUUGUUUGGACCAAUGUGGCUUCAGACCUGCAGGUUACAGAAUAUAAUGUGACCAAGCUUCUCAAAGGAAAUGAAUACAUUUUCAGAGUUAUGGCAGUGAACAAAUAUGGGAAUGGGGAGCCUCUUGAUACAGAACCCAUUAUUGCAGACAAUCCAUACAUGGUUCCAGAUGCGCCAGGAAAUCCUGAAGUCACAGCUAUCACCAAAGAUGCCAUGAUUGUUAUAUGGCAGACACCAAAGAGUGAUGGUGGGACACCAAUCACAAACUACAACAUUGAAAAGAAAGACAGCAUAGGCCACCGCUGGGUCAAAUGCAAUAAGAGGAAGGUCAAGGAUCUACAAUUUAAGGCAACAGGCCUUGUUGUUGGACAUGAAUAUAAAUUCAGAAUCAUUGCAGAGAAUGCUGCUGGUAUCAGUGUACCAAGUAUCUCCAGUCCAUUUUACAAGGCCAGUGAUCCUUUGUACAAGCCCGGGCCUCCAUGCAACCCCAGAAUCCUAGACACAACCAGGUCUUCCAUUACUAUUGCCUGGAACAAACCAGCCUAUGAUGGUGGUUCUGAUAUCACUGGUUACAUUGUUGAGACCUGCAUUCCAUCUGACAAGGAAGAGGAAUGGACAAUAGUGACCCCCAAAGAAGGACUACAUGCCACCUCAUUCACCAUUAUCAAUCUAACAGAGAGCCAGGAGUACAAGAUCAACAUUUCUGCUGUUAACAGUGAAGGAAUUGGGGAGGCGGUUUCUGUGCCUGGCAAUCCCAAGGCUGAGGACAGACUCCUCCCUCCUGAAGUGGAUUUGGAUGCAGAGCUCUGCAAAGUUGUCAGCCUUCGAGCUUGCUGCACACUUAGACUGUUUGUUCCCAUCAGAGGCAGACCCACUCCUCAGGCUAAAUGGACCAAAGAGGACGGUGAACCCAUUGAGAGGGCCACUAUUGACACCACAACAUCAUACACAUCCCUUGUCAUUGAAAAUGUCAACAGAUUUGACACUGGAAAGUAUAACCUGACUGUAGAGAACAGCUCUGGCUCUAAAACGGUCACAGUCCAAGUUAGGGUACUCGAUACACCUAGUAAUCCACUGAAUUUAAAGAUUACAAGUAUAACACGUGACUCUGUCACCUUGACUUGGGAUCCACCAGCCAAUGAUGGAGGAGUUAAGAUUAAAAACUAUAUUGUUGAAAAGCGUGAGUCCACAAGAAAAGCUUACGCAACAGUCAGUGCUUCAUGCCAUCACCACAAAUUCACUGUUAAGCCGCUCCUUGAAGGAUGCAAUUAUUAUUUCAGAGUUUUGGCUGAGAAUGAUUAUGGAAUUGGCCUGCCCAUUGAAACCAAUGAAUCAGUUAAAGUGUCUGAGAAACCACAACCUCCAGGGAAAAUCAGUCUUAAGGAUGUUACUAAAAAUAGUGUCACACUCUCAUGGGAAAAGCCAGAGCAUGACGGCGGAAGCAGGGUCGGCUGUUAUGUUGUAGAAAUCCAACCCAAAGGUGUUGAAAAAUGGACACAGUCAAUGAUUGUGAAAGAAACAGAAGCUACCAUUGGUAGCCUUAACGCAGGGGAAGAAUAUAUGUUCCGUGUCUCAGCAAGAAACGAGAAGGGAACAAGUGACCCUCGUCAAAUUGGUGUGCCUGUCAUUGUAAAAGAUCUUGUUAUUUCACCAGUUGUCAAAAUGUUGUUCAACACAUUUAGCGUGUUGGCAGGUGAAGACUUGACUGUUGAGGUUCCAUAUGUUGCCCGUCCCAAAGCAGCGGUCUCCUGGUUUAAAGACCAACAGCCACUCAAGAGAACAACCAGGGUAAACUUUAGUGCAACAGAAACACUGUUGAACCUCUGCAUAAAAGAGGCAUCUAAAGAUGAUUUUGGAAACUAUCAUGUUACUAUUAGUAAUACAGCAGGAGAGGCAACAGCAGAUUUGAGCAUUGUUGUACUGGACAAACCUGGUCAGCCAGGUGGUCCAGUUAAGGCCGAGGAGGUCACUUCUGAGAGUGUGACCAUUUCCUGGAGCCCACCGGAGUACGAUGGUGGAUGUACAAUCAAACACUACAUUGUGGAGAAGAGAGACACGUCUACAACCAAUUGGAUGAUGGUGUCUCCAAACCUUGCGAGGACCAAAGUCAAAGCAGGAAGACUGAAAACUGGCUCAGAAUACCAGUUUAAAAUCACAGCAGAAAACAGAUAUGGGAAAGGUCCAGCUCUUCUGUCUGAAUGUAUUGUGGCUCAAUAUCCAUACAAACUCCCAGGACCACCGGGAACUCCCUCCAUCGCAACAUCCACAAAGGAUACCAUGGAAGUUACAUGGAAUGAACCUGUAAAUGAUGGGGGUACUUCAGUUCUAGGCUACCACCUUGAGUGCAAAGAAAGAACCAGCAUCCUUUGGGUAAAAUUAAACAAGUCUCUUAUUACAGACCAAACCUUUAAAACCACAGGCCUGGAACCAGGAAUGGAAUACGAGUAUAGAGUCUGUGCUGAGAACAUUGUGGGCAUUGGCAAGGUCAGCAAAGUGUCAGAAGGUCAUGUUGCUAGAGAUCCAUGUGAUCCUCCAGGUAUGCCGGAGGCAACCAAAAUUACAAAAGAUUCAGUAACCAUCAUUUGGACAAAGCCUGAGUAUGAUGGUGGGGCGAAAAUUACAGGCUACAUAGUGGAAAAGAAGGAGCUUCCUGAAGGCCGUUGGGUAAAGGCUAAUUUCACUAAUGUCAUCGACACAGAAUAUGUUGCGACUGGACUAGUGCAGGAAAAUCAGUAUGAGUUCCGUGUUAUUGCCAGAAAUGCUGCUGGUGUUUUCAGCUUGCCCUCCUACAGCACUGGCCCAAUUACUGCCAGGGAUGAGAUUGAGCCACCUCGUAUCAGCAUCGACCCAGAGUACACACAGACCCUUUUGGUAAAUGCGGGAGACAAUUUUAAGAUUGAUGCAGAUGUCCACGGCAAACCAUUGCCCUCUAUCCACUGGAUGAAAGGUGAGCAGGAAAUGGGUAACACAAUUCAUAGAGAGAUAAAAAACACAGCAACCCAUGCCUGUGUGACUAUAAAGGAAGCUAAACUCUCGGACGGAGGCGUAUAUAAUCUGCUGCUAAAAAAUCCAGGGGGGGAAAAGGCUGUCCAAGUGAAUGUUGUAAUUUUGGAUAAACCCGGCGAACCACAAGGACCUCUUACUAUAACAGGGAUAACCAAAGACCAGUGCUGUCUGGCAUGGAGAGCACCACUUCAAGAUGGAGGUAGCAAGAUAUCUCACUAUGUUGUGGAGAGGAGAGAAACAAGUAGAUUAGUCUGGACUGUUGUGGAUCCAAAAGUGCAGAACACCUGCCUCAAGGUUGAGAAGCUCCUGGAAGGCAAUGAGUACAUCUUCAGGGUCCGUGCCGUAAAUGAGUUUGGUAGUGGUUCACCACUUGAGUCUGCAGCAGUGAUGAUCAAAGAUCCCUAUAUAACCCCUGGAUCACCCAAAAACUUAGAGAUUUCAAAUGUUAAAAGGGAUUCAAUGGUGCUCACAUGGGAGGCUCCUACUGAAGAUGGAGGCAGUCCUAUCACAUCAUAUAUUGUUGAAAGACAUGACAAAGAAGGUGUCAGAUGGAUUAGAUGCAACAGGCAGGCAGUGCAGGAUUUGACUUUCAAGGUCACUGGACUCUUGGAAAGCCAUAAUUAUGAAUUCCGCAUUGCAGCAGAGAAUACCGUGGGUGUUGGUGAACCUUGUUCUCCAACAGUUUACUACAAAGCUCUCGACCCUAUCUUCAGGCCUGGUCCACCACAGAAUCCCAGAAUCACAGACACAACCAAAACUUCAAUAUUCCUGUCAUGGAGCAAGCCCAUUUGUGAUGGUGGUUCUGAGAUUCAGGGAUACAGCGUUGAGUGCUGCACAACCACAGAGCAAAACUGGAUAAUGUGCACACCACCAACAGGUGUCAAGAAGACCAAGUUUGAGGUUGUCAACCUGAAAGAAAAUCAGGCUUAUAAGUUAAGAGUGUGUGCCAUCAACAAGGUUGGGGUUGGUGAUAAUGCCAAUAUUCCUGGAGCCGUGGUGGCUCAGGAUAGAGCAGAAGAAGCCGACCUUGACAUUGACCCAGAACUGAGAAAGAUCAUGACAAUUAAGGCUGGUCUAUCACUUAGACUGUUUAUUCCAAUUAGGGGAAGACCAGCUCCAAGCAUCAAGUGGGACAAAGAUGAUAGUCCACUUAAUGAGAAAGCUCAAGUUGAAGUAACUAGCAGUUACACCGCUCUUGUGAUUGAUAACAUGAGCAGAGCAGAUAGUGGAAAAUACACUGUCACUGCAGAAAACUCUAGUGGAAUUAAAUCUGCAUUUGUUGUCGUCCGUGUUCUCGAUACACCAAGUGCACCCAUGAAUUUGACAGUCAAAGAAAUUACAAACCAGUCAGUGACACUUGCUUGGGAAGCCCCUCUGUUAGAUGGUGGUUCCAAAAUUAAAAACUAUAUAGUGGAAAAGAGAGAGAGUACACGCAAAACAUAUGCAGCCGUGGUAACAAACUGCCACAGUCUUUCAUGGAAGAUUGAGCCACUCCAAGAGGGUUGCAGUUAUUACUUUAGAGUCCUUGCUGAGAAUGCACAUGGUGUUGGCGUGCCUGCAAUAACUCUUGACCCACUUAAGGUCUCAGAGGUGCCACAGGCUCCCAAAAACCUGAUUGUUACAGAUCAAACAAAUACAAGCAUUGCUCUGGCCUGGGAUAAGCCAGAAUAUGAUGGCGGCAGCAGAGUCAUCCAGUACUUGCUUGAAGUACAGCUUAAGGGCCAAGAGAAGUGGUCUGGUGUUAACUCAUACAAGACAAUGGAGACGACUGUUACAAAUUUAAACCCUGGGGAGGAAUAUUUGUUCAGAGUUACAGCAAUUAAUGACAAGGGAAAAAGUGACCCCAAAGUCCUUUCUGGCCACGUCAUGACCAAAAACUUAGUUUUUGAGCCUGAUGUGCGACCUGCUUUCAGCAGCUACAGUGUCCAUGUAGGUAAAGAUCUAAACAUUGAAGUUCCACUUUUUGGACGCCCUAAACCAACAAUAAUGUGGACCAAGGACGGCGCACCUCUGAAAUUCACAACCAGAGUAAACAUUCACAACACCCUGACUCAUACAAGUCUGAGCAUUAAGGAGGCCGCGGGUGAUGAUGGUGGCAUGUAUAGCAUAAAUGCAGCCAAUUCCGCUGGAAAGAAAGAAGCCACAAUUGAAAUAAUAGUACUUGACAAGCCUGGACCCCCAUCUGGCCCUGUGAAAUUUGAAAACAUCACAACACAGAGUGUGACUAUUUCAUGGGACCCACCAAAGCACAAUGGUGGUUGCCAGAUUUCAAACUACAUUGUGCAGAAAAGAGAUACAACAACAACAACAUGGGAAAAUGUCAGUAUUAAUUGUGCCAGAACUAGAAUCAAAGUACCCAGGCUGAAGACUGGAGGAGAGUACCAAUUUAGGAUCAUAGCCCAAAACCGGUACGGGAAGAGUCAUGGCCUGGAGUCAUCUGCGGUGGUUGCGCAGUACCCAUAUAAAGAACCUGGCCCACCAGGAACACCAUUCAUCUCUUCACUCUCCAGGGAUCACCAGAUUGUCGAGUGGCAUGAGCCUGUUUCGGAUGGAGGCAGUCCCAUUCUUGGCUACCACAUUGAAAGAAAAGAGAGGAAUAGUAUUUUGUGGGUGAAAAUAAGCAAGGCCCUCAUUCAUGAGACAAAGUACAAGAGCUACCCAUUAGAGGAGGCUGUUGAGUAUGAAUAUCGAGUGUAUGCUGAAAAUAUUGUAGGUAUUGGAAGGUGCAGUAAGGUCUCAGAGGGCUGUGCAGCCCGUGACCCAUGUGAUCCUCCCGGUCAGCCAGAAGCUGUCCAUGUGACCAAAGAUACCAUCGUUAUUCAGUGGACAAAACCGGAGUAUGAUGGUGGCAGUAGCAUAACCGGCUACAUUGUGGAAAAGCGUGAUUUGCCAGAAGGCCGAUGGGGAAGGGCUAAUUUCACAAAUGUUAUCGAGACCCAGUUCACUGUAACUGGGCUAACGGAAAAUCUCCAGUACGACUUUAGAGUCAUAGCCAAAAAUGCUGUUGGGACCAUCAGCAAACCAUCAUACAAUAGUGGCCCAAUUACUGCGAGUGACAUGGUUGAAGCCCCUAAAUUCUCUAUUGAUCCGGCAUUCACAAAGACCAUUGUGAUAAAUGCUGGAGAAACUUUAAAAUUGGAUGCAGAUGUUCGUGGAAAGCCGCUGCCAGCAAUGCAGUGGUUCAAGGAUGAAAUUCCACUAGAAAAUACUCUCAGGCUGGAUAUCAAAAAUACAGAAAAUCAUGCAAUGAUAAUCAUGAAGGACACUGCUAGGACUGACAGUGGAACAUACUUUCUACAGCUGAAAAACGAGGCAGGCAGUGAAACUGUGCCCUUCAAAGUGGUUGUUCUUGACCGGCCGAGCCCUUGUGAGGGACCCCUUCAUGUAACUGGGGUAGCUGAGGAUAGAUGCUCAUUGGUGUGGCAUUCUCCUUUACAUGAUGGAGGAAAUCCUGUCACGCAUUAUAUCAUUGAAAGAAGAGAAACUAGCCGCCUAGCUUGGACUGUUGUUUCUGCUCAUUGCAGCACCACAAGCUACAAAGUCACCAACUUGUUGGAAGGAAAUCAAUACAUUUUCCGUGUCAUGGCGGUCAACAAUUAUGGCACGAGCGAACCACUGGUGUCUGAUGGAGUAAUAAUGAAGUCUGAGUUUGUUCCUCCUGGUCCACCUCACAUUGAUGACAUAUCGAACAUUACUCGUGAUAGCAUGACUGUCACUUGGUCUGCCCCAGAGACUGAUGGUGGCUGUAAAAUUUCAAAUUACGUUGUUGAAAAGAAAGAUAAAGCAGGAAUUAAAUGGACCAGAUGCAAUAGACAGAAAGUCACAGAUUUCUCCUUCAGAGUAACCAGCCUCACCCCUGGCCAUGAAUAUGAGUUCAGAGUCGCUGCUGAGAAUGUUGUUGGAUUGGGAGAGCCGAGUCUACCAAGCUCUUACUACAAGGCCUGUGAUCCUAAAUAUAAACCCGGAUCCCCAACGUAUGUGCACGCCAUUGAUUCCACACAAAGCUCAAUUACAGUGUCAUGGGGAAAGCCUUUGUCUGACGGGGGCAGCGCAAUUCAGGGAUACAUUGUUGAAAUCUGUAAGGCUGAGGAGGAAGAAUGGACUAUGGUUACUCCCCCUACAGGCUUGCGCGUUAACAAAUAUGAAAUCCUGAAUCUGACAAAGGGUCAGGAUUAUAAGAUCCAGGUGUGUGCCCUGAACAAACUUGGAGUUGGCGAGCCAGCUAUCCUCGCAGGAACAGCAAAACCAGAAGAAAAGCUUGAACCACCACAAAUCUACUUGGAUUCUGAGCUUAGAAAGGGCAUUUGUGUCAAGGCUGGUGGAUCUGUGAGGAUCCACAUUCCAUUCAAGGGCAGACCAACUCCUGAGAUUAAGUGGCUUAAAGAUGAAGCAGACCUAUCGGAAAAGGCAGUGGUUGAGAAGACUCCCACCUUCACACAGCUGUCCAUUGACUCCUGUGACAGAGGUGACUCAGGAAAAUACUCCCUGAGCCUGACCAACACCAGUGGGGUUGCAUCUGAGUUUGUUACCGUUAAAGUCCUCGAUACACCGGGAGCCCCACAGAACCUUGUAGUCAAAGAAAUCAAAACAAAUUCAGCCACUCUUGUUUGGGAUGCACCACUGAUUGAUGGUGGUUCUAAAAUUAAAAACUAUGUUAUUGACAAGCGUGAAUCAACGAGGAAGGCUUAUGCAAAUGUCUCAACCAAGUGCACAAAGACCACAUUCAAGGUUGACAACCUGAUUGAGGGUGCUAUGUACUACUUCAGAGUCAUGGCUGAGAAUGAAUAUGGUAUUGGCCAGGCAAUUGAAACAAAGACAGCUUCAAAGGCUUCUGACGUACCCCUUCCAGUUGGAAAUGUUUCUCUUGUCGAUGUCACCAAAGUCAGCGUGUCACUUGCCUGGGAGAAACCUGAGCAUGAUGGAGGCAGCAGGAUUGGUGGCUACCUCAUAGAAAUGCAGCCAAAGGGUACAGAGAAGUGGGGAGUUGCCACAAAUACAAAGACAUGUCAGGGCACUGUCACAGGCUUAACGAGUGGGGCAGAAUAUCUAUUCCGUAUCGUUGCGUAUAAUGAGAAGGGAAAGAGUGAGCCAAAAGCACUUGCCGCACCAGUUGUUGCCAGUGACAUGACCUUGGAGCCAAGCAUUAAGACACAGUUUAGUACUUAUAAUGUCUUAGCUGGAAAAGAUCUGACCUUGACAUUCCCUGUACUUGGCAGGCCCAAACCUAGAGUCACUUGGACAAAGGAUGGUCAGUCCUUGAAGGUGACUUCUAGGGUCAACUUGGUAAACACUCCUACAACAACUGCGAUUAGGAUAACCGAAGCAUGCAAGGAGGACUUUGGAACGUACACAAUUACAGCAACAAAUACUGCUGGCACAUUUGCUGAUAAUGUGGCUAUCAUUAUUCUUGAUAAGCCUGGUCCACCAACUGGCCCACUUAAAGUUUCUGAGGUUACUAACACAUUUGUCCACUUCUCAUGGGAACCUCCAGAGUACACAGGUGGAUGCCAGGUGAAGCAUUAUAUAGUAGAAAAGCGAGAGACCACAAGCAAUACAUGGCAGUCAGUCACCACACAACUUGCUCGGACAGCUUUCAAAGUGACUAAGUUGAAGACUGGUGUAGAAUACCAUUUCAGGGUCAUUGCUGAAAACAGAUAUGGAAAAGGCGUUCCUCUAGAAUCUAAGGCUAUUGUUGUCCAGUACCCAUACAAACCACCAGGCCCUCCUGGAACACCAUAUGUCAAAUCUGCAACAAAGGAGAUGAUGAUCAUUGAAUGGAACGAGCCAGUCAAUGACGGUGGAAGUGCUGUUGUUGGUUACCAUCUAGAGAGCAAAGAGAGAAACAGUAUCUUAUGGACCAAACUUAACAAGACUAUGAUCGCCGAUACUCAGUUCAAGAUCUGUAAUCUUGAAGAAGGAAUUGGAUAUGAGUUCAGAGUGUAUGCUGAAAAUAUUGUUGGCGUUGGCAGAUGCAGUAAAGUCUCAGAAUCCUUUGUUGCUCGGGAUCCAUGUGACCCUCCUGGUGCUCCAGAUGCUGUAAAAAUUUCUAAAGACCACAUCAAGAUUAGUUGGACCAAACCUCAAUAUGAUGGCGGCAGUAAAAUAAAUGGCUAUAUUGUUGAAAGAAAAGACCUAUCAUCCCCUGAUGGGCGCUGGGUUAGAGCAAACUUUACUAAUGUAAUAGAGACUGAAUAUGAUGUCAGUGGUCUCACAGAAAAUGACCAGUAUGAAUUUAGGGUUAUUGCCAGAAAUGCAGCGGGCGUCUUCAGCGAGCCCUCCGAAAGCUCUGGACUUAUAACUGCCACUGAUGAAAUUGAGCCACCAAGGGCCUCUAUGGACCCCAAGUACAAGGAUGUCAUUGUUGUUGCUGCAGGAGAACAUUUAAUUCUUGAUGCUGACAUUCACGGAAAACCAGUUCCUGACAUUGUCUGGCUAAAGGAAGGCAAAGAAAUUGAUAAAUCUUUGCGCAUUGAAGUGAAAAAGACUCAAAAAUGUGCUGCUUUGACUAUUAAGGAUGCAACCAAAAUGGACACUGGGCACUAUGAACUUGUCCUCAAAAAUCUGGGUGGCAAAAAGACCUUUCCAAUCACUGUCAAAGUCCUUGACAAACCGGGUAAACCAAUGGAACCGUUCAAAGUAACAGAAAUCAUGGCUGACAGAUGUACCCUUUCCUGGUCUGAGCCAACUCUGGAUGGCGGUGCUAGUAUUACUCACUAUACUUUGGAGAAGAGAGAGACCAGCAGCUUAUCAUGGACAAUGGCUGCAGCCAAUAUCCAAAAUUUGUUCUACAAGGUAACAAACUUGCUUGCCGGGAAUGAAUACAUUUUUAGAGUAAGGGCUGUUAACAAAUAUGGUGUUGGUGAUUAUCUUCUAAGUGAGCCCAUCAUUGCACGCAAUCCAUACAAGCCCCCGAGUGCUCCUGGAACACCAGAAGCAAGUCACAUCACAAAAGAUUCCAUGGUUCUGUCAUGGACAGUCCCAGAACAAACUGGGGGAGCCGAUAUUGCUUGCUAUCAUCUUGAAAAACGUGACAAAGAUAGUGUCAGGUGGACAAAGUGUAACAGACAAAAACUGACAGACACUCAUUUCAAAGUGACAGGUCAGAAGACGGAUCACUUUUAUGAAUUCCGAGUUGCAGCUGAGAAUGAGGCUGGAAUUGGAGACCUCAGUGAACCGUCCCUAUUUUACAGAGCUUGUGAUGCAACAAUGCCACCAGGACCUCCCCAAAAUCCCAAGGUGACAGACUACACAAAAUCUUCUGUCUCUCUUUCCUGGCGUAAACCUGAUUUUGAUGGUGGUGCCUAUAUUAAAGGUUACAUUGUUGAAAUGCGAGAGUCCAUCGAAAAGGCAUGGGCCAUGUGCACGCCCCCAGCUGGCAUCCAAGCUACUAAACUUACUAUCUCUGACUUAAAACAAGAUGAAGAAUAUCAGUUCCGUGUUUGUGCCAUCAACUCAGAGGGAGUGGGAGAGGCUGCUAAUGUCCACGGGACUGUAGUUGCUCACGACAGGGUUGAAGCACCGGAAAUUGAGCUUGACGCUGACCUCAGAAAAGUGGUAUCUGUCCGCGCCGGUGGUACACUGCGUCUGUUUAUUACCAUCAGAGGAAGGCCUGAACCUUCUGUAAAAUGGGAAAAAGUUGAUGGUGCUCUCACAGAUCAUGCUGUCAUUGACACUACCAGCUCAUACACUAUGCUUGUAAUUGAUAAUGUCAACCGCUGGGACAGUGGCAAAUACUCACUCACUCUGGAGAACAACAGUGGUUCAAAGUCUGCUGUUGUGGCUGUUAGAAUUUUGGAUACACCAAGUGCCCCACAGAACUUCACUGUCCAGGAGCUUAAAAAGGAUUCAGUAACACUUGUCUGGGAUACACCACUCACUGAUGGUGGGGCUAAAAUCACAAACUACAUUGUGGAGAAGAGAGAGUCUGUCCGGAAGGCCUACACUACUGUAACCAGCAACUGCACAGCCAACACACUCAAGAUAGAAGAACUGCCAGAAGGUGGCAUUUUCUACUUCAGAGUUUGCGCUGUUAACAAAUAUGGCCAAGGACAGAUGGCUGAAACCAAAGAAAUUAAAGUGUCUGAAGUACCCUUGCCACCGAGCAAAUUAACUGUUAUAGAUGUGACUAAAACCAGCGUUUCACUUUCAUGGGAGAAACCUUCUCAUGACGGUGGUAGUAAAGUAAUCUGCUACAAUGUGGAAUUCAAGCCCAAAGGUGGAGAAAAAUGGGGUACAGCUUGCACAGUCAAGGUGCCAGAGGCGACUAUUCCUAACCUGACUCCCAAUGAAACUUAUCUAUUUAGGGUUGUCGCAAUAAAUGAGAAGGGAAAGAGCGAUCCCAAGGAUCUUGGCUUACCGGUGGUAGCAAAGGACAUUGCACUAGAGCCAUCAAUCAACUUACUGUUCACAACAUACACCGUUAAAGCCAGUGAGGAACUGACUAUUGAGGUACCAGUGAGAGGCAGACCUAAGCCUGUUGUCUCGUGGAAAAAGGAUGGUCUUCCUCUGAAGCAAACAUCUUCAGUUACAAUUUUAAACACAGCAACAUCAUCCAAGAUUCUCAUUAAAGAGGCUAGCAGAGAGCAUGUUGGGAAGUAUGAGAUCACCCUGGCCAACACUGCAGGAACAAUAACAUCACAACUAGGUGUAGUUGUCCUGGAUAAACCAAGUCCACCUAAACUCAUUAAGGUGGAUGCUGUGACCUCUGAUAGCAUCACACUUUCCUGGUGUUCUCCAGAUUAUGAUGGUGGCUGUUCUAUAAGUAACUAUAUCGUUGAGAAGAGAGAUACCAACACACAAGAAUGGCAAACGGUUGCAAGCAACGUGGCAAGAACAUCUUACAAGGCCGGUCGUCUAACACAUGGGGCACAAUACCAAUUUCGCAUCUAUGCAGUCAACCGUUAUGGAAAGAGCACACACCUAGAUUCUCCGGCAAUUACUGCUCAGUACAACUUUAAACAACCUGGACCGCCAUCUACACCAAAAGUAAAGGAUGCUACCAAGACUUAUAUGUUGGUAGCCUGGAAUGAACCCGUCAAUGAUGGUGGAAGUCCGGUUCUAGGCUAUCAUCUAGAGCAGAGAGAGCGCGAUAGCAUUCUCUGGACCAAGGUAAACAGAGGAAUGAUCAAGGACUCUGAAUACAAAGUGAGUGGAAUCGAAGAGAGUAUGAUGUAUGAAUAUCGUGUCUAUGCUGAAAAUAUUGCUGGAAUUGGCAAAUGCAGCAAGACCUCUGAAGCUAUGGCAGCCAGAGAUCCAUGUGAUCCUCCAGGUACCCCCGUUGUGACCUCUAUUGGCAGGUCAUCUGUGUCUUUGUCUUGGGCCAAACCUGAGUAUGAUGGUGGUGCUAAGAUUUCUGGUUACAUCAUUGAAUGUAAAGAUCUUCCAGAAGGACGCUGGACAAGGUGCAACUUCACCAAUGUGCCUGAGACUUACUAUAAUGUGACAGGCCUUACAGAGGACAGCCAGUAUGACUUCCGUGUCAUUGCUAAAAAUGCAGCGGGAUUGUUCAGUGAACCAUCUGACAAUACUGGCCCAAUUACUGUUAAGGAUGAUGUAGAACUGCCACGCAUCAUGACAGAUGUCAAAUUCCGAGAGACAGUGUUUGUGAAAGCAGGUGAAACUUUAAAGAUUAAUGCUGACAUCGUAGGCCAUCCUGCACCCAUCAUUUCCUGGAGCAAAGAUGGAAAAGAGAUUGAGCUGAGAGCAAGAAUCCAGAUAGUUUCAACAGAUACCAGCACACUGGUGAAUGUGAAAGAUUGCAUUCGACGAGAUUCUGGAAAAUAUGUUCUCACUCUAAAGAAUAUUGCUGGGACAGUUAGCCUGCCAAUAAACUGUGUGGUUUUGGAUAAAUCAGGGCCACCUGCAGGACCAUUGCAGCUUACAGGUCUCACAGCUGAUGAAUGCACUCUGUCAUGGGGUCCACCUCAGGAGACUGGUGGUGCUGAGAUCACACACUAUGUUGUUGAGAAGCGUGAGACCAGCCGUUUGGCCUGGACACUCGUAAAGGGCGACAUUACUAAGACUUACUUAAAAGUCACAGGACUGCUAAAGGGCAAUGAAUAUGUCUUCAGGGUCUUGGCUGUUAACAAGCAUGGGAAUGGUGAAGUUUUGGAGAGUGAUGCUGUAAAGAUCACAGAUCCAUUCACCAUUUCCACUGCUCCAGUUAAUGUUGACGUCACUGAUAUUACUGGAGAUUCAAUGACCGUAACGUGGUGCAAACCAUUGAGUGAUGGAGGAAGUCCAAUCACUGGUUAUGUGAUUGAGCGGCGAGAAAAGACAGGCAUGCGCUGGCUCCGUGUGAAUAAAGAUCCAGUUGUUGAAUGUAACACAGUUGCAACAAAACUGCGUAAGAGUUGUGAGUAUGACUUUAGAGUCUAUGCUGAAAAUGCAGCUGGACUGAGUCCUCCAAGUGAACUGUCUGCCUCAUUUAGGGCAGUAGAUCCUCUGGCUGUUCCUUGUCCUCCAACCAAGCCAACAAUUGUCAAUUCAACCAAGGACAGUGUCUUUAUUGUCUGGAAACCACCUACGGAUAAUGGAGGUGCUCCUAUCCUUGGAUACAGUGUAGAAUACAGAGACUACAUUGAUAAACCGGAAACAGAAUGGGCUGAAGCUAUUUCUCUUACCAAGAGUUUGGAGUUCACAAUCACUGGACUAAAAACAGAUUCCAAGUAUGAAUUCUGUGUCAGAGCAAUAAACAAAGUUGGAUGCAGUGUGCGCAGCCGCUAUUCCGAUGCCGCUGUGGCAAUAGAAAGAACUGCAGAGCCUUCAUUUAAUGUGGACUUAGAGAUGCGCAAAGUCCUUGUUGUUAAGCACAGCACAGCAUUCACUCUCAAUGUUCCAUUUAAAGGUAAACCUGUUCCAUCAGUUGAAUGGACCAAGGAGGGUACUGAUUUAAAAGUUAGAGGAACAAUCGAUUCAAGUAGCUCCAAUACUUCACUGACCAUUGAAAAGGCAACAAGAAAUGACUCUGGAGAAUAUAGCGUCACAAUUGAAUCAACAUUAGGAAAAGCAACAUUACCCAUGGUCGUAAAGGUGCUCGACUCACCUGGACCCCCCAUCAAUGUCAAUGUUACAUCAGUAACCCGGGACUCUGCAACCCUUACUUGGGAAGCCCCUGAAAAUGACGGUGGCGAGGCAGUGAAAGCGUACCACGUUGAAAAGCGUGAAGCGAGUAAAAAGGCCUGGGUUUCUGUAACAAUCAACUGCCAUGCACUGACCUACAAAGUGGAAGACCUGCAGGAGGGGGCCAUCUAUUACUUCAGAGUUAUUGGAGAAAAUGAAUAUGGCUUGGGUGUACCCCAGGAGGCAAAGGCUGGCACAAAAAUUACAGAGGUACCAAGUGCCCCCACAAAACUAGGAGUAGCAAAUGUUACAAAAGACACUGUAACCAUUGUCUGGACACGACCUGAGUACGAUGGAGGUAGCAGAGUCACUGGUUACCUAAUUGAUGCUCUGGAGAAGGGGCAGACAAAGUGGGUGAAGUGUGCUACAGUGAAGGGCAUGAGCCACACUAUUAAAGGCCUCAGGGAAGGCACAGAAUAUUUCUUCAGAGUGCGAGCAGAAAACCAUGCUGGACUAAGUGAACCUAAAGAGAUGAUUGUUCCGGUUAUCGUCAAGGAACUUCAAGAGGCUCCGGAGUUUGAUCUGAAGAACUACCCCAAGAAUACGGUUUAUGUGAGAGCUGGAUCCAACCUUACCUUUGACAUUCCACUUACUGGGAAGCCAAUGCCAAAGGUGAAUGUGUCCAAGAACAAUGUUGUCAUCAAGGGAUCCAAGAGACUUUUGACAGAAGUUACACCAGAUAGCCUAACUAUCACCCUGAAUGAAAGCAUGUCAAGCGAUGCUGGCAAAUAUGACAUAACAGCCUCAAACCCCAGUGGUGCCACCAAGAUCUUCAUGAACUUCAUUGUACUAGAUAGACCUGGACACCCUGUUGGACCUGUGGAGACUGGAGAAGUCGGAGAAACCACAGUGUACUUAAAAUGGGCUGCUCCAGAGUAUGAUGGUGGCAGUCCUGUUACCAACUACAUUGUCCUCAAGCGGGAAACUAGCACACCUACCUGGUCAGAGGUGUCAAAUAACAUAGCAAGAUGCCAAAUCAAAGCAACUAAGCUGACCAAGGGGGAGGAGUAUCAGUUCAGGAUUAAGGCUCAGAAUCGCUAUGGUGUCAGCGACCACAUUGACAGCAAGCCGGUUAUGAUCAAGCUUCCGUACACUUUCCCUGGACCUCCAUCUACUCCGUGGAUUAGUUUUGUAUCCAAAGAGAGCCUGACUGUCUGCUGGAACGAGCCAGUCAAUGACGGUGGAAAUCCUGUGAUCGGAUAUCAUCUUCAGAUGAAGGAGAGAAGCAGUAUCAUCUGGCAAAAGAUCAAUAAAACAGCAAUACCAGGAAACCAGUGGAGGGUCACCAAUGUCUGCCCUGGUCUUAUCUACGAGUUCAAGGUAGCUGCCGAAAAUGCUGCUGGUAUUGGAAAGAUGAGCAAGGUGUCUGAAGAGGUGCUAGCUAUUGAUGCUUGUGAUCCUCCAGCUAAUGUUCGUGUCACAGAAGUGACCAAGAACUCAGUCAGCUUGUCCUGGCAAAGGCCACCGUAUGAUGGCGGUAGUAAAAUUGCUGGCUACAGUGUGGAGAGAAGGGAGGCGGCCAGUGGCAGAUGGGUGAAGGCUAACUUCACAAACAUCCUUGAAAUGGGCUUCACCGUUUCUGGGCUGUCUCAGAAUGAGUCUUACGAGUUCAGGGUGUAUGCAAAGAAUGCAGUUGGCUCUGGCAGCAAUCCUUCUCUUAUUGCUGGCCCAGUCACGUGCAUUGAUGCUUGUGGUACUCCAGCCAUUGACCUUCCUCCAGAGUAUUUGGACGUGGUUAAGUUCAAGGCUGGAACUUCAGUUAAACUCAAAGUUGGAAUUUUUGGCAAACCUCAGCCAAACAUUGAGUGGCUCAAGAAUGAAAAUGAGCUUGUAUCUUCUUCAUCAUUGUAUGUGGAAAACACAACUGAUUCGUCUGCCAUCCUCAUCAAGGAUACAACUCGCCUCCACUCAGGCUCAUAUGAUAUUAAGAUCAAGAACAUUUUGGGCUCAGCAUCUGCAACAAUCAGGGUUGAAAUUCUUGAUAAACCCGGACCCCCUCCUGGCAGUAUUCUUUUAAACUAUGUUGCAGCAGACAAAAUCACCUUCAGCUGGGAACCUGUAAGUCCGGCUGACAAUGGAGGUUCCAAGGUGACCCACUACAUUGUCCAGAGGCGUGAGACGAGCAGGGUAGUCUGGUCGACCAUUUCAGAGCGACAUGAGCAGACCUUCAUUGCUGUCGGAAAACUGGUUCAAGGAAAUGAAUAUGUAUUCCGCGUAAUGGCUGUUAACAAGUAUGGUUUUGGAGAGCCACUGGAGUCGGAAGCUGUCAUUGCAAAGAAUGCCUUUGUAACUCCAGGGCAGCCGCAUACUCCUGAGGUGAACACCAUCACCAAGACUACUAUGGUCGUAGAAUGGGACAAACCAGGUGUGGAUGGGGGUAGCACAGUUACUGGCUACUACUUGGACAGACGUGACAAGAAGAGUUUGCGCUGGAUCCGAGUUUACAAAGAUCCUAUUGCUGACAUUAAACAGACUGUCUACCAUCUAACCGAGGGAAAUGAAUACCAGUAUCGUGUCUGUGCUAUUAACAAGGCUGGAGAAGGACCCUUCUCAGAUGUAUCCGACUACUACAAAGCUGCAGAUCCAGUUGAUCCACCAAAUGAGCCUUGCAAGCUUAAGGUGAUGGAUUCCACAAAGACCUCUAUAACUUUGGGGUGGUCCAAGCCAGAGUGGGAUGGAGGCAGUGAAGUGACCAGCUACAUGGUGGAGAAACUUACUGAGGGAGAGCAAGACUGGGAAAUGAUUUCUUCAAAGGGAGAGGUCAAGAUGUCCGAAUACACUGUACACGACCUAAAGCCAGAUGUUAACUACUUCUUCAGAGUUUCUGCUGUCAACUGCGCAGGCCGUGGCGAGGCACUGGAGAUGACUGAGCCUGUACAGGCUAAGGAUAUCCUCGAGGAAGCCCAGAUUGACUCAGAUGUGGCCAUGAGAACUCACUAUAUCGUGAAGGCUGGCAAGGAUGUUGAGCUCUCUGUCCCUCUGAAGGGUCGGCCGGCUCCCUCUGCAUCUUGGAGCAAAGGAGACAUAUGCAUUGACAGCAACCCAUCUUAUGAAUUCCACCACUCAGACACAGCCACUGUUCUUGUUAUGCGUGAAGUGACCAAACUCGACACUGCCAAGUAUACAGUCAAAAUUGAGAAUGGUGUGGGAGAGCCCAAGACAAUUUCCUUGUCCAUGAAGGUCCAGGACUCUCCUGGUCCAUGCAGAAACCUGACAUUGAAAGAAGUAACUCGUGGAAAAGUCACACUUUGCUGGGAGCCUCCACUCCUUGAUGGUGGCGCUGAGGUUACCAAUUACAUUGUUGAGAAGAGGGACUCUUCCAAAAGAUCCUACUUUGCAGUGACAAGCAAAUGCACUGACACAUCAUAUACUAUUGAAGAUCUCUCUGAAAAGGCAUCCUUCUUUUUCCGUGUUCUAGCAGAGAAUGAGAACGGUGCUGGUGAACCAUGUGAAACACUUGAACCAGUGAAGGCCGCAGAGACCCCUGGACCAGUUAAAGAUGUUUCUAUGAAGGAUUCCUCUAAAACCUCCGUCACUCUGCAGUGGCUAAAGCCUGAUUAUGAUGGUGGCAGUAUCAUAUUGGACUACAUAAUUGAAAAGAAAGCAGUAGAUGGGGAAUGGGCUCUGGGAGGAACGACCCGACAAUGUGAGUUUGAGGUCACAAAACUAAAAGAGCACUCAGACAUGUUCUUCAGAGUUGCUGCUCGAAAUGACAAGGGUCAGGGCGACUUUGUGAAGAUAGGAUCUAUCAAGGUGAUUGACUACAUUAUCACACCUGAAGCAAGCCUUGCAGACUACCCAGAUGGAAGAAUUUGUGUUCGUUUAGGACAUAAUGUCCACAUUGAGCUGCCAUACAGAGGUAAACCUAAGCCAUCAAUCAUAUGGCUCAAGGACAACCUUCCUCUGAAGGAGAGUGAUCAAAUUCGCUUCAAGAAGACAGAGAACAAAGCCACUCUUAUGAUAAGGAAUGUGAAGAAAGAGAAUGAGGGUAAAUUUACACUAACUCUUGACAACAAAAUCAACAGAAAGUCCUUCCAUAUCUAUGUCAUUACACUCGGACCCCCAUCAAAGCCCGUUGGACCUAUCCGUCUUGAUGAAGUAAGAGCAGAAAGCAUCAUGAUGUCAUGGGAUGAGCCUAAUGAUGACGGUGGGGGAGACAUCAACUGUUAUACUAUGGAGAAGCGUGACACUACUCAGUCUGAUUGGAAGAUGGCUUGUUCCAGUGUGGCGGGAACUCAGUUCAAAGUGUCUAACCUGAUCAAGGGUGUCCAGUAUCAGUUCAGAGUCUGUGCUGAGAACAGGUAUGGUGUCAGUGAGCCUCUGGUAUCACAGAUGGUAAUUGCCAAGCACCAGUUCAGACCUCCUGGCCCACCAGGCAAGCCAGUUGUGUAUAAUAUCACCAACGAUGGCAUGACAAUCCAGUGGGAACAGCCAAUCUAUGAUGGUGGUACCCCCAUCCAGGGUUUCCAUGUGGACAAGAGGGAAAAUAACAGCAUCAUGUGGCAAAAGGUGAACAUGAUGCUGAUCAAAGAAACCGAAUACCGAAUUUUGGGAUUAAUUGAAGGCCUUGAGUACUCGUUCAGAGUGUGCGCACAGAAUGAUGCUGGCUACGGCCGACUGAGUGACAGCAGCAAGCCAGUAAUGGCCGUCAGCCCUGUUGAUCCUCCUGGCCAGCCUGACUACACUGAUGUGACAAGUGACUCAAUAACGCUAAAAUGGGACGCACCAAAACGUGAUGGAGGUAGCAAGAUUACUAGCUACACCAUUGAGAAACGACAAGGAGAAGGGCGCUGGUUCAAGGCUAACUUGACUGAUGUUCAUGACUGCCAGUAUACUGUGCCUGGUUUGUCUAUGAAUGAGCGCUAUGAGUUCCGAGUGAUUGCUAGGAAUGCCAUUGGUGUGGUCAGCCCACCUUCCAACUCGUCGGGUUUGAUCGUGGUCAGAAGUGAGAAUGCUUCUCCCCGUAUUGAAUUUGGUGGAGAGUAUUUCGAUGGUUUGACUGUUAAAGCGGGUGACAACAUUAGAGUGAAGGUGGCCAUCACUGGACGACCUGUUCCCAAAGUGGUCUGGUACAAAGACAGUGUGGAAAUCACCAAAAAGAUGAUGGAUAUUGUCAACGUAGCUGGAUACAGCACUCUAUUUGUCAGAGAUGCUGACCGUACUCACCGCGGCCUCUACACCGUUGAAGCUAUCAAUGGAUCUGGCAGCAAAAAGCAGACUCUCCUGGUUCAAGUUCAAGACACACCUGGGGAACCAGUAGGACCCAUCACUUUCAGCAACAUCUCAGAGGGUCGGUGCACUCUGUCCUGGAACGCACCAGAGAAUGAUGGUUGCUCAGAAAUUUCACAUUAUAUCAUCGAGAAGCGUGAAACAUCCAAGAUCUCCUGGGCAUUAGUGUCAGAGGAAUGUCAGGAGUGCAGUUUCACUGCAACCAAACUGAUCAAAACCAAUGAGUACCAGUUCAGGGUGUCAGCUGUAAACAAGUUUGGUGCUGGCAGGCCGUUGGAAUCCUGCCCAAUUAUUGCACAGCUUCAAUAUACUACUCCCGAUUCCCCGGGCACUCCUGACGCCACUGAGACGAAGGGAGAGAGCAUAACUCUGGCCUGGACUCCUCCAAAGUCUGAUGGUGGAAACCCCAUUCAAUACUAUAUUGUGGAAAAGCGAGAGAAGAAAACAGUUCGGUUCUACAAGGUGCUUUCAAAGAAACCCAUCACUGAAUGUGGUCACAAAGUUGUCAGCCUCAUUGAGGACAUGGAAUAUGAGUUCCGGGUCAUGGCUGUUAAUGAUGCUGGUGUUGGAGCAACCAGUAAUAUCUCCAUUCCCAUUAAAGCUGUUGAGCCAAAGGAUAUACCAUGUGCUCCAUCUGUGGUCUGCGUGUCAGACUCCACUAAUACCUCCAUCAGCCUGGAAUGGACGAAGCCUGCAGAUGACGGAGGAUCUGAGAUACUGGGCUACAUUGUUGAAAUGGUUAGGGGCAAUGAAACUGACUGGAAUAGAGUACAUGAAGAGCUGGUGGCAGACACAACAUAUACAGCGACUCUUCUACAUACUGGGGCUGAAUACAAGUUCCGUGUAGCAGCUGUAAAUCUUGUCGGAAGAGGUGAGGACAGGGAAACUCUAGAACCUGCUCAGGCCAUUGAUAGAUUAGCACCACCACAGGUGGAUAUUGAUGCCAACUUCAAGCAGACGCACAUUGUCAAGGCAGGAGGUUCAGUGAUAUUAGGUGUCCAAUAUAGGGGAAAGCCUAUACCCACCGCCACCUGGGUGAAAGAAGAAGGAGAACUAAGUGUCAUGUCAGAAGUUUCAACCUCGGAGGGGAGCAGUACUCUACUUAUGGAAAAUUGCACCAGAAAUGAUACCGGUAAAUACACAGUUAACCUGGAAAACAGCAGCGGUAGCAAGGCUAUCACUUUCACUGUGAAAGUCAUGGACACUCCUGGGGCUCCUCAGGAUGUAGGCUUCCAGGAGGUGUCCAGAGGCUCAGUUACACUUACAUGGGAGCCGCCACUUAAUGAUGGUGGAGCACGAAUCCACCACUAUAUUGUUGAAAGACGUGAGGCAAGCCGUCGCACAUGGCAGCAGUCUGGGGGAAAGUGCACUCAGGGUAUUAUGAAGAUUCAGGACCUGCUGGAGGGGGUACCAUACUUCUUUAGGGUAUCUGCAGAGAACCAGCAUGGUGUCGGUGAAGCUUUCGAGACAACAGAGCCUGUCAUUGCCACUGCUGAGCCAGCAUCUCCAAAGAGAUUGGAUAUUGUCGACACCACAGACAGUUCCGUGUCACUGAGCUGGCUAAAACCAGAGCAUGAUGGUGGUAGCCGUAUCCAAUGUUAUAUCAUUGAGGCAAAUCCAAGCGGAACAGGUAAAUGGGUAGUGGUUGGCAACACCAAGAAUCUCUCCUAUGUGAUUGAAAAACUCAACAAGGGUGAUGAGUAUCACUUCCGUGUGAGGGCAAAGAAUGAGUCUGGCCUCAGCACACCCAGGGAAACCUUUACACCGGUCUUGGUAAAAGAGCCUCAUAUUGAACCUGCAGCUGAUCUCAGUGAGAUUCCGAACCAGAUGAUCACAUGCAACUCUGGCAGAACAUUUACUAUCGAUGUUCCGAUUAGUGGGAGACCUGCUCCCAAAGUAGCCUGGAGGCUGGAGGAGAUGAAGCUGAAGAACUCAGAAAGAGUUUCCAUUACAGUAACUAAAGAAAGAACAAGCAUAUCAGUCAAGGAUGCCAUGAGGGGUGAUGGUGGUAAAUACUACCUGACUCUGGAGAAUGUCACCGGAAGCAAGACAUUUAAUAUCGAAGUAAAUGUUACAGGUAGACCCAGUCCACCAAUGGGGCCUGUUGAAAUCACAAAUAUCACCUCUCAGUCUUGUGUUGUUAACUGGGAUGCGCCGGAGGAUAAUGGUGGAACUGACAUUACCAACUAUAUUCUGGAGAAGCGUGAAUCUGGUUCGUCUGCCUGGCAGCUUAUCAACUCCAGUGUGAAGCGCACGUCACUCCACGUUAGUCAUCUGACCAAGUACAUGCAGUACACCUUCAGGGUCUCUGCUGAAAACCGAUUUGGCGUUAGCAAGCCUACUGAGUCUGAAACCUUCGUUGCAGAGCAUCCUUACACACCUGCUGGACCACCAACAAGGCCAUCUGUCUUCAAUGUCUCUUCCAACACAAUGACGUUGAAAUGGGAGGAGCCUUACCAUGAUGGUGGCAGCAAGGUGACAGGCUACUGGAUUGAGAAGAAGGAGAGAAAUAAUAUUCUCUGGGUAAGGGAAAACAAGAUCCCAUGCUUUGAGUGUUUUUACAAGGUGGAAGGCCUUGUUGAAGGUCUAGAGUACCAGUUUCGAGUUUAUGCCAUGAACAGUGCUGGUCUGAGCAAAGCCAGUGAAGCCUCUAAAGGAGCAGUUGCCCAAAACCCUGUUGAUCCACCGUGUAAGCCAGAAGUGACAAAUGUAACCAGAACUACAGUGUCGCUCAAAUGGUUGUCUCCACUUAAUGAUGGUGGCAGUCCAAUUGUGGGUUACAUUAUUGAACGUAAACCAUACACUCCAACUGGUGAGGGCCGAUGGCUAAAGUGUAACUACACAAAUGUGAUAGACACGUUCUAUACUGUUACUGCCCUGGGAGAAGGAGAACCCUACGAGUUCAGAAUCAUUGCAAAGAAUGCUAACCAGGUCUUCAGCACCCCAUCCGUGUCCACUGGCUCUGUGCAGUGCAAAACAGACUUUGAACCGCCAAAGGCCCAGCUGGACGGCAAACUCUUGUCUGAAGUUGUUAUGGUGAGAGCUGGUUCAGAUCUGGUCCUGGACGCCGCAGUGGGCGGCAGGCCUGAUCCCAAAGCAUCCUGGUCCAAAGGCAACAGGGAGCUGGAGCUGUGUGAAAAAUACCACCUGCAAUACACAACCAAUCGGGCUAUGGCCAUCAUCAAGUUCUGUGACAGAGAUGAUACCGGAAAAUACAUUCUCACGGUCAGGAAUGUUAGUGGAACCAAGACUGUUGAGGUCAAUGUCAAAGUGCUUGACACUCCUGGACCAUGUGACGGCAGCAUUGAGAUCAGCAAGAUUACUGAGGAUUCCUGCACUCUACGUUGGAGUCCUCCUUUGGAGGAUGGGGGUGAUGACAUCUCUCACUACCUUGUAGAGAGGAGAGACACCAACAGACUCAGCUGGGUCAUCAUGCAUACCGAGUGCAAGCAACUGACCUGUAACAUCACCGCACUGUUCAAGAACACAGAAUACCUGUUCAGAGUCCGAGGAGUCAACAAGUAUGGAGCUGGAGUCCUUCUGCAGUCAGAGCCUAUGGUUGCCAGAAACACUUUCACUGUUCCAACUCCACCGGGUGCGCCUGAGAUCCUAACGUCCGGAAAAGACUUUGCAACCAUUGAGUGGCUAAAGCCUGAGAGUGAUGGCGGCAGUCCGUUGAUCCACUAUCUUGUCGAGAGGCGGGAGAAGAAGAGUGCCCGCUGGGUGAAGGUGAACAGGACUGGAGCACACCUUGACACAACGUUGAAGGUGUCUGGAUUGACGGAAGGCAACAUUUACCAGUUCAGGGUAGUGGCAAUCAAUAAGGCUGGAGAGAGUGAACCCAGUGAGGUGUCACUGUAUGUGGUCUGCAGAGUCCCCACAGGCACCCCCGCACCACCCUCUGUUCCUCGCAUCACUGACACCCAUGCUGACAGCAUUAGCCUGGCCUGGUCUCGCCCUGUGGAAGAUGGUGGAGCUGAUGUGAUUGGCUAUUUACUGGAAAUGCAGGAAGCUGGAACAGAGGAGUGGAAGAAGGCCCACGAGAAGACACUGCGUGCUGCAGAAUGUGUGGUGACUGGACUUUGCUCAGGCAAUAAGUACCAAUUUAGAGUGGCCGGUAUCAACUUCAAUGGCACUGGAGACUUCAGUGAGCCAUGUGCUGAAACUGAACCUGUGGAGAGAAUUGAAAUACCGGACUUUGAGCUCCAUGAUGACCUGAAGAAGACCAUAUGCCUGCGUGCUGGUGGUUCUCUGCGCCUGUUUGUGAAUAUUAGUGGUCGUCCUGCUCCGACAAUCACUUGGAGCAAACCAGGAGUUGACCUCAACAACCGGGGCUUUAUAGAGGUCACUCACAAGUCAACUACUCUCAUUAUCGAUAAGGUCCAUCGCUAUGAUGCUGGAAAAUACACACUGGUGGCCGAGAAUUGUGCUGGAAAACAAGAAGUCCAUAUUCUGGUCAAAGUUUAUGACACACCAGGACCAACAGGACCCAUCAAGAUAAAGGAACUGACCAAAGAAUCAGCCACCAUCUCUUGGGAUGCUCCAAUCGUGGACGGUGGUGCUCCUGUCAACAAUUAUAUUAUUGAGAGACGUGAAGCCUCCAUGAGAGCCUACAAAACUGUCACUUCCAAGUGCAGUAAGACAUCCUACAAGAUUGAUGGCCUGAUGGAGGGCAUGCUAUACUACUUCAGAGUUCUUCCUGAAAACAUUUAUGGUAUGGGGGAAUCCCGCGAAACACCGGAUGUCAUCCUGGUUUGCGAGGUACCUCUGCCACCACGCAACCUGCAGGUGAUUGACAUCACCAAGAGCACAGUCUCGUUGAGCUGGGAUAAGCCUGAGCAUGACGGAGGUAGCAGACUGAUCGGCUACUUGAUAGAGGCCUGCAAAUUUGGUACUGACAAAUGGAUGAAGGUGGCCUCCCUGAAGUUAACCGACUUUGAGCACACUAUUGAAAAGCUAAAUGAGAAAGAACAGUACUUUUUCAGAGUCAAAGCAAUCAACAGUCGUGGUGCCAGUGAAGCAAAGGAGCUUGUUGCACCUGUAACCGUGCAAGAACAAAGAGUGAUGCCUGCAGUGGAUUUCUCCAGGCUUCCCCAAAAAGCUGUUAAUGUUUUGGCCGGUAGGACCCUGGAACUGGAACUGCCACUAAUAGGCAGGCCUCCCCCUACCUGCUUGUGGUACUUUGGUGACAACAGAUUAAAAAUCACUGACCGUGUCAAGAUCCAGAGCACUGGCAAAGUUUCCAAGCUGACCGUGUCAGACACGACCAUUGACGACACUGGCAAUUAUACCCUGGAGGUGAAGAACACGGUCGGUGUAAUCGCUGAGGUCAUCAAGGUCGUCGUUCUCUCCAAACCUGAUGAGCCUAAUGGACCAAUCCGAUUUGAUGAGAUCGAUGCAACCUCAGUCAUCUGCAGCUGGGAUCCUCCGGCUAGGGAUGGUGGAGCUCCCAUUAGUGGCUUUGUAGUGGAGCAACGAGAUGCCCACAGACCAGGCUGGGUGCCGGUCUGUGACCAUGUCAGUCGACCCACCUUCAAAUUUGAGAACCUGAUUGAGGGAGACGAGUAUGUCUUCCGUGCGGCUGCUGUGAAUCGCUACGGCACCGGAGAAUUUUUGCAAUCCGAGAUUGUCACCUGCAGAAGCUUGAGAAAUGUGUCUGGACCUCCAGGCCGACCGACCAUUUUUGAUAUUUCACGUGAUGGCAUGACAGUAGCCUGGAACCCACCAGAAGAGGAUGGUGGGCUUGAGGUUUCUGGUUACAUCAUUGAGCGCAAAGAAGUCAGGUCUGACAGAUGGGUCCGUGCCAACAAGAACCCCAUCACCAUGACUAGAUACCGGUCAACAGAGCUGAUUGAAGGUCUGGAGUACGAGCAUAGAAUCCUCGCCAUCAAUGCCCGUGGAAUGAGCAAACCAAGUCUGCCUUCGAAACCAGCUGUGGCAUCAGAUCCCAUUGAUCCACCUGGUUGCCCUCAGAACCCACGGAUUACUGAAACCACUAAGUCGACUGUGUCACUGGCUUGGAGUCCCCCUGAUGAUGAGGGAGAUGCCAGGGUAGACGGGUACCUAAUUGAGAUGCAGAAGGUGGGCACUAUGGCUUGGCUCAAGUGUAACACCACACCCUCCCUGAUCUGUGAGUACACAUUGACCAACAUGCCACAAGGAGAGGAGUUCAAAUUCCGAGUUAUGGCCUGCAAUGUUGGUGGCUCUGGCGAGCCUGCUGAAGUGCCUCAAACUGUCACCAUCACAGAGAUGUUUGAAUCUCCAGAUUAUGAACUUGAGCUAAAAUACAAAGACGUGUAUGUGGUUCGUCAUGGUGGCGUGGUCCGACUCUCUGUCCCCAUCAAGGGUAAACCUCACCCAACUUGUUCGUGGUCAAAGGACAGUGAGUCACUGUCAACCAACGCAAUGGUUGCCUUCACUGAAGAUACCAGUGAAUUAGUGAUCAAAGGAGCAGAGAGAAGUGACUCUGGUCUGUAUGAGCUCCUUCUCGAAAACAAAGUUGGCAAGAAAAAGGCCCAAAUUAAGGUGAAUGUCAUCGGCCGUCCAAGUGCUCCAACCGGACCAUUAAUGUUUGAGGAAGUCCAGGCCAACUCUGCUAAGGUCUCCUGGAACGUUCCCACUGACAACGGCGGUACAGAAAUCCUUGGUUACAUUGUUGAAAGAAGAGAAGUUACCAGAAAUGCAUGGUUUACCGUGGACAGCAGAGUGACUGAUAACCACUUGACAGUAAAGAGCCUAAAGGAAGGAACAGAAUACCACUUUAAGGUUACUGCAGAGAACUCUUUUGGUAUCGGCCCAUCUCUGAAAUCAGAGCACCCACUGGUGCCCAAGACUAUGCUUUGUCCACCAGAGCCUUCAAGCAUGCCACCAGAGAUCAUGGAUGUUACCAAGAACUCUGUCGCAUUGGCAUGGUCCAGACCAAAGGACGACGGGGGUUCUUCCAUCACAGGCUACUUUGUUGAGUACAAACAAUCGUCCGCAGAACAAUGGAGCCGCCACCACACUAAGAUUUCCUCCACCAUGUUUACUCUGUCUGGACUCACGGCUGAUACGGAGUAUCAUUUCCGUGUUGUUGCUGUCAAUGACAUUGGCGAGAGUGAGGCUGGAACUGUGUCAGACCCAGUGAUGUGCAAGGAUCCAUUUGAUAAGCCCAGCCAGCCAGGCGAAAUUGAUACGGCAAGUGUGACUAAUAACUUGAUCACUAUUCGCUGGCAAGCCCCAGAGUGUGAUGGUGGAAAGGAAGUCCUGGGCUAUUGGGUGGAGUACAGGAAGUCCACUGAGAGCACCUGGAUGAAAUGCAACAAGCAGAGGCUGAAAGAGAGAGAGUUCACCAUGCGUGGACUGGCUGAAGCUACCGAAUAUGAGUUCAGAGUAUUUGCUGAGAACGAGACUGGAAUGAGCAGACCUUGCCGAACUGCCACUUGUAUAAAGACUAAACUAAGUGUUGAAACAAAACCAAGCCUGAGAAAGGAAAUGGAUGAAGUAACAGCCAAGCUUGGACAGUCUGCUGUCAUGAAGUGCCAAAUUAUCGGCAGGCCUGUUCCUGACAUCAAGUGGUAUCACGCAGGCAAAGAGAUUGUCGAGUCCCGUAAAUAUGAAAUAAGCUCUGAUGGGCGUAACCACUCCCUAUCCAUUAUGACUGACCAACAAGAGGAUGAGGGCGAGUAUACCUGUAAGGCUACCAAUGAUGCCGGAGACAUAGAGACCAAAGGUACUCUUGUAUUGGAAGCAGCUCCAUCGUUCCACUCCGACUACCCGUUGAAGAGCACAUAUUAUGCUGGCCUGGGAACAACUCUGCGCAUCCACGCAGUAUACAUUGGACGUCCUGAGCCAAAGAUCAUGUGGCUCCACGAAGCAAAGACCCUGGAGAACGCUGAGGACAUCAGUAUAGAGACCACCGAGCAUUAUACUCAUCUCAUUAUAAAGAAUGUGCAGCGUAGAAUCCAUGGAGGCAAAUACAGGAUUAGACUGCACAAUCACUUUGGCAGGGCGGACACUGCAUUUAAUGUUGAAAUCUAUGACAAACCAGACAUGCCUCAGGGUCCCAUUGUUUUGGAGGCUCUCCUGAAGAACUCUGUCAUCAUCAGCUGGAAGCCACCCAAGGACGACGGAGGCUGUAUGAUUACCAACUACAUUGUGGAGAAGCGAGAGGACAGUGAAGGGAACGAGUGGGAACUGGUGUCAUCAUCCAUCAAUGGCACAUCCUGCCGUGUUCCCAACCUCACCGACAGUGCCGGUUACUACUUCCGUGUGUAUGCCCAGAACCGCUAUGGCAACAGCGAACCACUUGAGCUUACCUCACCUAUCCUCAUCAAGAGUCAACUUGAGAAACCAUCACCACCCCAGGAACUAGCUGUUUCUGGAAUCACCAAAGACUCCUGUGUUGUUUCCUGGAAGCCUCCACUCAGUGAUGGUGGCUCCAAAAUCAAGAGUUAUUGCCUUGAGAAAAAGCAAAAGGAUAAGAGGGAAUGGGGCGAAUGGACACCCGUGACAACAGAUGAGAUCAAACAGACGGUCUUCUCUGUCAAACGUUUGUCCGAGGGUAUAGAAUAUGUCUUCCGGGUUAAAUGUGAGAACCUUGGGGGACAAAGCGACUACAGUGAGGAAAGUGAUUCUAUUGUUCCAGCCACAGCUGUUGAUGUUCGGGCUCCUGCUUUCAAGGAAGAGCUGAGGAACAUGAGUGUCAAACACAAGAGCAAUGCUACACUUGUCUGCAAGAUCACAGGGCAGCCGAAACCUGUGAUUAAAUGGUUCAGACGAGGAAAGGAGAUCCAUUCGGAUGGAAAAAAGAUAAAAAUUCAAGAAUUCAAGGGAGGUUACCACCAACUGGUGAUCGCUGAGGCAGAUGAAGAAGACUCCACUGUGUACCAGAUCAGGGCCACUAACCAAGGAGGUUCAAUCUGUGCUACCAUCUCUCUAGAUGUUGAAAUUCCUGCAAAGAUCAAUCUUCCCAAGAACCUGAAAGACAAAGAAGCGAUUCCUGCCCUGCGUGGAGAAAUGGUCAAUAUUAAGAUUCCUUUUGGUGGAAAACCAGAUCCUGUCAUCACAUGGCAGAAGGGACAAGAUCUUAUUGACAGCAAUGGCCACUACCAGGUUAUCGUCACAAGAUCGUUCACUUCUUUGGUGUUCCCCAACGGGGUGGAGAAGAAGGAUGCUGGCUUCUACAUUGUGUGUGCUAAAAACAGAUUUGGCAUUGAUCAGCAGACAGUUGAGCUGGAUGUGGCUGAUGUGCCUGAUCCUCCACGGGGUGUUAAAGCCAGCGAUGUCUCUCGAGACUCCGUCAGCCUUAACUGGGUGGCUCCAGCUAAUGAUGGUGGCAGCAGAGUUAUCAGUUACAUUAUUGAAAAAGGUUCUACCACUUCCGAGAGGUGGGAACGUGUUGCUCAGUCUCGUGACUGCCGCUACACUGUUAUCAAUCUUUUCGGAGGAACCAGCUAUCAGUUUAGAGUCAUUGCUGAGAGCAAGUUUGGACAAAGUGCCCCAUCUGAAACCAGUGGACCUGUCAUGACAAAAGAGGACAAGUCCAGAAUUCUUCUCUAUGACAGAGAGGUUGAUGAUGCAGGACAUGUACCAAAAGGAAAAUCCCCACACUCAGAUGCAAAGAAUAUGCAUAAAAAAUAUGCUAUUGCAGAAGAACUGGGAAGAGGUCAAUUUAGCAUUGUCCACCGCUGUGUACACAUCAGCUCUGAAAAGACCUACAUGGCUAAAUUUGUCAAAGUGAGAGGUGCAGAUCAGACAAUUGUCAAGAAGGAAAUUGCCACCUUAAACCUGGUUAAACACACAAACUUCCUUCUCCUACACGAGUCCUUUGACAGCCAAGAGGAGCUGGUGAUGAUAUAUGACUUUAUCUCAGGCGUCGACAUAUUUGAGCGUCUCAGCACAGCAGAGUUUGAGCUUAAUGAGCGAGAAAUUGUCAAUUACAUUCGGCAGAUCUGCUCAGCUCUUGAGUUCUUGCAUAAUCAGAGCUAUGGACAUUUUGAUAUCAGGCCUGAGAAUAUUGUGUACUCAACAAGAACUGGCUCAAAUGUAAAAAUCAUUGAGUUGGGACAGUCCAGACACUUGACGCCUGGAGACCAAAUUAAGAUACAGUAUAGCACUGCAGAAUAUGCUGCACCUGAGAUCCACCAAUGUGACUUGAUUAGCACUGUGACUGACAUGUGGUCGGUAGGCGUCCUCACUUACGUGCUCCUCAGUGGACUCAACCCAUUCUCAGCUGAAACCAAUCAGCAGAUGAUCGACAACAUUUCAAACGCAGCAUAUGGCUAUGAUGAUGAGUCCUUCAAGCAGGUCAGCGUUGAAGCAUUAGACUUCACAGAUCGCUUGAUGACAAAGGAACGUAAACAUCGCAUGACUGCUGCUGAGGCUCUGGUGCAUCCAUGGCUGUCCAAGCCCGAAGAUGAGCUGAGCACUAGAACUAUCCAGACUGGCAGACACAAGAGAUAUUACCAGACAAUGUGGAAGAAGGAAUGGAACACUGUGGUGUCUGCAGCUCGCAUGGCCAGCGGUGGCUCAAUCAGGUCCCAGCGUGGUGUGUUCAUUGCCAAGGUGAAGAUUGCUCAGUUUGAACACGGACCACAUGGUGGUCAGAUUGGCCACUCAGUGGCCAGCGAGGGUGAUAGGGUGAAGUUUAUUUGCAACAUUGACAACUAUGACAGCACCACUGAAGUGACCUGGUAUUGUGGUGUCAGGCAACUGGAAUCUUGCGACAAGUACGAAAUUGAUUACGAGGAUGGCCUAGCUGUGAUCACAAUCACUAAAGUCACAAAAUCCGAUGAUGGCACAUAUAGAUGUAAGAUUGUCAACGAGUAUGGCGAGGACAGUGCUUAUGCAGAGUUGUUCGUCAAUGGUGUCAGGUCCUACCGUGACUACUUCACUACACGUGUGGUCAAGAGGACAAAGCGUAGAAUUGACACUGCUAGAAUGCUUCAGAAGCCACCAGAAUUCACCUUCCCUUUGGUUAACCAUACAGCAUACAUUGGAGAAAAAGUACGCUUUGGUGUCACCAUCACGGUUCACCCUGAGCCACGUGUCACCUGGCACAAAUCUGGACAAAAGCUUAUCCCUGGACAGGAUGACAAAAAAUAUACAUUCAUCACUGAUAAAGGCCUGUACCAGAUGAUCAUUCACAGCGCUGAAGUUGAGGACGAUGCCGAAUAUAGCGUUGUGGCUCGCAACAGGUAUGGCGAUGACAGCUGCAAGGCUCGGCUUACUGUGAUUCCUCGACCAAAACCGGCAGACCUCACCCUGAGGCCAAUGUUCAAACGCCUUCUUGCCAACGUCGACUGCAGGGAGGGCCAGAACGUUCGCUUUGAAAUCAGAGUUUCAGGCCAUCCUAUACUGAAGUGGGAAAAAGAUGGUACGCCCAUAGCCUUUGGGCCAUCUAUUGAACUUGUACACGAAGGCUUGGAUUAUUACUUACUUCAUGUGAGAGACACAUUGCCGGAAGACUCUGGUGUGUACAGAGUGACUGCCACAAACUCUGCUGGGUCGGCCAGCUGCCAGGCAACACUCAAAGUGGAACGUGUCACUCAUGUAAAGAAAGAUUACGAGAGCAGCCAAAAGGAUAAGAAAACUGUAUCUCAAAAUGAAGAAUUAGACAAAAAGGUGAGGCUGUAUCAGAUUUUGUCAGACACAGUUGUCAUGCCAUUACCACCUGCAGCAAUCCAGGCUGUCAGGGAGGCAGCCACCAUGUUUAAACCUGCGGUUACAACUAAGACGAGUGAAAAGUCUGCGGCUGUCAUACAGAAAGAACAAGAAGAGAGGAAAAAGCGGGCAGAUGAGAAGAGACUGCGUAUGCCAUACCUUGUGCCCACUCCUCGGGUCAUGAACCAGGCUGUGCUUGAAGAAGACAUGGAAAUUAAACACUUCAAACCGCUCUCAGACAUGAAGUGGUACAAGACGCUCAGGGAUCAGUAUGAAUUCCCAGAGCCCAUGGAGAAAAUUAAACAGAAGAGGAUGAAACGUAUUUGUCUCUCCAGGUGGGAGCAGUUCUAUGAGGUACCUAUCAGAAUCAAAGACCAGUACAAGCUCAAGUGGAAUAUCCCGUCCAUGACUCAAGAUGAUUUGGAGACGGUGAGGCCAGCCAGGUACCGCGCUACUUCCCCAGAAAUUGGGGUCUACCGCAGGAUUAGGAGGCGGUCAUUGGGUGACUUUUCAGAUGAGGAACUGCUGCUGCCGGUCAAUGAGUAUUUGUCAAUGAAGAGAACUGAAGAAGAGAGGCUGCGCCUGGAGGAAGAAUUGGAGCUUGGUUACUCUGCUUCUCCGCCAAGUCUCAGCCCUGUUCGCUUUGAGCUAUCAGCACUUCGCCCCUCAUCACCCAGAAGAGUCUACAGUGAUGAUGAUGAGCCAGAAGCUCUUCAAAGAUAUGAUUCAUACAAAAUACCAUCCAAGUAUGAAGCCGGCUCAAGUUUUGUUGACCUUCAACAGCGUCACAUGAAAGCCACAUAUAAACCCCCCAGAGAGAAGCAAAGAAUGUAUGAAGAGAGAGAAGAUCAGGAGUUGCUGCGACCACACACAACCACUCAGAGAAUCUCCUCCUACAAGAGUGAAAUCAAACGCAUGGAGAUUGAGGAGAAGACUCGAAGUUUGAAAAGAGAAACAUUUUCCACAGUUGCAAAAGUCUCAGAGGGCAUUGAAUCAGAGCAUCUGACAGCUUAUGCUUCUGAAUAUAUUCCAAAACCCAUCGUGAGGCUCCCGAUGCCUGAACCAGAGAGUACAGACCCUCCUCCAGGAAAGGUUGUCAAGACAGAGACCGCUUUGCCCAAAGUCGAUUAUCUGUCCAGGUAUGAGGAGAGGAAGCAGACUCUAAGAUCAGAGCGAAGAUCUGUGGAGAGGAAAUCGGAGGACAUGAAGCAGGCACCUUUUAGCCUCGACCACAUCCCACGAAUUACGAUCCGCAUGCGAUCUCAUCGUGUUGCUUAUGGUUCCAACACAAGAUUUACUCUGAAUGUCCAGGCCAAACCUGAGUCCAAAGUCAAAUGGUUCCACAAUGGUAAAGAGAUUUACCCGGGCAGCAAAUACCACAUGACCAACAUCAGUGGCCUCCUUACGCUUCAGAUCAACAACUGUGUGACUGAAGAUGCAGGAGCAUACUCUGUUGUCUGCAAAAACAUCAAAGGAGAGAUUUCAGACAGUGCUACGUUAGACAUCGCAGCAGCGGAAUACGCUGCCUCGUCUUCUUUUCACCAGGACGAGGAACCUCCAUCCUCUCAUUUUUCAGACAUGACUGAAACAGAGAUAUAUCACAUCUCGUCAGCAGCAGUGAAGGAAACCGUGACUGAAACACUGACAAAAACCGUCACUGUUGUCGCGAAGGAAAAGACAAAGCAUAUUGUUCAAGCAAAGAUCCUGACCAAACCACAAUCUUUGACCGUUGAGGAAGGAGAACUUGCCAGAUUCUCGUGCGGUGUGGAUGGUGAUCCAGCUCCUUUAAUAUUGUGGCUUCAGGAGGGAGCACCUCUGGCUUCAUCGACCCGUCAUCAUAUUGAGUCUACAGAGACCAGCUCCUCUUUGGAGAUUUCUGCUGUGCAAGCAUCCGAUGAAGGAAACUACACUCUAAUUGUGGAAAAUGCUGGCGGUAAACAAGAAGCCCAUUUUACUCUGACCAUCCGUAAGACUGAGCCCAAGCAGAAAGUAGUUGCUGCUCCUAGAGUCACCUCCCCAAAAGCCAAGUCCCCUGAACCUGUGAAAACGCCAAAAAGAAUCAAGUCCCCCGAGCCGAUCAAGUCCCCUCUGCGAGUCAAGUCACCAGUCUCAUCAAAGUCCCCUACCGCAAAAUCUCCGCCUCCAUCCGUCAGGGAAGUUAGCAGUCCAAUCAAAUCACCGCCUCCAUCUGUCAGAGAAGUUAGCAGUCCAAUCAAAUCACCGCCUCCAUCCGUCAGAGAAGUUAGCAGUCCAAUCAAAUCACCGCCUCCAUCUGUCAGGGACGUUAGCAGUCCAAUCAAAUCACCAAAGAGGGUGAUGUCACCAACUGUUGCGAAGAAGUCAGCUUCUUCUGUAGACUUGGAACAGCUCAGUUGUGGCUCGCCACCGCACUUCCUGUUGCAACCUCGAUCCCAAAAUGUAAUUGAAGGACAAACUGUCAAAUUUACCUGUGAGAUUGCAGGUGAGCCUUUCCCAGAUGUGGAGUGGUUUAAAGACAAUUUGACUCUUUCCACCACGUCCAACAUGAGACUGAGUUGCGCCAACAGCGUGUACACUCUGGAAAUAUGUAAAACCACACUUGCAGACAGUGGCAAAUACACCAUAAAAGCCCACAACAACCUUGGUCAGUGUUCGGCCACAUCCUCUCUUCACAUCAUUACUGGUGUUGAUGAAGAAACACAAGAAAUCACAAGCGCUGAACAACGGGCGGACGUUUUCUCGAGUUCUUCCGUUCACAUGAAGGCAGCUACUAUGCAAACCGUCACUUACAGCUCCUCCACUGAGAGCGUGUCUGAGACUAGCAGUCAAAUGAUGCACAUGUCUGCUCAAUCGCAUAUGGAACCCUUCUCUUCUUGCGCCCCAUCGAAGAUAACAGCUCUCCCAGAAAAAAAUUACAUUGAGGUUGGAAAAUCGCUGACAGUACCAUGGGCCUUGUUUAGAGAUCCAGCCCCAUCCGUGCCGUGGCUUCACUCGGGUCGGACCCUUACCAACAGCGGCGAGCCUGACCACGUGGACAACACAGCUGACAAUUCCACUGCUGCGGUGAAGGAGAACGAUGCCGGUGCAAACACCCUGCACCUUUCCCACGAACUCCAUUCUGACACGGCAACUGUCAACGUUCACACCCGUUCAAUGUAAAAAAAAAAAUGUAGUUACACCCUUGCCCUUGUUUUCCCUCAUUGCUAAUUUUGUUGGUUGAGUGAAUCAAACAAUUGACCGAUUUUUCUUCUUGUAAAUAUGAACUAUUUUUGUACCAAACAUGACGUUCAUUGAUGCCAAAUUCAAAUCUCAACUUGUUAUAAGAUGUGAUGACACUUUUGCAGUGACAUGUACAUAAUGUAUAUAGCCGGGUUUCACGGUUAUGAGAAAUGUAUGCAUUGUUAUUUAUGACAAUAAUAUAAAGUUAAAGAAGCAAAGCAAAUACGGUUCUACAGGAGAAAGUUCUGCACGGAACGAAUACCCUGUUAAACGGAGAAACUAAACCUUGUGCCUCAACGCUACGUUGACGUCUAAGAUUGCCUCAGCAGGUAGAGCUUCUCCCUGCUGACGUUUACUCAACACGGAAAGCAAACUUGUUUUCGACACGCAUCGCCGUUACGAUUUCCUGCGAGCGUUAAGGCUCCGACUGCUGUUUGUGUCACCCUCACACAAGCAGCACGACGUGGCCUUGUGCUCCAACUGACUAAGUCGUACCAACACUUUGUUUGAUGACCCGGUGAGAGUGCGUGUGGCCUGCGCUCUCACCUUUGAUCCACGUGCGCUGCUUCUGGCACAGAAGGGUCUCUUUGGCUUUCUGUACGUUAACAUCUCCUGGCCGGAAAAAUAGAGAAAGUUUGAGUUGACUCUGCUAUGCAGAAGCGGCGCCAUCUCUCGGAGGAUUGCCUAUUAGCGUGUUUGUGUGUGUUUGUAGCUUCUAGUGGGUUCACUAUGUCCGUUGUUGACUUCUAUGCCACAGUGACUAUCUGUGGCAUGAUUGUUUUUUUCAUUCAUCCUCCUUGAGUUUUUUGUUUUAAUAAAGCAUGAUUUCAGCA